GCAGCGCAGUUUCCAAUUUAGGGAGGAAAGAGCAGCCGGUAGCAAAAACACGAAAAUUCACCGGAUGGUUUUAAGCAUGUGCGAGUAAAGGAUGCAGGUCUUUCUCUAAUAUACACACAUCCCAUUUCACACUGCAGGGCUUACAUUCGGGUAAAGGUGCGGAAAGCAGAUUGCACCGCAAGUUUGCUUGCAGGCCUAAACGCGCCUGAGUUGAAGUUGGACUUCGGAUUCAAACGGGCUUGUGCGGUUCUUACGCACGUGCGCCGCGCGCGCCUAAACUGGGCGCAAGCCCCGUUUGAACGCGGCGGCAGUUACUUCUGAGUAGAUGCGUAGGAGAGCUCUGCACCGGAAGCCACGCCCAUUCAAGAGGAGUCGCAGAAUUCUGCCUGCGGAAUGUUUAGCACGUGGCUGUGGGUGGCGCCUAGCAAUUAACCUGGGUUCUUAGGGGGCGCUGGCCCUGCUGGGUUGUCUUGGCUUGGCGAGGGGGCAGAGAUGUUGCGAAAGCUCACUUUGGACCAGAUCAGCGACUGGUUCACCAUCGGCAAGGCAGUCAGCGGAGUAGAGUUCUUGGGGGGGCAGCCCCAGGCUGGUGGACCGGCUCACAGCCCGGGGGGGUCUGCGAAAGAGCAGGCCCCUUCUGCCAAUGCGUAUGUAUUUCUGCGGGACAGCUUGUUGCUCACCGUUAUUUGUUUAUAUAUUUUUUUGGAUGCUUUACUGAAAAAUGAAAAAAAAGCACAAAACGACACGUGCACAGAGUAAGAUAAGACACAAACAGUACCCACGUAGAAAACAAAAAGGAAAAAAUAAUAGUAUUGUGUACAUUACACAAAAAAAAGAGGGGGGAAGCUUGUUAUUGUAGUUAACCAGAUCGUAAUCUAAUUUGCCGUUAUUUAUUUUAAAAAGUUUAGCAACUUUCUCCAAAGGAGCCCAGGGAUAUAUAUGGGGAGGGGGGGUUUACUGGUUUGUUUUGUUCUUGUCUUUAUUAUGUACUGUUUUUUGUGGUUUUAUUCUGUGUUUUUAUGCUGUGAACUGCCCUGAGGUUUUUUUGAUGAAGGGUGGCAUACAAAUUUAAUAAACAGGAUUUGUAGAUUGCUGUUCCAUUGAAUGGUGGAAAUAGUAACCUUGGGAAGAAAUAGAGCUGCAUAAUGCACUCACCCCAAACCUAAUUAGUAGAGUACAUUAAUCCCUGAGAAGAGUUGGGGCCUUGCAGGCUAACCUGCACAAUCUAUAUUUAUUGCUUACCGCAUCACAGGGCAGUUAACAAUAUAAAAACACAACAAUGUGUAACCUAGUGAAAACAAUACCCACCCCAAGGUUAAAAUGCCUUAGAUUACAGUGGUACCUUGGGUUACAUACGCGUCAGGUUAAAGACUCCGCUAACCCAGAAAUAUUACCUCUGGUUAAGAACUUUACCUCAGGAUGAGAACAGAAAUCGUGCUCCGGCGGCACGGCAGCAGCAGGAGGCCCCAUUAGCUAAAGUGGUGCUUCAGGUUAAGAACAGUUUCAGGUUAAGAAAGGACCUCCGGAAUGAAUUAAGUACUUAACCCAAGGUACCACUGUAUUUAAUUUGUCCAAAGGAAAAAUAUGCCUUUUUCCAAUAAAACAUUCCAUGCAGCUGAUGAAGUGGUCUCUUCGGGACUGCUUUGUAAUGAAAAAUAGGCUGUACAUCACAAUCCUGUAUGUGCUUACUCAAGAAGUAAGUGCCGUGGAGUUCACAGGGGCCUUACUCCCAGGUAGGUGUGUGUGCUUUUGUUGUGAAGAUUAUUUGUUCCUCAUUGCAGGCAGAUGUUUGUAGCUCCAGGAGACUGGAGGAAAGUAAGUGAAGCCCACUGUCCAAGAGAAAUAGCCUCUUAGGAAUACUCAGUCUAAAAAGACAUUUGAGGCCCCAGAGUGUAUGUUAUGUGUUUCGUUAGAAACAGAAGGGGGAAAGGGGGAGUAUUUUAGGGGUAUGAUCCCACCUCAGUCACAGUCACCUGGAAAAGCAGGUGGUUGAAGGUGACUACCUGGCAUGGGCAUAGCUAGGAUUUUUGUUGCGGGGUGCAGGCCUUUUGUUGGGGGCAGAACCUCAAUUAUAUAUUUUUGAUUUUUAUUCAUGGGGCAGCUGCCCCUUCCUGCCCCACUCCCACUAUGCCCAUGCUACCUGGUAAUGUGUUAACUACUGUUUGUGAACUUCUUGAAGGCAUCUCUUUGGCCCCUGUGAGAGAGGAUGCUGGACUAGAUGAGCUUUUGAUAGGAUCUCUUAGGUAUUGAUUUGAUGGAUUGUUUGAUUUCCAAGCUAAUCGUGUUACCACCAGGUGAUCAACACUUCACUUGCCCACUUUGGCCCUGCAGGCAGUUUUUGGAAUGAAAGCAAAAGCUAACGUACAAUAAUCUAAAAACAGCAGCAACAACACAGGAAUCGAUAAAAUUAAAAUCUAAGCUGUAUAAAUUAGAAUUACAAUUCAAAAUUUCAAAACCAGGAAUCUUUCAGCGGCAUAUAUUUUAAAAUAUCAGCGGGUAAGGUAUGUCUUGGUCAAGUAAAACCUGACAGGUGUGCGCUCUCUCUCAAAAGUCACAAGACUGAUUUAUAAAGCCACUUUUCCUUUAUGUAUUGAUGGUUGACUCCUCUGCGGGAGGGAUGAGUUCUUUGGGACAGGACUGGACAGGCACGGCUUUGCAGGAAUCAGAAUGGCUGCAUAUCUGUGCAAAAUCUAGAACCAUGUUAUUCAAACGAUGGGCCUUGGGCCACUUACAGGCAGGCCUCAGGGCCACAGGCUCUUCAGUUCCUUCUCUCUUGCCUGCCCAGCCCCUUAAUUAUGUCAUAGCUUUUUUGGUUAGGCUGGUGCCUGCACCAACAACUCCUUGCCUUCAGAGUCAAGAUGGCUGGGAGAUGUUCAGGGGCAAAAGGAAGGAAGGAAGGUCUCUCUCCUAAGUGGGGAAAAAGCUCGAGGAGGAAGUGAAGGAAAUUAGAAUGUGAGAGAAAAGUUUUCAUAUUUAUUAAUAAUAACAAUAGACUGGAAACCAAAAGGGAUUGGAUAGAGCAGAAAUGUAAUGGGAUCAUGGAGGAGGGAUGAUGGAAUAAAUGGGAGUUUUGAAGGCAGGGAAUAAGGUACAAGCUGAGUGUGAAAGGAGAAAGGGAGAAGAAAUUACAAGAGGGGGGGUAAAAAAAUACUUAGAGAGGCAUGUGGGAGUGGGAAGGUAAAAUGAUAUAUAUGUUUUUGGGUUUCCUCACAGGCAAGCAUCUUCUGGCUGGCCACUUUGAGAAUAGGAUCAUAGAAUUGUAGUGUUGGAAGGGGUCACGUGGGUCAUCUAGACCAACCCCCUGAAAUGCAGGAUUUUUUUUGCCCAAGGUGGGGUUCGUUUGGCCAUAUCCAGCAGGGCUCUGCUUACAUUCUUCUCUUCCAAAGAUUAACAAUAUGAUAGCAGCUGAGAGAGAUUCUCUCCCCCCCGCCUCCAUUCAGUCAACAGGUCAGAGUCAGUUGGGUGUAGUGGUUAGAGUAUUGGACUAGGUCCCGAUAUCUCUGACCACUGGCAGUGAUGACAAGGCACUGAUGUGAUUUGUAGUUCAAUACCAUCCACAGGGCCAUCAAUUCCCUGGCCCUCCCAACACCAUAAAUGCAGACUGUGCAUGCACCGCUUUGUGUGGAGGUCUCUGCAUAUCCUGCUGUGGAACUGUUGGUUGUUGCAGGGGUUUUUUGGGGGGGGGCGGUGUCUGGAAGAUAAAUUUUGGGGAAUAAGGCUUCCUUUCUUUGGGAGGGCUUUAUUUAAAUAAAAAGGAUAGGUGCGUAAAAGGCAGAAAAUCAAGAUCGGGCUGCAAAGGGGAAUUGAUGGAACUCAGAGAUCAGCUUCCUUGCAUGUUUUUCCCCUCAUGCUAGGAGUGCGUUGGAUUCAAGAUGCAGCCUUGAAAACCUGCACAAUUUAUUAUCCUAGGCAUCAGGGGCAAAAGAAAUGUGUGUAUGCAAUGGGAAACUAAAGUCCCGUUUUCACUUAAAAGCAAGUCCUAUUGAAUUCAGUGGGACUUCUUUUCAGGUGAAGUGGGGUUAGGAUUGCAGUGUUUGCCUCUCGACUCUGACUUUGCUAUCUGAUGGCAUAACCCUAAAACUGCAAGCGUGUCAGUUGCUGUUCCGUAAUGGUGGGAGUUAAAUUUAGCUUGGAUAUGUUUGCGGAAAAGUCAAUUCUGGCAACUAUUUUCAUUGAUUUUCUGCUCUAUUUAUGUCAGUUGUGGCCACAGUUCCCACAUGUCAGUUUCAAGCUAUUGGGGGGGGGGAGGAACCACCCUUCUGCGUGACCCCCACAACAAAUGCUUGAGGGGAAAAGCAUAUAUUGAAGUGUUUAAAAACCACAGACUAACAACAUGUAUAUGAAAACAAGCAAGAUUGGAGUGUUUAUAUGUAUGUAUCCCAAGUUGGUUUGUUUUUAGAUCUAACCAGGAAUUUUACUGUAUAGGGAACCUUUUUCUUUCUUCAGAAAAAUUCUGUAGGCUGCCAUGUACUGUGGUAAUCAGACUUACCAAAUCUGUAAUCCACUUUUUAACCCCACACUGCAGCAUAGGACUUGUGGUUUAUUUCCACUUCGUGCCCCCCCCUUAGGUAUUUUUCUACUUUAGGAUGACUAGAAGCAGAGAAGAUCAGAGCUCUUAAAUUUGUUACACGGUGGAAGUGCUGCAUCGUUCUUACACAACUAUUAACAGUAGUAAAUGAGUGCUGUCUUUGAUUUUUUCUUUCCCUGCCUCUCUCAUUGAAAAAGCAAAUAGUGGUGUCCAUUGUUUUGUGAUUUGCCUUAGACCAGAGUGCUUCCUAUCUGCUGAAGACCAACGUUAUAAAUAAGAGUGCAGGAAAGGCUGUUUAAUUUUUCCCUUUUUUACUGCUGAGUUUUCAUUUCAGAGAGUAAAUGACUUACUUUGGAAAAGAUUGCAUGCCUGCCGACCACAGAACAAUCUCCCCUUCCCCCUUUGCUAUUGCUUUCCACAGUAAUAAUAAUAAUAAUAAUAAUUUAUUAUUUAUAUCCCGCCUAUCUGGCUGGGUUUCCCCAGCCACUCUGGGCGGCUUCCAUCAAAAUAUUAAAAUACAGUAGUCCAUCAAACAUUAAAAGCUUCCCUAAACAGGGCUUCCUUCAGAUGUCUUCUAAAAGUCUGGUAGUUGUUCUCUAACAUAAUAAUUUAUUAUUUAUACAGUGAUUUCAUUUUUAAAAUAUUGCAAACUGAAGUUUUCUACCGUACAUGCUUAUAGGAACAUUAUGAACAGCAUACUUCAGACAUCUCAUUAAAAAAGUCUACUCUACAGUAUGGAUUGGGUUAGGAAGGUUCUUUUACACAACAUGGUUAGCUAGCAAAACAGUAGAAAGAGGCUGGCAUUCUAAUUAUCCUAAGGACUGUAAAUUAUAUGCAAGUUGUAACAGGUUUAACAUUCUGAAUUUGCAGCAAUGGGGCUGGAGUGGUGUAAAAUUUUGUGAUUUCUUCAGAGUUGUUGAAUCUUGCUGAUAGCUGAUAACUGAGGGACAUCAGAGGCAACCUUGGGAAGAGAGGGAAACUUAACUUGAUGGGUAGUAAUAGGGAAGAUUCCAAAUUCUGUGGGAGAAAGUUGGAAACAUGCCCUGUGUGUUCUUGUCAACGUAACUAGAUACAGUCGGGAUCUCCUCUUUGUCUGUUUUGCCUGUGUUGUCGCCAGGUGCUGCAAAGUGCAUGGAGCAAUUUGUAUUCCAAACGUCAGCCAGCUGCUCCUGUUGAGCCUCUCUCUCCAGAUUGGUUAGGAACUCUUUUAAAACUUGCUUGAAUAUGUACACAAUUUCCCAAGGUAAAACGUCGUUUUCUGCCAGAACCUCACGGAAUCUAGAAAGAAGAGGGGGGGAAACCCAAACAACCUGAAAUCUAAGGUUGAUUCCAGACAACUUUUUUAAAAAUUAAUUUUUAAUUUUUAAAAUUAAUUUAUUCUGAUUCCUUUGCAUGGAAGGGAAUUUCCAGUAGAUUUUCCCUAUCACUUAUUGCAAAAGUCUGAUGUUUUGGGGAAGUGGUUUUGUUGUCUGAUACCUAUACAGGAGCAACCUGAAUUUGCUGGUAUGUGCCUAUCACUUCUAUCUCUUUUGUUUUUGGUGGCAGUGGAGAAAGGUGUUCUGUCCUUUUUGUGGUUGCUUUCUAAAGACACCAUCAAGAAACAGGGAGGAAUGGCGCUUGUAAUACAUAUUGAUGUCAUACAACAGUGGAAGCUAUUCUGCUCCCCCUUCCCAUAUUAAGCUGUCUGAGCAAGCUGAUUCAAACUGACGUUGCCCUCCAGUCUUUUACUGGGCUCAAAAAGAGAGCAUAGGAUUGUUCUGAUUUUCUUUUUUGAAUUCCUAUACACUGCCUGUGGGUGAAAAGUUGUAUGUAUAGAAUUAGGAAUGUUUUAAUGGAGAGCUUUUAAUAGGCUGCUUUUGUGAGUCGCACAUGUUAGCUUUACCAACAUGUGUAUGAAUUUGGAUCGCGACUCACUAGUUUCACAACCACAACGAUAGCAAGCAAAUUUUAAGCUAUACACACUGGGGAAAAGGGUAGUUCAUACAUAUGCUGAUACAUAUCAUGUCUAGCAAAAAUAGUGCAUGCAUCUGAUUUUUAAAUAAUAAAGACCUUUUAAUAGGCAUUGAAUUUGCAUAGAUAGCAAAGCUAAAGUUUUGUUUCUAGAAGGCUUUAGCAUAGACAUUUUGUUCAUCACAUUCAGGGAACAGAUAAACAUUGAAAGUUACAUCAACCAGCAUUUAACUUGUGCAGUUAAAUUUGCCAAAAUCGCUCCUAUGCACACUUGACUUGAGGUGUCCCAUUGAACUUGGAGGGACUUAGGAAUAAGCUAAGGCUAGAGUCCAGAGCAUACUUGCAGUGAACCAUGUAACCACACUGAGGACUAUCUACCUGGGGUUUACUUUCCAGAAGCAUUAUUAAGAUGAAACUGCAAGGAAAAGUCUUUACAGUACUUGAUUUUUUGUAGACGUUUAUGUGAUGCUAGGUCAAUAAAACGGUGUUACCUGCUGAGAAUGAUUCCAGUUUGGCACGGUUGGAUUUGGGAGCAAAGGACUUCAAGCUGUCUUUGUUCAGUCGCUGGGAUAGUUAUCUGAGGAGUUUGCUGGCUCUUCAGCCAGUUGUAAUCCACACUAGUUUUCUGAACUUUUUGUUCAUUUUCUAUCUCCUGUAUCAGGCGCUCGCGUUCCUUGAGGUGCCAUUUCAAUUCCCUCAGGAGGGUCUUGGUCACAACUUCUGAGCCAGGGUACUGUCCGGUCUUAUAGGAAUAGUUUUUUGGCCAUUUCAUCCAGCCAAAGAAUGGCAUUUUGGCAGCUGAUUUAAAAAGACGAGAGAGAAGGUUCUUUAUUCAGGUUUGUUCGGUGCAGUUACAACAUUCGUAAAUUACCACACAAUCUGACACAUGGAGGCAGCAAUCCUAUACACACUUUACCUGGGAGCAAGGCCCAUUGAACUCAGUGGGCCAUGUACCUGAGUAGACAUAUAUAGGAUCACACUAUUUGGUAACAAUCUGGACAUAUAAGCUUGCUCCCCCUUUAAAACCAAUUGGACUCAAACAUGUUUGGAUUGGGUCAGAUUAUGCUGUGUGUGUGUGUGUUUAUGUGUAAGCUUUUUGCACUAUAUGAACUAGGCAAAGCCCAAAAAACUUAACAAAUGUACCGUAAUCUUUUAAAACACAGAGAUAGAAAAGUUUUUCCACUGAAUUUAAUGGUUCCAGUUAUUAAGAUAUGCAUGUACAUAACAUGAAUACAUACACACAUUUGGAUGCCUACAGUUUACUAAACUCUUAGAAAUCUGGAAGUACAGAUCACUACCCUUCCCAUGCAAGACAUUGGUCGUUUCUGAGGCUUCUAUAUCCUUGUUUGUUUUGUUUUUAGUCAAUACAAUUUCUAAAGUCAAUACAACUACAGUACUGUGCUUUUAAUUUUCAUUUUGUAAGUUUUGAGUGAAAUGACUCACCUACUUACUGUACUUAUUGAAAGGCGUAUCUUUCCCCAAUGUGGCUGUGUACGAGUUUUGCUCGACGUGAAGGCUGUUUAUUCCAGCAUCGUUCCCUUUUACAGGCAGUUGCACAUUCUGUAAAAAAGCAGACAAGCAUUCCUCACUCUACCCACUUGAGAAAGGAGCACUGAAGAUGGCACAUUCAUCUUUUUGCAUCCUUUUCCAGCUUCUGAGGUUGCUUAAUUUGCUUCUUCUUACAUUAGAGAGAGCCUGUGCACUUGGACGUGGAUCCUCCCGAAAUUCUUCUCCCAAAGUCCAUUCAGGGCUUCUGCCUUUUAAACAGUUUUGUCUUGAGCAGUAGUUGAUCUGUUGUGUGGGCUUAAAAAAUAAAGGCAAGGACGAGGAUUUCAGAAGCUUGUUACAGCUGCGAUAUGCAUCCAAAGUUAUUGUCGGUAGCUGGAUGAACAACGAUGGUCUGAAGUCAUGCCAGAUGUGCUUCUAGCUAAAGUUAAGACUGUCGGUCGGAUGAUGCGAUGCUUGGAUGUGCAUAGCUGUAGGUCACAGUUUGGCGCUCUAUUUCUAUGCCUGUAGUGCUCUAAAAAUAACCACGUUGCUUUCGUUGUCGAACUAAACUUUCAGGCCAUUUUGAUGCUGGAUUCCCUCCCCUCCUGUUAGACUUGUGGUAGAGGAAGAGGAGGACAGGUCAGAGCAGCUGCUCUGUUUUACCUAUCCACAGUUAACACACACACACACAUAUAUAACAAACCAAUACAGCCUUGCGAUAGCUCAUCUCAACUGGAUUUGUGCCAGUUGGGGGCUACUUGCACGGCCGCAUACAGAGAGAGAUUCCUAGUCUAUACUUCCCCUGAUUAAAUUAAUCUCUUAGUAUUUGCGUAGUUCUUAUUUAUAGUCCGCAGCUGUUAACGGUUUUGUGGGGUUUUUUUUUUUUUUUUUUAACAUGAUGAAGGUAUUUAAAGAAGCAGCUUGCUUUGCUAGCACCUCCAAUAAGCCAUGAGAAACUUGGUUUUGAAAAAUAAAAAUCCUGGCUAGGAUUUGGAAGUAAAUGCACGUAGCUUGGCCUAGGAUGAGGCAGUCUUCAGUAUGUCUACCUAUCUCAGUGUUGUCUUCUCUGCUUGGCAGUGGCCUUCCAGAUCUCAAGCAUAGAGAGAGCUUUCUUAUCCUUGGCUUACCUGUUUUGUUCAAAAGGGGAUGCCCAGAAACCUGUGAGCUUUCUGCGUCCAAAACACGAUCUUAACUAUUGAACGAUGGCCCCCUCCAAGAAACCUAGAUCCCCGGCUCUUUUAAGAAACUAUAGCCAGGUCUUAUUGCAGACUUUUCUCCUCCAUUACGUGAAUAUGACUUCUUCCUUAGUCUGCCUUUGCUGACUGGCUGAUUGGGGAGGGGAGAAAUACCCCCUUUCAAGAUUCAUGAUAUGUGUUGUUCGUGCAAAAAGUCUUAAACGGCCGUUUUGCCAAACCUUUUAUUUCAUUUCCUACCAUAAACCUGAACAGAAAGUGUAGAAUACAAGUCUGUUCUGUUUUUCCCUCCCGCUGCUGUAAUUUCCAGUGACAAUAUUCUCUUUUAUAAGCGUUGGUCUCUCCCAGCCAGCCCCCUUCCCCCUCCGUUGUGUUGUAUUGAACUGCUUCGUGUGGUAGAACGGCCAUGCGGAUCUGGCCUGGAUGUCAUGCAAUAUAAAGGGUGACGUGUGUGGCUGUUAUUAAAGCCGAUGUUACUUAUAUGUUGGAAAAAUUCAGGUGUCAGUAUUAAUCAUCCUCAAUAGGGAGGCUUUCACAUUGCAUUGUGUUUGGGGCAGUACAAAAAAUAAAACCCACAAAAAAACGGGGAAGAGACUGGACUUGCAAUGGCACAGCUGCCUUUGCAAAAUUUCCGACGGAAUUAAAAUGUUCCCUGGCAACUUUUCUCCAGCGGAUUUGCCAGGUCCCUGCACUAUUUUUUAUUUUUAUUUUUGUAAAAACAAAAGAAGAAACCUGUACUGCAACUAGAAAGUUCUUUUUUAAAACAACAACAACACCCACCCUGUUACACAUUCCCUUGGAGAAUGCGAUUCUUCUGUAAAAGGACUGAGUAAAUUCUGUAACCUGUAUGUUCGGUGAGCAAUCUGCUGGAGAUAUUAGGCUCGCUUAAAAUGUCUAUAGUGUGGGUAGAAAUUGUAAAUGUCUGGCAUUCCUCCCCCCACCCGUGGCUGGAUGCAGCAAAGCAAAGCUCAGGUAGGAAUUUAGUUUGACAGACCUGCUGUGUUGGCAUAAGUGCUAAUGCUUCCAUGGAAAAACUGGAUUCUCUUCUCCACACACCCCUAUGUAUUUUCAUAGGUAGGUAGUUUAUUUAAGAAUGUGCUAACUAAUAUUGAAAUAAUAUAGUUGUGUGAAUUCAGAGGGCUGGAUGUUCUUGUUGCACCUCACGUUCCCAAAAUUGAUCCUGGCGUGACACCCAGACUGUUAUACCAUGCUGGCUUUUGGGUGAUUUAGCACCCUUUUUUUUGUGGGGAGGGGUGGGUGAAAUAGCUGUAAUCUCUUUUUGUAAUGGCCCUGUUGCCAUGCAGUCACAACCAGGAGGACAUUACUGAAAGUGACUCUCUCCUGUGCAACAAUACUCUGCGGUCUCCAAAUGUGUUUCGAUGCAACUUUUGCUAAGUUUGCUUGUGCUACUUGGUCCCGAAACAAACAGACAAAAAGUUCUGAAAUCUGCAGAGCAGGCAGGUUUAAACCUCCUACGAUUUCGGUGUCCCUCCCUUGUUUCAGAUAAAGUGAUGCUCUCUUGUAGCACGUUAUGAAGAAAACAGCUCUGCUUGAUCUCAGCUGGCAAAUGACUCAUGGCCUGAAGUAUUAACUUAAGAUUUAUUUAUUUUCUUUAUCUGGAGCAGUAAGUAGAGCUGGCCUCCUUACUUACAUAAGGCUUCCUUUCUGUCUUUGUUGCUUUUUAAAGACAUAUAUGCUAUAUUAACUGUACUAGUUGGAGGCUUUUAAUUAGUAUGCAUUAUAGUUGCGGAGGCACCAUCACUUGGUGGUAGAAUCUAUGCCUAGAAAGCCAUUGUGGUCUAGUGGUUAGGGCGUUGGACUAGGACCUGGGAGGCUGGGGUUCAACUCUGCACUCAGCAGUGAAGCUCACAGGGUGACCCUGGGCCAGUCACUGCCUCUCAGGCUAACCUACCUCACUGGGUUGUUGUGUGGGAAUCCAAUUUCUCCUUGGAGGAGAAAGUGGGAUAUAAAAGCAGCCAUUAAAUAGUAGUAGCCAUUAAAUAGAAGUAUUCAGAAGGUCCCAUAUUCAGUUGGCAGCAUCAAUUGUUAAUAAUAAUAAUAAUAAAAUAAAUAAUUUUUUAAUUUUAUUUAUAUGCCACACAUCUGACUGGGUUGCUCCGGCCUCACUGGGCGGCUCCCAACAGAAUAGUGAAAACACAAUAAAACAUCUAACAUUAAAGAUCUUCAUUCAGAUGUCAUCUAAAAGUUCUUUAUUUCCUUGUUAAAAGGAGCAGGCUGCAGAGUCAGACCUUGUCUGCCUAAGACAAGGCCUGCAGCUGUUGCUGGCUUUUGUUCCUUCUUAGGCCAGCGGGCAUAUUUCAAAUUUUUAUUUAUAGGCAGUGACCAUUCUAGGUUCGUCCGAUAUGUGUUGUGACCGUGCACAAGCGCAUUGCUCUGUACCUGAAAAAUCACAAAAAGGGGGUGGGUGGGUGGAACUGGGUGUUUGCAGGCUUUUUCAAUGGCGUUUCGAAUAUAUGCAAUUCCACUUAAACACGCGAUGCCUUGGAACGUAACCCCUGGGUAAAUUGGGAGUUGCCUGUAUUAAAUUUGUAUAGCACCCUUGAUUUGUAAAUCUAAGGGUGGCUCAAAACAGAAGCAAGGCAGAUAAAAACACAAAAGGCAUAAUAAGAACGCAAACCCAAAAGAGACCCCCCCCCAGACUAAUGAAUGUUUUUCUGGGAAAGUGCCACAAAAUGGCCGCCGUGGUGGGUGUUGCGUAACUCUGAAGGUCUGCUGCAUCUAAAAGAGCAGAAAAAGAAAUGGCAACACAAUAUAGUAUUUCCCCACCUCACAUCGGUAGGCAAAAAGGCACCUACAUCAGCCACCACCCAGUUCAUUCCCCGAGAGAAGCUCUUUGCAUCUCUUCUUUGUUCAAAAAGGGAGGGAUGGUGCGUUCCCCAUUCUGGCAUCCCUUUGAAAUGGGAGCAUUCGUAGGAGAGGCCAGAGCAAACAGGCUCUCAUAUACGUCGUAUUUUGGAGGGGAUUAUUUGCUGAGACCUUUAGCAGGCACCACAUGGGAGGUGAUUGCAGGGACACCGGCACUUGUGUCUGCUGUGUCGGCAACCCCUGGCCUAGGUUCCUGGAGAGCUGCCAGUCAGAGUAGGCAGUAUUGGACUAUUUUGAAAAGAAACAUCCUGGGGUAUAAGACAACGUGAAUGUUGUGUGGCACUAGUAGAAGUUGGACAUAACGUUCUAUGGACCAGAUGUGCCUUCAUAAGAAGCAAUUUUAAAUAGCUUUGGAAGCUGGGGAAAGUCACAGAAAAUUGUGGUUAGAUUUGAAGGGGAUGGGGGCACAGGAUAAAAAAAGGACUCUUAUCCCAGGUAGGCUGCCUGGAUUUUGGGCAAGGCUGGCCUGAGAUGUGUUGCUGUCUGUGACAGGGCACCAAUUGCUUCCCCCACCUCCCCAAAGUUAAAGUGCCUAAUAGGCUUUGCACUGGAGGCAGAAAUUGUCCUUCCUUGGCAGUAAAAAAACAAAAAACAAAAACACUUUAAAAAUUGGGAUGCAGUUUUAUUUAUUUCCAGUGUAGAGAGAGCCGUUUUCAUCAUGCCUGGUCCCAGCGGUUUACAAAGCAAUCAAUAAAGCAAUCCGUCAGUCAAAAUCAGGCAUAGGCAAACUUGGAAGUUGUAGUCCCAAAACAUCUGGAGGGCCGAGUUUGCCUAUGCCUGGUCAAAAUAGUACAGUGUAUGAAACGCAAAAAGCACAGGCUCAGAGCUAAGUUGGCACUGUACUGCUGCAAUAGCACAACGCUCGGAUUGCAUUGUUAAUAAGGGUGUUUCCCAGUGCCCUAUUUAUCGGGCUUUUGUGACUAUUUGUGACCGUGAUGGUAUCAGGGUGGUCAUACGUGAUCCCACUUUUAGUGCUGUUUGUUCCUGGAAGAGUUUUAGGGCAGUCACACUGCUUCAUUUCCAAUCAGUGUGUAUCCCGUAUCUUCUUUCUGAAAUCCCAUAACCUUUUAUAGGUCUGGUGUUGCGUACAACUGCAUCAGAGGGGUGAAGUCGUUAAGUUUUCAUUUUACAGUCAUCAGCAUUUUUUACUCAAGAGAAACCAUCAGCAGUUUCUUCUGUGGUCUUUCUAGGUGUGAUCUAAACCACUGGUGGUCUGUGGCCUGUGAAUUUUAAAACUCACUGGACUAAUUAUUAAUGGAGGCAUUAAAACUCUUCAGUACAAUUCCUAUGUCAGAAUGACCCCUAGAAGUCAUAUUUAGGGCUUAUGAUUGACAUGUCUUGGCUAUGUGCUGGAGCUGCUUUGGGCAUCCAGCUGAAAGCCUGGACAUGACAGCUGACUGACAAGGUUAAGUUGAUGGCCAUCUCAUUUGUGGGGGGUGGGUGUGGGUUGCAGGGUUUAUAAUAUACAAAUGUGAGCUUGCCCUUCAAGAGAACUCUUUAACUGCCAAGGGGUACUCCUUCUAUAUAUUUUUCACAUUCAGAAGCGAAGCAAGGGGUGUGCACCUGAGUUGAGAUUGAUUUCUCUUCCCCCUACCUCCUCAAAACAAACCUUCACUUAAAUGAUGCUGUGGUCCUUUCCAAGGAAAAAAUGAGAAUGAUAGGCAAGACUCAACCGAUAAACUAAGAAUUUCGUGAAAUAAGAUGGCUGUGAGAUCAGGGAAUACUGAAAGUCAUUCUGAGCCUAGAAGUGACUGAGCAGGUUGAAUGCAAGGCCUGUAAGCUGCACACCUUUUCUAUGUAGCUUGUAUAGUUAGCACUGAAAACCCCCCCUUUUUUUUUGGGUUAAGAAUUUAGAUUUUAUUCUGCGGUUCUACAUAGUCUUCAAUAUUUAUAACUGUUAAGCCCGAAGCUUUGAAAUUCUGAAAAGGUACGCGUCAUGCUAGUUAAUGCAGUGGCGCAUUAAGGUUUUUGAAUUAAUGAGUUUUCCAUUCCCCCCUUUCCUUUCCCGAAUCAGCCCAUUUCAGUAGCUGAAUUCAAGCGUCUUCCAGUUUUGAAUGCUACCUUGUCUACUAAAGGAAAGGCUACAGCCUCUGUGAAUGUCGCUGCCGUUUACAUCGGAUGAAAACUCUUUUCAGCGAGUGUAUUAAUAAUAAUAAUAAUAAUACCAAUACUAAUAACAACAACGUAAUAGCAGCCCGGUUGGAUCACACUAAAGCAGGGGUAGGCAACCUAAGGCCCGGGGGCUGGAUGCGGCCCAAUCGCCUUCUUAAUCCAGCCCGCGGACAGUCCGGGAAUCAGUGUGUUUUUACAUGAGUAGAAUAUGUGCUUUUAUUUAAAAUGCAUCUCUGGGUUAUUUGUGGGGCAUAGGAAUUCGUUCAUCCCCCCCCCCCAUAUAGUCUGGCCCCCCACAAGGUCUGAGGGACAGUGGACCGGCCCCCUGCUGAAAAAGUUUGCUGACCCCUGUACUAAUACAUACCAUUUCCCACACUGACCAGCCAGAAGACUUGGGAAGGCAACAAACAGGACAUAAUUGAAUGGUGGAACUCCCAUAGUAUGUCGUGAGGGCCACAGACUUUGAUCACUUUAACAGAGGACUAGAUUAAUUUCAUGGAUGAUAAGGUUUUCAGUGGCCACUAGCUAAACAGGUGUAUACUUCCGCCAAUGUCAAAGGUGGCAUUUGUCACUGAAUAUCAGUUUUUAGGGGAGGUUGUUGGGGAGAAUGCUGUUCCUUGCAGGUUUCCUGUUGGGGCAUCUGGUUGGUCACUGUGAGGACAGGAAUCUGAGCUGGAUAGGACCUUGGCCUGAUCCAGCAGGAGUCGUCUUCUUUUAGGAGCACAAGAGCAUUCUCCUGUGUUCUCCAGUGGCGGAUGGUUCAGAGACCUGCUGCCAUUGCCAUGUCUGGUACACAGUGCUUUUUUCUUCUUCUGGUGGAACAUGCCGGAACCCAGUUCCGGCAUCUUUUCUUGGCCCCUGCCUUGUGCCACCACCACCUUCGCCAUCUUCCUGCCUUGACCGUUCGCGCCCCGGAGCAUGGGGAGUGAUGGUGAUGUCAGUGGCGCAAAGCACGGUGGGAGAUCUGACAUUCCUAGGCUCCUGCAACCCUACGUAGCACCAGCAGGUUUCUUUACCGAAGAAGGCAACAAGAUGCAGUUGCAGAAUAAUUGAUGCUGAAAGAGUGAACGUUUUACCAAUCAGAAACCGCGAGAGGCGGGUGUUUGGGGUGGGCGGGGGCUCCUCCAGGAAGAGCAUCAGGAGCCAAUCAAGAAAGGAAGCUAUCCGCCAGUAGGCUAAAGUAAGGCAAGUGUGGGCAACACCAUAUCAGUGUACUGUGUUGGUCAUCCUUUUCGUGAUGCACCGAUUUGAGGGGCGAAACAAGCUGAAUCUCCCUAUAAGAUGGUAUAGCCCAGCAUCUAGUCAUGUGAUUUUGGUUUCAAGAUGGCGGCGACGUUGGCGACUAUGGCGGUGAGCUCCCGCACUUUUUUGUCUGGAAAACGCUGCUAGUACACAGUUAAAGUAGUAGUAGUAGUAAUAAUAAUAAUAACAAUAAUAACAAUAACAAUAAUAAUAUAUAAUAUAAUUAUAAUAAUAAUAAUAAUAUUUAUGCCCCGCCCAUCUGGCUGAGUUUCCCCAGCUACUCUGGGUGGCUGACAGCACGUAAAAAAUGGUAAAACAUUAGACUUCAUAAAACAUUAUAGAAGUCAGAUAGUUGUUUAUUUCCUUCACAUCUGACCGGGGGGGGGGCAUUCCACAGGGCAGGUGCCACGACCGAGAAGGCCCUCAGCCUGCGCACCAGAUGGAGCUGGUAAACAGCUGCCCUGGACACAGAAUUGACCUGCGCCCCCAUGGACAGAUGUGAGUCCAAAAUGACUCCCAAGCUGUGCACCUGGUCCUUCAGGGGACCAGGGGACAGUUACCCCAUUCAGGACCAGGGUGUCCCCCACCCCCUGUCCCCCAAAAACAGUACUUGUGUCUUGUCAAGAUUCAACCUCAACCUGUUAGAUGCCAUCCAUCCUCCAACCGCCUCCAGGCACUCACACAGGGCCUUCACUGGUUCCGAUUUGAAAGAGAGGUAGAGCUGGGUAUCAUCCGCAUACUGAUGAACACCCAGCCCAGACCCCCUGAUGAUCUCUCCCAGCGGCUGCAUGUAGGUGUUAAAAAGCAUGGAGGAGAGGACAGAACCCUGAGGCACCUCACUCACCCCCCCAACACCAAAGUAAAUUAAUCAAAAGGAAAAUGACAUUUUGCCUCUUUGUCUCUGGCUCCCCCUACUGUUGAACUUCUGCCCAAUCAGUCUCAAUAGGCACCUGCUUCCAUGGCAGGUAAGUGCACCUCAGUGUAAGCUUGGGGAAGGGCAAAUUUGACACGGGGCAUCCACUUUCAGCAGUGACCUCACACUGCGCAUAACAUUGUCGUUCAGCCCUUUGCCAGCUAUAACUGAAGCAGCUGUGAGGGAUGAGGAAGACACUGGUGCUGGAAUGGGGGCAGUGUUUGUAAGAGCAUCCAUACAGAUGAAAGCACAACCUCUGGGUUGAUUGAUGCUGGCAUCAGUAUUAAGUAAAACCCCUAGUCUCUUGCUAACAAAAACAUUGAUGUAAAGAUGGAGAAUUGGGUAUUAAAGUGGAAAAAUAAGGGCCUCAGAAAUAUCCAGGCUUGUGGAAGAUGGGAUGCUGUCACAAGCGCUUGCGUUCAGAGUUACGAUUUCCAGUGGCUUUGGUACAUCUUACUACUUCCACUUAAAUUCCCAUUGUUCAUGUGCUGCCUUAGCACCCUGUCACUUUGUAUUAUCGAGAGCAUUAUAGGUCAAGACCAGCCAUCUUGUAUGUUGAAAAUUCCAUGUUAGAUAGCUAGUCCCACAACAUGUUUUUAUAUUUUAAGUUCUGGCGAUUAAUGGAUCUGGUGUAGGUUUUCGUUCAGUCUUCAUUUGGUGGGGGGAAGUUUAAAAAAAACAACAAAAAACAUUUGUCACGUUGCAAAUCUCCAAUAAACUACAGUGGUACCUCAGGUUAAGUACUUAAUUCGUUCCAGAGGUCCGUUCUUAACCUGAAACUGUUCUUAACCUGAAGCACCACUUUAGCUAAUGGGGACUCCUGCCGCCGCCAUGCUGCCGGAGCCCAAUUUCUGUUCUUAUCCUGAAGCAAAGUUCUUAACCUGAAGCACUAUUUCUGGGUUAGCGGAGUGUGUAACCUGAAGCGUAUGUAACCUGAGGUACCACUGUAUGUUCCAUUCAUUGCAAAGCUGAAAUCUGCAACCCUCCUCCAGCCACAGGAACCAGUAUCCUGAUUGUGUAGCAAUGAGAACUGGCACCCCUUGCAUUGGCACUGGAGAAGUGGCACUGACUUAUGCUGCUAGUGGAUGUGUAGUUUGAAAACAUUUGUUUUCCUUUGGGGAGCUUUGCUACCACUAUUUACAGGUAGGUAGCCGUGUUGAUCUGCCGUAGUCGAAACAAAAAAAAUAAUACCUUCCAGUAGCACCUUAGAGACCAACUAAGUUUUUUAUUGGUAUGAGAUAAUAAUAAUAAUAAUAAUAAUAAUAAUAAUAAUAGUGUUCAUGCACACUUCUUCAGAUAUACUGAAACAGAAGUCACCAGACCCUUAUAUAUAGUGAGAGGCUGGGGAGGGUGGUGGGAAUGGGUGAUUGGCUGAUAGGUGUGGUAGACCUGUUGAUGACUGUUAACAACUGCAGUUGGUCUUACAGAAAAAAGCAAGGGGUAAGAUGGCUAAAAAUAGCUUUAUCAUGUACUGUAUAAUGAGAUAAGAAUCCAAUGUCUCUGUUCAGACCAGGUCUCUCCAUGGUUUUAAUUCAGCAACUUCUCUUUCCAGUCUAUUUCUGAAAUUCUUUUGUAAUAAGACAGCUACUUUUUACUAUGUUAGUUGCUUUUCUUAAAAGCUAACUCAAAGUGACUUACAUUAAAAUCAGUUAAAAGCAACAGUGAAAACUUGGGGGGGGGGGGGAGUCAAAUGAAGGACUGAAAACACAGUUAAACCAAAAGGCAGGGCUACAAGUCCUGCCCUGCUAAAAGAGGCCACAAUGCCAUCCUUCAAAUUAAGGGCUAAGAGGCUGGGUGAAAAGAAAAGCCUUUGCCUGGCGCCUGAGACUGGACAAAGAUGGCUCCAGGUGUGCCUCCCCAUGGAGAGUUUUCACAAGCAGGAAACCACCACUGAAAAAUCCCCCUUUUUUGUUGCCAUCCUCCAAACCUCCCAUGAAGGGGGCACAUGAAGAGGGGCCUCCACAGGGUCUAGGUUGGUUCAUGUGGGGAGACACUGUCCUUGCAGUAUAAAGCUUCAUAGGUAAAAACCAGUGCCAGAACUGGUGUGAAUAUGUUCCGACUAUCCUGCCUCAGUCCAUAAUGUCAGCUGCAGUUUCCAUACUGUCUUCAAAGGCAGCUCAACAUGUAAAUGCCUUGCAGUAGUCCAGCCUAGACAUUACCAGAGCAUGGACAGCAGAGGUUAGGCUUCUUCUGUCCAUGUAGGGCAGGGGUCAGCAAACUUUUUCAGCAGGGGGCCGGUCCACUGUCCCUCAGACCUUGUGGGGGGCCGGACUAUAUUUUGAGAAAAAAACGAACCAUUUCCUGUGCCCCACAAAUUCAUUUUAAAUAAAAGGACACAUUCUACUCAUGUAAAAACACCAGGCAGGCCACACAAAUAACCCGGAGAUGCAUUUUAAAUAAAAGGACACAUUCUACGCAUGUAAAAACGCGCUGAUUCACAGACCGUCCGCAGGCCGGAUUGAGAAGGCAAUUGGGCCGGAUCCGGCCCCCGGGCCUUAGUUUGCCUGCCCAUGACGUAGGGGCACAGCUGGAGCCACAAGUCGGAGCCACUGAGGUCACUUGAAUCUGGAUCCUACAAGCUACGUACCUGCUCCUUUGGGAGGAGUGUAACCUCAUCUUGAGCAGGCUGCUUCCCAUCCAUCUGGUCUAGGGAGUCAUCAGCGCCUCAGCCUUGUCUGGAUUAAGCUUUUGUUUACUGGCUCUUCAACUUCUUCCACAGCAACGUCUUGCAGUGAGGUUGUUUCAGAGCCGCAAAGUCUUCCGGCUUUUGGAUGAGAAAUCGUUAAAGAUAAUAGAAAUGCUUCAUAUACUGGGAUGCUCCCUGUUUUUCAUUGUGUGCAGUUGUUGUGACCAUCUCUUGUAUAGCAUAAUAAAAAUUGUAACACAGAUGUUUAAGAAGAAAUGAGAGCGUUAUAGCAGUGUCAUUUGUAAUAUCCCUCUCCUUGCUUUUGAGAUAUGUGUGAUGUAUAUAUGUGAAAUAUGUACAUAUUUAUGUGUCUCUGUGGUUUCCUUUGUAUGGGUUCAGUUCUCCCCCCCCCCCUUUUUGCUGGCAUUGGCUCACAACCUUUUCUGAGGUCAUUUCAUAGCUUUAAGUCAGGGAAGACCUUUUGAAAUCCCUGAAUUCAUUUAAAGCCUAACGUGUUAUUGUGGGAGUAUAUUUAGUACAAAUGUGCCAAUUAUUUUUAGUGUUAAAUGGUGUUUCCCUCCCAGUAAUUCCUCUGAAGGGACAAGCUGGCAUUCCUUUUGUUAAUUUGAUGUUAUUUUUGUGGUUAGUGCUUAAUAGCUAUUUCUUGAUACCAGCAAGCAAGCAGGCAAGGAAAAAAAAAUAGCCUGAAGAGUUGCUUGGAAAUAGUUUUAAAGCCCUUGGAUUUUUGAAAAAGCCCAGCCCACUCAGCAAAACUCAUUGGGUUAAACAAAUGCUUGCUUACUAUUGUAUCAUUUACGCCAGGUUAGAAAAGAAUUGAAAACUUACUUUUAUCCACAUAGGGUUGGCCUAAGGCAUCUUGCUGUCUCAGGCAGAAAGGCAUAAUAUGUCCAAGACUAUUCAGGUUAUUAUGAUACCUGAGGUAUCAUGACUUUAAAAAUAUGAUGAUGUUUAUUAUACAGUGGUACCUCGGGUUAAGUACUUAAUUCGUUCCGGAGGUCCGUUCUUAACCUGAAACUGUUCUUAACCUGAAGCACCACUUUAGCUAAUGGGGCCUCCUGCUGCUGCGCCGCCGGAGCACGAUUUCUGUUCUCAUCCUGAAGCAAAGUUCUUAACCUGAAGCACUAUUUCUGGGUUAGCGGAGUGUGUAACCUGAAGCGUAUGUAACCUGAAGCAUAUGUAACCCGAGGUACCAAGGUAAUAGUGAUUGAUUGCCUGUAAUUUCAUCGUCCUUCUAUGACAGUUGAAAAUCACCUCAGUCUGCCUAAUGGUAGGACCGGCCCUGUGGUGCACCUUGGAGCUCAGUGUGUGACUGAGGGACCAAACCUGGUCCAGGGAGCAUCCCCAGUUGCCAUUUACAACUUGCUGCAUCCUUCUCCAUCACUUAACAGGAGUGCCUCAUUUCAUAUCACUUCUAAUUUGUACGCCACCUUUCUAUAUUACAAUGCACAGGCUGGAACUGGUCUGCGACCGAAAUAAUAAAUUCAUUCAUUCAUUACUAUGCACAAGGCAGUUUACAGCAACAAAGUGUACGACAAAGAACACACAUCUUAUAAUAAUCUGACACAAUAUAAAAAGUCACCAUAAAACAUAACUUUAAAAUGUAAUCACUUAUAUCAAACAAAGCAAUCUUUAAUAAUCUAUUAGAAUAUAAUAGUACGCAAUAAAAUCUACAGUGGUACCUUGGUAGUUGAAUGCCUUAGUUGUUGAACAAAUUGGCACCCAAAAGUCGCAAGUGAGUGUUACGGUUUGUGAACAUUUUUUGGCAGCUGAACAUCCGACGCAGCUUCCAUGACUUCCAGUUGGCUGCAGGAAGCUCCUGCAGCCAAUUGGAAGCCAUGCCUUGGUUUUCGAACCAUUUUUGGGAGUCGUACGAACUCCUGGAAUGGAUUAAAUUUGAGAACCAAGGUACAAGUGUACUCUCAAAGCAUCGGCCAAUAAUUAAACAGAAAUCACUCUUUACAAUUACAAUAAGUAACUACUAAAUGGUGAUCAAUAAAAACAACUGCAAGUCACAACACAUAAAAUGCCACAGUACAUACAAAACCGUGUAGAAGGCUCAAAUUGCGAGACAAAGACACACAACUUCUAAAACUUUUUUAAAAAUAGAGGUUUCUUUGAGUUUAUGAAAUAAGAGCGAGACUGUAUUUUGUCUUCCCACCUGACAGAGCUCGACAGAGUGCUGGAGUUGAAUAUGUUGAAAGAUACAGACAACUGGAGUCCGAUGAACUCGAUGCAUCAGACAGCAGUUGGCCUCCCUGUGAACCAGGUAAAAAAAUAAUAAUCUUAACUUUAAAGGCACCUUAGGCAGCCAUGCGUAAAUUGUGAAAAGGGAUUGUGAGAUGCUGCAUUUUGUAGAGGCUGGAUUAAGAUCAUGCAUGUGAAUUUGAAGUGGUGCCUAGCUGGAGUGUGUUUGUGUAUAUGUGCCACACUUGUGCACAACAGUCAACAGGAGGAACUGAGCGCAUAUUUUCCUAGACUGAAAAUGCACGAUGUUCUCAGAGGUUGCUGGAUUGCAUUCUGCAUUGUCCCUCGCUAUUAACCAUGUUAGCUGGGGCUGGUGGAAGUCUGGAUAGCUCAGUUAGUUAGAGCAUGGUGCUGAUAACGCCAAGGUUGCAGGUUCAAUCUCUGUAUAGGACAGCUACAUUUCAGGGGGUUGGACUAGAUGAUCCUCGGGGUCCCUUCAAACGCUAUGAUUCUGUGAUAAAGUCUGGUCCCAACAACACCUGGAGCACAUCAGAUUGGCUAUCCCUUCCCUACUGUUAAGUUCAGGCAUCCCCAAACUCGGCCCUCCAGAUGUUUUGGGACUACAACUCCCAUCAUCCCUAUCUAACAGGACCAGUGGUCAGGGAUGAUGGGAAUUUUGGUCCCAAAACAUCUGGAGGGCUGAGUUUGGGGGUGCCUGGUUAAGUGUCUUCAACAGUAAUUUGGGGGCAGGCAGAGUGCAGUGCUCCUUCAUCGUUUGCCACCCAACAGAUGAACCAUCUUGCAUUCUGUCAAAGCAUCACGUCUGCAGAAGGCCAGUUUUCUCUGGACCACGCUUUGCCACCAGCUGACCCAUCACCACUGAAACUGUUAUGAGGGUUUUCCUCGGGCCAAAGGAAGGGAUGUAGCAACAGUUUUGGAAGCAUAGGAGGAAUGAUUCUCCCUUCAUCCCAAGUCCAUUGGAAUUCUCCUGAUCCCGCUCCUGAAGCAAUCACAGUUGCUUAUCUUUGGCAUGGAGGAGGAAGUUAUAUGCUUUCCAGGGUCCACAGAAUCUUGAGGGCAGUUGGUUUGGUCUCCCCUUUUGUCUUUCUGCAAAGGCAAGAGGAUUCUAUGUUAGAAACGCCCCUUCCCUUCCUGAACCCUCAACUUCACCCAUAAUAACUUCACUCACAGCGGCAAACUUAGCAGAACUUGACAAGAGGUCUCAGGCCCUACCCUGAGCAAAGGUUUGGGGGCCCACCGGCUUAACCCCCGCCUUCUUAUAAUGCUGCCCACUUUGCUGUGUCACAGUUCACAAAAGGGUGAGUGUUGCACUUCUGUGUGAAGAAAAAAAAUGUGUUCCGUGGCAACCAUUUGUGCUGUGGAGAAAUUCGUAUUGGACGCCAGUAUUAAGCCUGUAAAGACCCAGUGUCAACAUUUCCUCUAUAGAUCCUACUUAGAAUUUGGAAACAACAUGAAAUUCAGGAUCCCGGGUGUCACCAACAAACUUCUAGGCACCUGGCAGUGAAUCUCUUUGGAUUUUUCCAAUGCUGCCAGAACCGUUUUCUCCUAGUGGCUUAAAAUAUCUUCCAGCAUUGGUCAAAUCAUGCAGAGCUGUUGAUGUUUCCAUACUGACAUCUCUGAAUUUGCCAGAGGGUGGGUAGCCAGCAAGCAUUGUACUGUUGUGACAGAAUGCUGUAGUGUACAUGAGUUUUCCCAAGGAUUAUAUUUAGAAGAAUCCUGGCCAGAAAGCCUUAUUAAAAGGAGGAGAAGUGUAUUACUGCUCAUUAGGGGCACAAUCUAGCCGAAGUUAAUCACCUUUAAAUGCCAUUGACCUCGGUGGAAGGGGGCUAAUUGUUAAGACUAGUUGCAUUUGGAAUCACAGAAUCAUAAAAUUGUAGCAUUGGGAGGGACCCUAAGGGUCAUCUAGUCCAACCCUCUGCAAUGCAAGAAUCUCAAAGCCUACAUGGCAGAUGGCCACCCAACCCGGGCAACAGCACAGUGGCCCAAGUUGCACAUUCAUGUCAGCAGUGAAAUGCAGGAAGUCUUUAAAGGUAAAGGAAGAAGAGAAGAAGAGUUUGGAUUUGAUAUCCCGCUUUAUCACUACCCGAAGGAGUCUCAAAGCGGCUAACAAUCUCCUUUCCCUUCCUCCCCCACAACAAACACUCUGUGAGGUGAGUGAGGCUGAGAGACUUCAGAGAAGUGUGACUGGCCCAAGGUCACCCAGCAGCUGCAUGUGGAGGAGCGGGGAAUCAGACCCGGUUCCCCAGAUUACGAGUCCACCACUCUUAACCACUACACCACACUGGCUCUGACCCCUGACAGUUCAGUCCAGUCACGAACGACUCUGGAGUUGCGGCUCUCACCUCACUUUACUGGCCAAGGGAGCUGAUGUUUGUCUGCAGACAGUUUUUCCAGGUCAUGUGGCCAGCAUGACUAAGCCGCUUCUGGCAAAACCAGAGCAGCGCAUGGAAACGCCAUUUACCUUCCCGCUGGAGCGGUACCUAUUUAUCUACUUGCACUUUGACAUGCCUUCGAACUGCUAGGUUGGCAGGAGCAGGGACCGAGCAACGGGAGCUCACCCCGGCGUGGGGAUUUGAACCGCCGACCUGAUCGACAAGCCCUAGGCUCAGUAUUUCCUGUUAACAUCCUGUAACAGUCCGGUGUGUGCCCUCCGCUUUCUCAUCUCAGCAGAAAAGAGGUUAGAAAGUGGUUUACUUCUGAGUGAGUUGUUGCCAACUCCCGAUUUCUCUUUCUGUCUUUGAAGCUAUGGAGAAUCUCAGACAUGGGACUAUGACCGGUUGAGGGAGAGAUGAUUUUUUAGUAAGCCUUCAGGUCUUCCCAUAAGCAAGGACUUGCUCUGAGCCUCCUUAGAAGCUUAGCUGCAUGGACAAUAGCUGAAUGGUGUGAACAUGACCACUCUCUGAUUCUGUGAGUUUUCUUCCUCCUUUGCUGUGUUUCACAAGAGAGAGGUUACCAGAGCAUGGGCAAAAGAAAAAAGUUAGGCUAUCCCUGUCCAGAUAAGGGCACUGCUGGGCCACUAGCCGAAUCUGAUGGAUGUAUGCUUGAAGUAUUAAACUGAAGUGUGGUUGUCCAAGCUGGGCUGAUGCACUCUUCUCAGUUAGGGACCAGACUGCUGCAUUCCGGCUGAUUUCAGACAGGUAUACUACUCCUAGUGUGGCUUUUCUGUUGUAAACUGCAAGCGGAAUUUCAGUUCAGUUUGUACACGAUCAAUAUUGUACGUCGUUUCAUCCACACCAGGGUGUCAUGUGGCAUCUGUGGAUGGGGCUAUUUGAGGCUCAGCAAAUAUUCAUUAUAAUACUUGCAGAGGAAAGCCAUUUUUUGGUUUUUUAAAUAUUACUAUUGUUGUUGUUAUUUACAUUUCUAUUCUUGCACUACCUCCCAGAGGAGCAGCAAAGCCAAAACGUUAAAUCAAUAAUAUUUAAAAAUAAAAACAUGUUUCAAACAUUUAAAAACAAUGAAACCAUCUAAGAACAUGAGAACAAGUGAAAACAUUUUAAACAAUUAGUCACUUACCCUCACAGCUAAUAGUUUCAAGUUGCCAAGAACAAAAUAUAUAUAUUAAAUUUGUAUGCUGCCCUUCAUCCAUAGAUCACAGGGUGGUUCACUAUAUAAAAAUACAAAAUAUGAACAUUUGGCCAUCAAAUAACUGGCGAAACAGGGUUGUUGUUUUUUUAAGUUUACCUAAAUCAAGUGGGUCUUUUUUUCUCCCCCAUGUAAUUUUGGGAAAUAGGAUUGCGAGAGGUGCUGUAAAAAUACUUGGUAGAAGUCUGCAGCUGAUUCAGCUGCCAAAUCUUGUUUGUAUUCUCUAAUAAUUUACACAUUGUAUCAGCAAGGGCAAAGGAUCUUGCUUGUGUGCCUGUCUGUGUGCUUUCAAAAAGUCCAGAUUUUUGCCACCAGAAAAAACAGAUCUUUCAAGAAGCCAUGAAUAAUGCAAGCUCUGCAAAUAUGAGGAAAUCCAGUUAAUCCUCAAUUCAAAGCGUGGAUUUUUUGGGGAAGAAUACUCUUUGUGGGGGCGGGGGCAGAGGAGGGGAACUAUUCAGAAGAUGUAUAGAGCAGAAAUGAAUCCAGAUUAUUUAUAGCCAGCUAUAAACAGGAGUAAGCAAAGGGCUUUUUUUCAAAAAAGUGGCUUCAGAUGCAAGAGCAUCUUUUUAAUAAAUGCAGAGGCAACAUAGUUCAUGUAACUAAGCCAGGUCUUGGCAUACGAAACAGCAUACGAAAAUGCAUUAUUUCAGUAGCAUCUACUUUGCAAAAAAUAAUAAUUGUAUUUUAGGUAAAAUUGCAUAUAAGUCUGUGUAUAUUGGGAGAAAUUUGCUUUAAAAGCUGAUGGAUUUUCAAAAGGACUUUUAUUUAUUUAUUCCAAACUGAUGUGGAGAACUGAAUUUAAGGUUGGAAAAAAUGAGAAACUGACAAAUUUGCCCAUCCGACUUGGUUAACAUUUUGACUAGACACGUGUUUUCUUAACCUUUUUGACUGUGUUUCCAGCUCCACUCCAACCACCCCAGCAUGAAUCCAGUCCUGCAACUUGCAUACCAGUCAGCAAUUACAAAUAUCCUGAUCUGCCUGUAUCAAGAUACAGAGAAGAGGUAAAUGAUGUUGCAUCAUGGUUUUAUAAAGUUAUGCUGUGUUUUCUUUCUCCCACCCCCAAGCUACUGUUUGCUUGGUUUUCACUUGUGCUAAAACAGGUAUUGGAAAGGGUUUUCUUGACUUUGGUAUUUGUAAUUCAUCAAUAGCUUCCUCCCAUGUAUGCCCAGAUAGUUUCUGCCAUUGCAUCAAGUCCUUUUCAUCCAUUAAAUCUUAGUGUGCCGGUUGCAUCCUUUCUUGGGUAAAGAGGAUCUCACUGUAGUCAUCUAUGCUUUGGUAAUAAUCAGCAAGAACGUGGGGUGGCAGUGUCCCCAGAGCUUUAUUUUCAUUUUGGACAGUGUCAGGGAACAAGUUAUAGCAACUGAAGAUGCUGGGAUUGAAUCGCAGAACCCUACUGUAGAGUUGGAAGGGUGGAGGGUCAUGUAGUCCCAACUCAGCGUUUGAAAUUAGCCAGGCGGAAUUCGGCCACUUGUGACCAAGUGAAGAUGCCUGGGUGCCAAGGUGGAUCCUUAGAUCUCACCUGUUUUCAUACACUCAACAACGCAUCCUGUAGAAUUCCACCCCUGAUAUCUCAUCUGCACAAUCGGAACCAAUUUCAGGAACCAAAAACUGGAAUGGAAAAAUACAACUUUUGAGCUGUCUGACCGCAAAAUGGCAGCUGGACGUUCCGUUUUGGUGACUGUAACCCUGGUUUAAGGAGCCAUUUGGUGCCUAGCUUAUAUAUCUGAGUUUCUAACACCGGUCCAACCCUUUGCCAUGGAAGGUCAUGUGCAAGGGAACACGGACUGAAAGAGUAAGGCAAGGCCUGAUUCUGUGAGGUAAAGGAAAGUUGAACCAGCAAUUUUUUCCCCUGAGGAAUUAAGGAGACAACAGUUAGCUUAUUUUGUUACUCUUAACAUUUAUGUUUCUGAAAUUCUUGAUAAUUCAAAAUUCUCUGGGCAAAUGACAAAAUGAAAAUCACUAGAAAAAUAAGGAACGUUAAGAAACUAUGUUAUUCUGAAUUCUUGGACCCAGAGGUGUCUUACAUGAGUGGAAAGACAGCUUAGAAUGUAGCACCAUUGAAUUUUCCUGUUUUCCUUAUCCAGCUUCAGCCCACUGUGCAUCACACACUGUACCAGAAAAUUACUCCCUUCAUGGGAGGUUUUUAAGCAGAGGUUGGAGGGCCAUCUGUCACGGAUGCUUUAGUUAAGAUUCCUGCAUUGCAGAGGGUUGGACUAGAUGACCCUACAGUUAUAUCUAAUGUGUUAUAGAAUCAUAUAAUCAAUAGAAGCCAUAUUUGGUAUUACUUGGAGGACAUGCUUCCCUCCUUAGACAAAUGGAGGGGGGGCGAAAAGUGUUCUGUAACCACCACUAGGUAAUAGUAGGUAAAGUGGCUGCUUUGAUGCUCCAUGCAUAGGAUUUGAAGUAGCAGUGGAGAACGGAUGGUUUGCUGGCCUCAGUGUUUGCUGGACUGCAGUUUCUGCCCUCUCUGGCCAGAGGACAUGCUGAUGGGAGCUGGAAUCCAACCACAUUUGGAGGACCACAGGUUCCCCACCCCUGCCUUAAAGGAGAGGAGAAGCACUUUGUGUUGAGGAUAACGUUCACAAGUGGGACAGAGGAGAAACUUCUCUUGACCAACCCUCUAAAUCCAUCAGCGUGCAACAGAAGGAACCAAAUGUCGAUCUUUCUCUCUCUUUGUUUUAGAGUGAAAGAACUGAGAAGGUGAUCAAAAUCCAGAGAAGGCUGUUAAAGAUUGUGGCCUGUCAUCCUGCAGACGUGUCUUAAGUUAUGGUUCUGUAUUUUUUUUUAGAUGAUCUCCUUGAUAGAAAGCAACUCUGUGCUAAUCGUGCGUGGAUCUACCGGCAGCGGCAAAAGCACUCAGCUUCCACAGUUUGUUUUGGACCACUGCGUGCAGCGCUCCACCUACUGCAACAUCGUAGUGACUCAGCCUAGGAAAAUUGGUGCCAGCAGUAUUGCGAGGUGGAUUAGUAAGCAGCGGGCAUGGCCCCUGGGGGAACUUGUGGGCUACCAGGUACAGUGGCAUGUUAACCCAACGUUAAAGCGCAUGUUGUGUAAAGAACCCACCUGAAUCUCUCUCUUCACUUUCUUCCCUCUUGGAAUUGGAUGGGCCAAAUCAUCUGAUUCUUAGACGGCCUUUGUUGUGCGCUGAAAUAGAGGUUUAGUCGAAUCCCAGUCUUCUGUGCCGAAAAGGCAUUUGCCGUCCUGCUGCAGGUCUGUGGCUCAAGUUUCCCUAAUGAAUGACCACCAAUUUUAGGUGUUUUCAGAAAGGGCUGCAAUUUAAUACCUUGUUGCUUGUUCUUCUGAGGACAUUUCUGUUCCAGAACAGCUUCUUUUUCAUUAUGCUCAGGUGACGCUUGGGACAAACAAGGGUGCAUUAUAGAGCGCCUUUCAUACCAGCCCUUCCUGGGCGUGGGAACCAUUUCAACCAAACUUCGUUGACUGCCACAAAUGUUUUCAUGAUAUGUGUUUGAAGCAAAAUGUGUGGUGUUUAUAUUUUUCAACGGUUUUUAGGUUGGUUUAGAAAAAGUUGCAUCCAAGGACACGAGGCUGAUUUAUAUGACAACGGGAGUUCUCCUUCAGAAAAUAGUGGGGUCCAAAAGCCUUUCAGAGUUCACCCACGUCUUCAUAGAUGAAGUAAGUUGAAGGAAGAUAAGAUUGCACCAAGGCUGCUUUUCGUAGGAAACGUUUCCAUUGGGCUCUUAAUCUCACAGCUUCUGCAUGAGAAUAGCGCUCGGAUGCCUGUAAUAUCUGCGUUCUUCAUUGAGCUGCUAGGUUGGUGGUACCAGGGCCCAGGGCCUUCUCUGUGGUGGCACCAUAUCUUUGGAGUGCACUCCCCAUGGAAAUGCAGAUCAUUGGCAUCAAAUUUAUUACGAGUAAAAUGAGUAAAACAUACUGCGACACAAUAGGGUGGGCCCUGAAAACACCCAAUGGCCUGGGUAAAGAGGUGCUUCUUCAGCAUACACCGAAAGCUGUAUAUCAAAGAAGCAAGGCUCACCCCUGUGUAGAGGGAAUUUUACAACUUAGGAGCUGCCACAGAGAUAGCGCUUUCCUGGGCUGCUGCUGCCACCACUCUCAACUUCCGAGUGUGGUGGAACGGUACCAAGAGGGCCCAACUGCUGUUCUUAACACCUGGGAGGGUCUGUAGGGUCAGGAUUUCAGGCCUAAGUUGUUUAGGGCUUUAAACACUAAUGUGAGCACCUUGAAUUGUGCCGGGAAAUGAAAUGGCAGCCAAUGCAUUUUUUUAAGGGGUGAAGUGGGUCCUAAAUUGCAUCCCAGCCAGUAAUCUGGCUGCUGCAUUUUUUGCCUUUUGCCUGUUUUAUUUUCCUUUCGUACUUUGAACCGGUUCACAGUCAAAUGAUAACUCUGCACCUUUUUAGCUGCAACCAGGAAAGAUGGGGUGAGAGAGGAAGAGAAAUGUGCAUGCCAGGGGUACCCUUCUGAUCUCCUGACAGUUAGCUAGGGAAAACGCUGAUCUCUGAGCCCAGUGCAGCUCUAAAGUUCACAUCACUCGUGUUAAGCCCUCUCAUCUGCUAUGAACCCCUUUAGGUGCACGAGCGUACUGAAGAGAUGGAUUUCUUACUGCUGGUGGUCCGUAAACUGUUGCGCACCAAUUCGCGAUUUGUGAAGGUAAAUUUAAACUACAAGUUAAUGCAUUCUGAAAAUGCAAGAUCGGCUUAUCAUAAUUCUGUGGCAUGGAAAUAAUCUCCUAAUACUGCAGUUUUUGGUGUUAGGGGUGUCGUGUAACAGCCUACCGGGCUCUCAAAGUAGUGACAGAGUAGGACUUAGACAUCAGCAUACAGGGACAAAGGACAUCUGGCUUGCGUCACAAACAGCUCUAUCCUGAGAUACCUGGUUGCUUUUGAAAGUCAGUUAAGGCCCACCCUGCCACUUGCACACGUUCUCUCUCCACCCCCACCACCCAGUCCUGCGCCUUCCAGGUUCCCUUGUUCCUUUCACCAAUGCCAUCUGCUGCCAGCUAUCACUCGUUCUCCAGCUGAAAAGGGCAUCACAGCUGAAUCCAGCCCAUUCAAAGCCAGGAAACGCAGCUGGGAAUGCCUCGGAGCAAUCCCUGCACAUUGGGGCUGGCGAGUUUUCAGCUGGAGUGCAUCAUGGUUGGGCAUUCUGUUUCCCCUGGAAUAACAUUCCUCUGGGAGCAUCCGCAGACUUCAGAGCGCCCCUCGUGCAUUUGCGAUCUUUUCCGGCUCAACCCUCUGUUCAUCGAAUAGCGGUAAUGAAAACUGAUUCCAACAGUUUCGCUGUUGGAUGAAAAGGCCGCGAAGUGGUGGAAAGCAUUGAUGUGCUGCGUAAAUAACUAUUGAAAAGCAUGCCAUCUCUUCUGAGAAGUUAACAGGCUUCCAGGGCUUCUUCAGGCACCCAACAGUGAUGGGUAGGUGAUGCUCUAAGACAGCCUUUCCCUGAUUGGGGGGCUUCUGGAAGUUUUGGAGUACAAAUACAACAGCUGUGUUGGCUGGGACCAAUAGGAGUUGCAUUGCAAAACAUUCAGCGGUUGGAAGAGGCUGUUGUAGUAGACAGAGGCACAACGAAGGCAGCUAUAGGAGCAUAAGGCUAUAUCCUACCUCCACUGUUGGAAACAGUUGAGGUUGUUUUUGGCAUUGUCUCAAGAGAUGAUGGAUUGCGCCUCUGAAGGUGGUCAAACUGCUGUGUUAGCAGCAGCAGAGUGACCUCUCCAGGGUUCAAACCUGGGCAGUGUAUAUGGAGGUCCUGGGCUGCCCAGACGACAAGCCCCCUCUCUCAGCCUCGUUCCAACCCCCUUCUGCCCACUCUGUUGCAGUGCAGGAUCGUGCUUGCAUUAACCAGCAUUGAUAUGGUCUGUUGCUACUUGCAACGUUCACAAAGAAUAAGGAAGUAACAUUGGAAGCGCAUAUUAUAGUGGGGGAAGGUAUAUGCACCAAGUAUGUAUCAGAGGAUCGCCAAAACAUUUGCUAUCAGGACGCAACAUCAUCAAUGUAUUAUAGUAUUUUAAUAUUUUUUUGGAAGCGGCCCAGAAUGGCUGGGGAAGCCCAGCCAGGUGGGCAGGGUAUAAAUAAUAAAUUAUUAUUAUUAUUAUCAUCAAAGCUGGAAGUCAGGUCCUUCGUUGUUCAGAUUUAGAAAUCCCCCCAUUACUUUCUCAUGCAUGCACUCUUGGGUUGGGGCUAAAAAUUUUUAAACGGUUCUAAUUUUCGUUUGUUUUUUGUUGGGUUGAUGUUGGUUAAAUGUUUACUUGUAGUUGGUGGUUAUUUUAAUUUGGGUAUAACUGCAAAUUGUUUGUUGUUGUUAUUUGUUCCUAUUGAUUUAUUGGUUUGUUUGUUGCUCGUAUAGGAUAUUUUGUUCUUUAAUGUUUGAUGCUUUGUUGUGUUUUUAUUUAUGUUGUAAGCCGCCCAGAGUGGUGGGAAAACCCAGCCAGACGGGCAAGAUAUAAAUUUAAAAAUUAUUAUUAUUAUCCUUGAUGUGGUCCAAAGGAAAGCAGGGCAAGACAUUUGGCACCAACUUGGCUGCAGGAGUUGCUGGAAAGAGGCGUACAAGGCUCCAUCCAACUGCCUUAGGGACUCCACUCUGGAUCUGUGUAGGGUUUACUCCUAAGCCUUUUCUUUUCCUGAAGAUAUACCUACCACAAGGCAGUGGAGGUUUAGGACCAGUCAGUCAGUCAGUUUUAUUGCACAUAGCCAAAGGCUGCCACAAUGUACACAGAAUCAUUCAACUAUUAAAAGAAAAUAUCCUGGAUUAAUACAAGAAACUUAAAACAUUUAUAUUAUCAAGACGUUACCUACUCUAAACAGUACCUUAAAAAGUACCUUAAUAUACAGGUUAAGACAUUGAACAAUAAAAUUUAUAAGCUAAAAUCGUCACAUGGCCACUAAUAUAUUAAGAAAUAAUGUUAAUUAAUACAAUGUGCAAUUAUAUUUGGAGUUUGGUGAUAAAGAUAGAAUAUAGCUUGAUGUAGAUAGGGUCAAAUAAAUUCAUCUCCUUUACAGUUGGUGGGUUUAGGACCAGUUUUUUCCUUCUCUUAGAUGGGCUACCUUCCCAGGUUGACAAGCCCCAUCUGCCCCUCCCUUCUUUCUACAGCACAUGCAGAAACCUCCUUCUUAACUGGCUUUAAGCCUCUAAAUACUAAUUGCUGGGAAUUGCAAUUGAGCAGUACUGCUUGGGAGGUUCUCCCACUGGCAAACCAGAUGCCUCUGGGAACAGGAUGCUGGACUAGAGAGGCCACUGGCAGGGCUGCUCUUACGUUUUGAGGCCUGAUCAUGCUGAUGACGAACCCUAAAAAUGACAUUUACACAGAGGGGAUCGCAUGACACUAGCAGAAUGACAUUUGGAAGCAGCCCUCCCCCCCCGACUCAGAUUUUGUGACACUUUGUAUCUAUUAACAAGAGACACGCGUUUUGCAGCAAUAUUGUGCCCCAAGGGUUUUUAAUCUUCCUAUUGUGCACAUUGAGUAAACACGUUGUGCUUUUUUCUUGUAUGCACAAGAUCAAAUGUAGUCAGUGUCUGAAACUAUCUAUACCCACAUCUCUUCUUAAAACACACACACACACACACACACACACACACAAAGUCUCAAAUGCAAACAGCUUUAUUAUUAUUUAUUAAAUUUCCAUAGCACCCUUUAUCUGAGGAACACAUGGCAGUUUACAAAAUAAAAACAUAAAAAUACAUAACAUAGUGACAAUACCACCACCCAAAAAAAUUCAGUACAGUGGUACCUUGGGUUACAUAUGCUUCAGGUUACAGACUCUGCUAACCCAGAAAUAUUACCUUGGGUUAAGAACUUUGCUUCAGGAUAAGAACAGUAAUCGUGCUCCCACGGUGCGGCAGCAGCGGAAGGCCCCAUUAGCUAAAGUGGUGCUUCAGGUUAAGAACAGUUUCAGGUUAAGAACGGACUUCCAGAACGAAUUAAGUACUUAACCCGAAGUUCCACUGUACACAGUAGGAAUUCAAGCUGUGAAGCUUCUGAAGCUCAUUUUCAUACUUCCCCCUUUCCACAGGUAAUUCUGAUGUCUGCAACAAUCAACUGCCAAGAGUUUGCCGACUAUUUUGCUAUCCCCGUCCGCAACAGGCUGUAUCCAGCAUAUGUGUUUGAAGUAGAAGGCAAACCUCAUGCUAUUGAAGAGUAUUACCUCGACGACCUGAGGCCUAUUCUCAGUCAUAUCAGGGUAUGGAAAACAACUGGCUUUGGUCUCUCUGUCUAGAAUAACUUUGGGGAUAUUAAGGGUAAGGAGAUGGGCUUAAAACCCCAAGAAAUUCCCCCUCUCCUCUUUCUGGCAUAUGCAUAGUAGCUUCAGGAGGUAAGAAAGGAAGAGGUUUAAAGUAGAGCUUCUCCCCCACCCGCCCUAACAUAACAUCUUCCUUUUAAACCAGGUUUCAGAUUCUGCAUUGUCAGUGUAAUGUGAUCUAACGAGUGAAUCCCGCCGAAGCAUUGAUUUAAUGGUUUCAGACUUAAUUCAGUGGGGAGGGGAAGGGGCCAGUGGGAGAGGAGAAAAUUAAUUGGCUGUACACUCCAGGCAGGCGUAUCUGUUAACAAGCAAGAGUGCCAAUCAAAGGCAAACUGAUAGACUCCUGCAGUCAUCGAAGUCCCGAUACACAGAACAAAGAGUAUCUGUCCUGUUAUAACAAUGUCCCGUCAGCAUUCAUGUAUUUGACAGCAGUGUGUUGGCAACACCCAUGGACAGAACAGGGAGGGACGCUUAUAUAAUCCUUCUGGAUGUUUGUGAAAGAUUCCUGGUGAUGCGUGGCAAGUAAGAGAGUCAGGAAAGUUGACUAGAAAGUCUCUCCCUAUCAGGUCAGAUCAAGGUUUCUUUAGUGUGUGGUUGGACACAAAAUGUGUGUAGUUUUUUUGUAGGGGGGAUUUGCUCCUGGGAAGCUGAUAAUGCGCAGUUUGGAAAAAAACCUGUGUGAAGGAUUAGGCACAUUAGGUGUUACAUGUUUAUCAAUCACUUAAAUGACAAGCAAUGUCAGGGGCAGCAUGCACAAAAAUUAUAUAAGGGUUGAACACACAGUUUCCAUAUUUAAAAGAAACAGCCCAAACUGUAUUUAAACAACAACAACAUUUUUUCUUUCUUUCUUUGGCUGGAACCUCUUCUUCACAUUCACCUUUCAGCAGGUAACACUUUGUCACCUUCUUGUUCAUAAACUUCUCCUGGUUUUACACCUGUUAGUUGCUGAUCUAAGGCAGAUAGUCAGUGUAUAGUAGACUAUACACUGACUAUCUCCCCCCCCCCUUUUAAAAGUCUGACGGAGAAUUUGUGCAAUUGGAAAAUCUGCUUUUUAAAAACUUCCAGGAUUGGAUCUGUCAGACAUGUUAUUGCUUCUGUCAAUUAGGUUUCCUAGCCACUUGAUUUCAAGCCCAACACCUUCAUGUGUAUGGGAAAGGGGCUGCUUUAGGAUCCUGGCUCCUCUACCCCAACCUUCUGAAAAGAUUGUACAGCUUUAGUCCUCCCAUUAUUGCUACUGUAUUUCCUCCCCCUCUUCUCACUCCCCCUUCCACCCUUCCUGGCUUAUGGCCCUUCUUCUUUGCUUAGUAGGGAGGAACAAAUAGGAUGGUACAGGCGGUUGUGUUUUGUACCUUUAGGGCAGCUCUGGAGCAGCUUUGAUAAUAGCGGUGGAGCCCUUUCGGAGUUUUCCUAGGAGAAAAGGCACCAAGCUUCGUUUGCUAUUUUAUGAAGGCUUUUGCUUUUUUAUUUUAUUUCGAAAAAGCUGACAGCUAUGGGUGGUAUUGAACACUUUGGAUCUGCUGAUGCAGGGCACUUGAGCUAGCAGCCUCCAGCCCACCCUCAAAAUCAGCCCCAGAGGGUUGGGCAGAUACCAAAGAUUCCAACUGAGAAACGACUCUGUCCCUGUGGUGAUGGCAAUCUGGAAACAGUGGCUCAUGUUCUGUCCUGUCCCCUUUAUAAAGAUCUGAGGAAUGAGAUCAUCACCCCACUCCUACUUACCAUCCCAGGCCGCCCAUCCGCGGCCACAUUGUUCUUUCUGUUAUCAGUUCAAAAUGAUCAGACAACAGCAAAGGUUGCUAGGUUUAUCGAGAGUGCAAUGAGAUUAAGGGCCACUAUCUGAACGAUAAGGGACGCGGGUGGCGCUGUGGGUUAAACCACAGAGCCUAGGACUUGCCAAUCAGAAGGUCAGCGGUUCGAAUCCCCGUGACGGGGUGAGCUCCCGUUGCUCAGUCCCUGCUCCUGCCCACCUAGCAGUUUGAAAGCACAUUAAAGUGCAAGUAGAUAAAUAGGUACUGCUCUGGCGGGAAGGUAAACGGUGUUUCCGUGCGCUGUGCUGCUUUGCCAGAAGCGGCUUAGUCAUGUUGGCCACAUGACCCAGAAGCUGUACGCCGGCUCCCUCGGCCAAUAAAGCGAGAUGAGCGCCACAACCCCAGAGUCGGCCACGACUGGACCUAAUGGUCAGGGGCCCCUUUACCUUUUUAUCUGAACGAUAAUCUUGACCAUUUGUCCUUUUACGAAUUGUUGUCUUUUUAAAUGUAUAUAUUGCUUGUUUUAUGUUGCUAUGGCCGUUGGCUAAUGCAAAUAAAGUUUAAAAAACAACAACUCUGUAGAAGCAUUUUGGAAAGAGAUUAAGUGCUGCAUUGGAUGCAAUUCUAUGUAAUGGGUUGGAUGCUAGUUGGAAACUGGUGUUGUGGCCUCACAGUCAGAGGAGGUGGGUCCAAGGAUACUCAGCCUCCAACUGGGGAAUCGGAUCAGGCUCCUCAUCCUGAUGUGAACCAACAGUGUUCAGCGCUGGUGGUCUGGAGCCUACACAGAUGCUUGUCCUCUGAGCCUGACUCAUCACACAAAUCAGCUACCUGUUCUGCCCAGUGAUGCAGGGAACAGAAGGAGGGACCAGCUGGUUGGCCCUUUAAGAACCACAGUCUCUCCCUUUACCUCUGGCCUGUGUCAGAGCUAUGGGAGCUAUCCAUGGUGCUGCAACUACUAGCCUGGCUGGCUGCUGUGGAAAUUUGGCACAGAUGGGUUAGAACAGCUACAGCUGCUUCUUUUUGUGUUUUCAUAAACGUACACAAAGGCUUGGAAAGCCCGAUGCUGCUCUGCAGUGGUGUAGGCAGGUUCUAAUGCUUGAGCAGAAAGCACCAGUGCUAAGAAAAGCUUAGAGCAGCCUUUCCCAACCUCGUGCCCUUGGUUUAUAAGUCCCACCUACCUCAGGCAGCUAUGCCAGUAUAACUUUAUGAAUAUGAGGAGGAAUAGCAUGAUUAUUUAUUAUUAUUUGUUAAAUUUCUGUAUUAUGGGAGUUGUAGAUCGGAAGAGGUAAGGUUAUGCACAAAUUUGGAAUUCUUGUUUUCAGUGAAAAUACUGCACCACACCCUUUCCUUAUGUUUACAGGGUGCAGACCUACCUGCUUGUCAUUGGUUACUCUGUACAAGGCACCAUUUUUAGUUUGUGUCUACAUCCCGGUGCUUGAAACCCCCUCAACUACUUUUGCCAGUAGCAGUAAGCUGUCACCACUCAGGAAUGCCACUGGUCUGUGGGGGAGGGGGGGGAGAGUCCCUUUUAAGAAAAGCCCUGCUAUUUGUAUGCCACCUUUCCAUAGUUAGAACCAUACCGUGAUCAACACCCACCUGGAAACCAAUGUCCCCACUGUGGAAGGACAUGUGGAUCCAGAACUGGUUCCCACAGUCACUUACGUGGCCCAGGGAGAGAGGGAAAAAUAGUGGAAGUGAACAGCUGGCUCCGCAAAUGGUGUAAACAGGAACGGUUUGGAUUCUUAGAUCACGGACUGCAGUUUCUUGAAGAUGGACUUCUGGCAAGUGAUGGGCUGCACCUCACAACGGUUGGGAGGAAUGUUUUUGCCAAAAAUCUCAGAAACCUCAUCAGGAGGGCUUUAAACUGACUAAUGUGGGGAGGGAGACAGUGCUCCUGAAGGUAGGAGUCUAUCAAUUGAUGAAGAUGAUCAUCCAAAUGUCAUAGACCAAAUGGAGCAAACAGCACACAGACCUAGUGGUGGGAGGAAAAAAUCCUUAAAUAAGAAACACGGGGAAUGAUUAAUGGACUUCAAUGUCUGUACACUAAUGCGCAAAGCAUGGGAAAUAAACAAGAUGAGCUUGAGCUCUUGGUACAGCAAACUAAAUAUGACAUAAUAGGCAUCACUGAAACCUGGUGGGAUAAGUCCCACGAUUGGAAUGUAAUAAUGGGGGAUACAAUCUAUUUCAGAGAAACAGACCAGACAAGAAAGGAGGAGGAGUGGCGUUAUAUGUCAGGGAUGUGUAUACCUGUGAAGAGAUCCAAGAUUUAGAACCUCAAAGCCAAAGUGAGAGCAUUUGGGUCAAAAUUAAGGGAGAGAAGAAUAACAGUGACCUCAUUGUGGGAGUUUACUAUAGAUCCCCAAGCCAAACGGAGGACAUAGAUGAUGCCUUCCUGGAACAGAUGGCCAAGCAUGCAAAAGGAAGGGAGAUAGUAGUAAUGGGGGACUUCAGUUACCCGGAUAUUUGUUGGAUGUCAAACUCAGCCAAGAGCAUAAGGUCAAACAGAUUCCUCACUGGCCUUGCAGACAACUUCAUUGUCCAGAAAGUGGGAGAAGCAACAAGAGGAACAGCCAUUUUAGAUCUGGUCCUAACCAAUGUUGAUGACCUGGUUAGUGGGGUAGAAGUGGAAGGAUCAUUAGGCACGAGUGAUCAUGCUCUUCUGAAGUUUACUAUACAGCGGAAAGGAGCAGCCAAGCAUACUAGGACUCAAUUUCUUGACUUUAAGAAAGCCGACUUCAUAAAACUUAGGGAAGUGCUGGGUGAGAUCCCAUGGACAAUAAUACUAAAAGGAAAGGGAGUUCAUGAUGGCUGGGAGUUUGUUAAGAGGGAGAUAGUAAAAGCACAAUGUCAGGCAAUACCAAUGAGACGGAAACAUGGAAGGUGCCUAAAGAAGCCAGGGUGGCUAUCUAAAGAACUUUUAACUGAGUUAAGAUUAAAAAAAGGAUGUGUACAAAAAAUGGAAAAGGGGAAACCACCAAAGAGGAAUUCAAACAAAUAGCCAGCACGUGUAGACACAAAGUCAGAAAAGCUAAAGCACAGAAUGAACUCAGGCUUGCUAGAGAGGUUAAAAGCAACAAAAAAGGUUUUUAUGGGUAUGUUCGUAGCAAAAGGAAGAACAAAUAAACAGUGGGGUCACUCAGAGGAGAAGAUGGUGAAAUGCAAACAGGGGACACAGAAAGGGCUGAACUCCUCAAUGCCUUCUUUGCCUCAGUCUUCUCCGAUAAAGAAAACAAUGCCCGACCUGAAGAAUUUGGAGCAAAUGAUUCAGCAAAGGAAACACAGCCCAGAAUAACUAAGGAGAUAGUACAAGAAUACUUGGCUAGUUUAGAUGUAUUCAAGUCUCCAGGGCCAGAUGAACUGCAUCCAAGAGUAUUAAAAGAACUGGCAGAUGUGAUCUCAGAACCACUGGCAGUCAUCUUUGAGAAUUCCUGGAGAACAGGCGAAGUCCCGGCAGACUGGAGGAGGGCAAAUGUUGUCCCUAUUUUCAAAAAGGGAAAAGAGAGGACCCAAAUAAUUACCGCCCAGUCAGUCUGACAUCAAUACCAGGGAAGAUUCUGGAGCAGAUCAUUAAGCAAACAGUCUGUGAGCACCUAGAAAGGAAUGCUGUGAUCACCAAUAGUCAGCAUGGAUUUCUGAAAAAUAAGUCAUGUCAGACUAACCUGAUCUCGUUUUUGACAGAAUUACAAGCCUGGUAGAUGAAGGGAACGCAGUGGAUGUAGCCUACCUUGAUUUCAGCAAGGCAUUUGACAAGGUGCCCCAUGAUAUUCUUGUAAAGAAGCUGGUAAAAUGCGGUCUUGACUAUGCUACCACUCAGUGGAUUUGUAACUGGCUGACUGACCGAACCCAAAGGGUGCUCAUCAAUGGUUCCUCUUCAUCCUGGAGAAGAGUGACUAGUGGGGUGCCACAGGGUUCUGUCUUGGGCCCGGUCUUAUUCAACAUCUUUAUCAACGACUUGGAUGAUGGACUCAAGGGCAUCCUGAUCAAAUUUGCAGAUGACACCAAACUGGGAGGGGUGGCUAACACCCCAGAGGACAGGAUCACACUUCAAAACGACCUUGACAGAUUAGAGAACUGGGCCAAAACAAACAAGAUGAAUUUUAACAGGGAGAAAUGUAAAGUAUUGCACUUGGGCAAAAAAAUGAGAGGCACAAAUACAAGAUGGGGACACCUGGCUUGAGAGCAGUACAUGUGAAAAGGAUCUAGGAGUCUUGGUUGACCACAAACUUGACAUGAGCCAACAGUGUGAUGCGGCAGCUAAAAAAGCCAAUGCAAUUCUGGGCUGCAUCAAUAGGAGUAUAGCAUCUAGAUCAAGGGAAGUAAUAGUGCCACUGUAUUCUGCUCUGGUCAGACCUCACCUGGAGUACUGUGUCCAGUUCUGGGCACCACAGUUCAAGAAGGACAUUGACAAACUGGAACGUGUCCAGAGGAGGGCAACCAAAAUGGUCAAAGGCCUGGAAACGAUGCCUUAUGAGGAACGGCUAAGAGAGCUGGGCAUGUUUAGCCUGGAGAAGAGGAGGUUAAGGGGUGAUAUGAUAGCCAUGUUCAAAUAUAUAAAAGGAUGUCACAUAGAGGAGGGAGAAAGGUUGUUUUCUGCUACUCCAGAGAAGCGGACACGGAGCAAUGGAUCCAAACUACAAGAAAGAAGAUUCCACCUAAACAUUAGGAAGAACUUCCUGACAGUAAGAGCUGUUCGACAGUGGAAUUUGCUGCCAAGGAGUGUGGUGGAGUCUCCUUCUUUGGAGGUCUUUAAGCAGAGGCUUGACAACCAUAUGUCAGGAGUGCUCUGAUGGUGUUUCCUGCUUGGCAGGGGGUUGGACUCGAUGGCCCUUGUGGUCUCUUCCAACUCUAUGAUUCUAUGAUUCUAUGAUUCUACAUACUCAUGGUUAAAACCAUGUCUAUGGAAGACAUUCUUACUCGGCUACAAGUGAUCGCCGAAGAAGUAGUAGUAGUUAUAACCAUGCUCAAGGGGGCUUGCAACAUGAAAAGAUUUACGUAGUCAAAAAGCAUGUCAAAAGUUUUCUCUCUCUUAUCUGAGGAGAGUUUUGUCAUUUUGUUUCUUUAAAAAAACCACCACAUUUACUUGUUUGCAAAAUGUUCUGUACCGUCAACAUUAAGAAAAAGUGUCGUAGUGUUGAGCAGCACAAAAAUCAACAAUAAAAUUCCAUCAGUAAAACCAAAUGCAAAGCACAUCACAAAUCAGUAGAUCGGAUUAUAAUGCAUCAACAUAACCUGGUGGGGGAAAGCCUGGGUGAACAGGCUUCCUUGCGUGAAUUGUUGUUGGAUCCCAACAGCUGCUUUUCCUCAAGAGUAGAGCAACUUGGGAGUACUUUGGUUUUUAAAGGCAAAAUAAAUUACCGUAUUUUUCGCUCUAUAACACACACCCGACCAUAACACGCACAUAGUUUUUAGAGGAGGAAAACAAGGAAAAAAAUAUUCUAAACGAAACAGUGGAUGUAUGAUUUUUGUGGUUCAUGCUGUGACUACAGACAUGUGAUUUGUUGGUGAGUUUGGGGUAGCCCAAUGCAAAAAUCCUGAGGAUCCAUGUGGAUCUGUGCUUUGUAACCACGUUUUAAGUGGGGAGGGAAGGAAAAACACUCAAGGGACAAGAAGCACGCGUGGGGUGGGUGGAGAAGGAUGCUGCUAAUAAUGCAGAAGAGGGGUAUAAGAGGAGAAGGCUCCUCUCCUCUCCCGCUUUGCUCCUUUAAAGCAAGCAGGCUCUGCUCCUCUCCCUCCUCCCCGGCUUGUUGAAAAACUUUGCUGCUAUUUAGCGAGCUGAGUGGGGAGGAGAGAGGGACAGAGAGCCUGCUUGCUUUAAAGGAGCCAACCGGACAGGAGCCACUUACACUCGUGUAAGCGGCUCCUCUCUUGCUUUGCUCCUUUAAAGAAGCAGGCUCUCUGUCCCUCUCUCCUCCCCACUCAGCGGCUCUUCUCCCGCUUUGCUGUUUCCAAAGCGAGCCACGGAGGAGGGAAGGAAGGGAACCGUGGAUCCUCUGCUCACGACUGCAGCAGAUCCCCCCGCCACCCGUAGGCAUUCACUCCAUAACACGCACAGACAUUUCCCCUUACUUUCUAGGAGGAAAAAAGUGAGUGUUAUGGUGCAAAAAAUACGGUAUUUAAAAUUAUUCUCUUAUUUUUUAUUUCUGUGCUGCAUUGUGUUGGGUAAAGCUGUCUCUAUCAGAUUUGUUUCCAGUUUGAAUGGGUCACUUCUGGCAGCCAGGGUUCCACUUGUGGACUCUUGUAUUUGUCAAACUGCAAACUUCCCUGGUAAAACGCCCUGGCAGCUCUUGUCUUCGGAGAUAGCAGAAAAGGGGGGGAAAGCGCUGAAGCUUCAGCAAGGUGAAAACUCAAGCUCUGAAAGCUACUGAAGCAGAGAAACUCAAACUGAUGGCUUUUACAUUCUAACAAGUAAGAAUGGAAUAAUCCUAGGAUAAGAUAGAAGAUGAAACGGCCUGUAGCCUUCAUAAAAUGGUUCACCAACCCAUCCCGACCAUCCAGUCUCACUGCCUUAGGUGAAAUAUAUGCAACUGUUCAAAUGAAACUAACAUCUUCACACAAGGAUUUGGGUUAAUGGUCACUGAGCAACAGGGUCAGGGAACCUCUCCAGAUGUUGUGGAUCUCAAUUCUUGCCAUCCCUGACCAUUAGCCAUGCUCACGGGCUGGUGGCAGUUGGGGUCCAACGUCAUUGGGAGGGCUGCAGGUUCCCCAUCUCUGCUGUGCAACAUGGUUUUUUUUGUUUGUUUGCUAACAGUCUGGCGUACUUUAUAUUGUGAUUGUUUCCAACAUUGUAGGGGGUUGGAUGACCCUUGGGGGGGGUCUCUCCCAACUCUGCAAUUCUGUGUCCACAUCUCUGUAGGACAUCAUGCAUAGCAUGUGCUACGUGCGCCAAAAAAAUUGUUCACUGCUUUUCUAUCUCAGGACUGCCAAGUUUAGUACAGUGGUACCACUGAGCCUCUUGGGCUUGGCGAUCGGAAGGUCGGCGGUUCAAAUCCCUGUGACGGGGUGAGCUCCCGUUGCUCGGUCCCUGCUCCUGCCAACCCAGCAGUUCGAAAGCACCUCAAAGUGCAAGUAGAUAAAUAGGUACCACUCCGGUGGGAAGGUAAACAGCGUUUCUGUGCGCUGCUCUCGUUUCGCCAGAAGUGGCUUGGUUAUGCUGGCCACAUGACCCAGAAGCUGUACGCUGGCUCCCUCAGCCAAUAAAGCGAGAUGAGCGCCGCACCCCAGAGUCAUCCGUGACUGGAUCUAAUGGUCAGGGGUCCCUUUACCUUUACCUUGCCUUGGUUAUCAAACUUAAUCCGUUCUGGGAGUCCAUUCGACUCCUGGAACCAUUUGAAAACCGAGGCAUAGCUUCUGAUUGGCUGCCGGACCUUCCUGCACUAAAUUGGAAGCCAAGUUGGACGUUUGGCUUCCAAAGAACAUUCGAAAACUGGAACACUCACUUCUGGGUUUUCGGCAUUCAGGAGCCAAAACAUACGAGUACCAAGGUGUUUGGGAACCAAGGUACAGCUGUACAUAAAUGGAACUUGUAAAAACCAGCAAACUCUUUAAAACACAUUGUUUCACCAUCUGUCUACUUCUGUUAUCCACAAUUUUUAAAUAUGUUGAUUAGCCAGGUUUCUCUGACCUUAGAAAAUAAUUCAUUCUUUAGCCAAGGGGAACAAAGGCUGUUCACUCAGGUGGAAUUGCAUCUCCUUUUAGAAGACUUUCGGUUAAUUAACAUUGUGAAUUAGGCUUUGAAAAAUGUACUGAUGGAAGAAGAUUUGUGUUGGCUGGGAAUUGCAAGUUUCUUCAUGUUCGCCUAAAAGCUCCUUUCUCAUAAAUAGACUACAUCUUACCAAAGAUUGAAGGAAGCAGCUUCUUUAUGUUCUGCAAUCCGGAGCAGAAUGUGCCCUUUUGUACUUCCUGCCUGUCAACUUUGGCAUAAUUGGGAAGAGAAUAAAAUCAUACUAGAAGUCCUUCCACAGGAAAAGCAGCUGUGCUUGGAAUGUAUCAGGACUUCAGUUCAUCAUAAAAUAUUCUCUGUACCUGUUGGUUCCCUGCCUUCAGUCUCUUGGCGGGGUGGGGGAACCCACUGCCACCAGGGCUGUGUACACACUAUGCAUUUAAGCACAUUUCUCCCCCUCCAGAAUUUUGAGCAAUGUAGUUUACCCAUCACCAAAUUAUAAUUCCCAACAACAAUUAACAAACUAUACCAGCCUUAUACGGAGACAAACCUUUUGGUCUAUCUAGCUCUGCAUUGCUUACACAGACUGGCAGCAGCUCUCUAGGAUUCUCAUAACAUGGAGCGCCCCCCACUCUAGGAAUUGAACCUGUGACCUUUUGCAUGCAAGGCAGGUGCUCUACCGCUGAGCUACCAUCCUGCCUCACCUUGCUUUCUGUCCUACGUCUCUUCUGAUUUCCUUCACUCAUCCCUGCCAUUCACAACCCAUCCCUGACCUCUUUUUUCAUUUUUAUUUGUAAUUUUCAGUUAUAUACAUUUCAGUAGUUUUACAGUCAUUUUAACAUUUCAAAACUCUACUUCCUUCCUCCUCUUUCUGCGGUUAAAUUUAUAUUUAUCACUUCCUGCAUAUUCUGAAUUAACUGAUUCUUUUAUAGUUACUCUUAUGAAACUGGAGGUUAUUACAAUAAUCCUGCCAAUGUCCUUAUAUGUAUACAAUUUAUUUGUACAUAUUCAAUAAAGUUUGUUGUCUUGAUUUCUUAUUUUUUUGGUAAGUUUCUCCAUAUCUGCCUAGUCCGUGAGUUUUUGUAUCUAGUCGUCUUUCAUUGGGACUACUACUACUUUCCAUUUUGGGGCCAAUAACAUUCUUGCCACUGUAGUCGCAUACAUAAAUAAAUUUCUAUACUGUUUAGGUAGUUCUACCCUUAUAAUUUCCAGAAGGAAAGCUGAUGCUUCCCCCCCCCCCAAUGUUAUUUUAAACAUCAUUCUCAAUUCAUUAUAUAUCAUUCCCUAGUAAGCUUUAACCUUUCUGUAAGACCACCACUUACGAUAGAAAGUACCUUCUUUCUCUUUGCAUUCCCAACACUUACUCGAUUUUGAUUUAUACAUUUUUGCCAGUUUACUCGGUGUUAGACACCAUCUGUAUAACAUUUUCAGGGACGCAGGUGGCACUGUGGUGUAAACUACUGAGCCUUGGGCUUGCCGAUCGGAAGGUUGGCAGUUCGAAUCCUCGUGACAGGAUGAGCUCCCGUUGCUCAAUCCCAGUUCCUGCCAACCUAACAGUUCGAAAGCAUGCCAGUUCAAGUAGAUAAAUAGGUACCGCUCCAGUGGGAAGGUAAACGGCGUUUCCGUGCGCUGCUCUGGUUUCGCCAGAAGCGGCUUAGUCAUGCUGGCAGCAUGACCUGGAAAAACUGUCUGCGGAAAACGUCGGCUCCCUUGGCCAGUAAAGCGAGAUGAGCGCCAUAACCACAGAGUCGUUCGCGACUGGACUUAACUGUCAGGGGUCCUUUACCUUUACUAUAUAACAUUUUCAUACAGUUUUCUCUUAACGUCCCUGACCUUUCUGCAUCCCCUGUCCAUUUACCAUUGUUUGCAAGACCCUUCAGGCAGGGAAGGUGUCAUAAUUCCUUUGGUGUCACCUCACCUCCUUAUGCCAGCAAUUUUUUAUAAAUAGCAAGAGUAAUAGUAACCUCCCCUUUUGCUCUACCCUCUAGAGAGCCAGUGUGGUGUAGUGGUUAAGAGUGGUGGACUCAUAAUCUGGGGAACCGGGUUCGUGUCCCCGCUCCUCCACAUGCAGCUGCUGGGUAACCUUGAGCUAGUCACACUUCUCUGAAGUCUCUCAGCCCCACUCACCCCACAGAGUGUUUGUUGUGGGGGAGGAAGGGAAAGGAGAAUGUUAGCCACUUUGAGACUCCUUCGGGUAGUGAUAAAGCGGGAUAUCAAAUCCAAAUUAUUUUUCUUCUUCUUCUAGAUUCCAAUACAAGUUACUGAGGACCCGGUCAUACCUGAAGAGAUGUACAGAGCUGCAGUUUCUCUGAUCCAGUGGUUUGAUGAGUUGGAAAUGAAAGAGAGCAGGUGAGAUUCUGUUCUUCCUGCUCCCUGUGCAGAGUUGCACAGGUGGGCUCCUUGCCUCUGAAGAAGAGACCUUUGAACAUUCUGACCAGGAAAUUGGUGCUUGUCAGUGGUGGAUGGUGUCUGGUAGGGCAGAAGGCAGUAGGUGGCGCCAGAGAUUAUGAUAAUCUUAUUUUAUACCGCCCAACUGACUGGUUUGCCCCAGCCGCUCCGGGUGGCUUCAGCAAUGACAGAGCCAGCUAAUUCCAGCUUUGUCCUCAUCUUCCUUCCUGGUGAGUUCUACAGGGGCAACACUGAGGAGAAAGAAGCUGAUAGGCAGUGCCAUCCCCAGACUUGUUAUGAGUAAGAAAUCAGACAGGUGUUGCCCAGCUGAGGGCAGACUGAGGUUGGGGGCGCAGUGCCCCAUUCAGCCUAAUGGACUAGCCUCUACUGGACUUGCACCCCUUUCUCCUUAAAGGGUGCCUUCAAUGCACUGUGAAGGUGGGGACUUGAAUGCUCCCCCAUAACGAAACCAGCAUUCCCUGCAGCUGUGGGUCAGUUCUGGAGGAACAUUCUCGAGUUUUCCUGUGAUCGAGCCCCUUUAGUUCAGAAUUCCUAAAUGAAUUCCCGUACUCAAGACACACCAAGUGAAAACUACACCGACAGAACAGCCCUGGGGUCGUGUUUUCUGCAAGUCCCCUGCGGCGUGUCCUGCCCCCUGUUUUUUUGGGUGCUUCGCAAGAAUCUGUCCCUCUCUGGGAAGGUCUUUGGUCCCUUGUCUCUUGGCAAGAGUUGCGAUGUGGUGCAGACUGUCUUAACCUCUUCCUGUAGAAGUGUCUGGGCCCAAGCAGUAGCCAGUUUGUCACUGGGCUGAUGGAGGUGUGUGUGUGUGUGUGUGUGCGUGUGUGCACGCUGUGGCAUUGGUGUGUGUGUUCCGCAGUGGUGUGCACUGGGUUGUGUGUGUCUCACCAGCCUACGUUCUUUGCAUUGGGGACAAUUACCCCCAUAUUAUCCCUGAUAAAUUGCACGACUGGAGUCUGGUGCCAUGGGAAAGCAGCCAAAUGCAAUGGUGAUCAGACUGGAAGUCCUGCCUCCAUCCAUACAUGAACUGGGAUGGGCAUUGAAUUAUACUGAGUCGAGAGUGGAUUUCAUGCUCUUUAUUCAGCUCAUAGUGGUGAGGAGAAAUGCAAGUUCCCCCAGAAUGUCUGCUUUAUAUACAUUAUUUACACAAUGGGCCCCAUGAGAUUGGCUAAUUCCGGGAUUCUCCUGUAGGCCAAUCAGGUUGCGGAUUCACUUCCACCUGGAGCUGGAUGGGGUGGCUCCUGUGGACCAAUCAGACUGCUGCAUUCUGGAUCCUAUUGUUCUAGGACCAAUCAGACUGCUGCAUUUUGGAUCCUAUUCAACUCAGUACAUAACAGGCAUCAUCACUAGCACAGCCUAUGAAUGGUUGGACUUGGCAGUACUUUCAAGCCUAUCAAGGGCAUGUCUGUUCUUUGUUUUCUUGGUGCCGUUUUCCAGUUGUAUGUUUCGUCCCUCCUAUGUUGAGUGGGCAUAAAAUAUGCCAACCACUUCUCUCCCCCCCCCCACCUGAUUUUUUUCUGCCCAGAUCCAGAUUAGGGAUGUAAACAUGGAUUAGGAAAUCCGGAGUCUUGGCACCAAAUUCCAAAAUAUGUCCCAAUACUUGUUUCUUCUUCUUCUUGCCUGUUUUUGUACGCUAAUGCAAAAUUCUACAUAGACUAAUACGUGUUUGGGCUUUACAGAUUUUGUUUAAUGCCUUGUUUGCAUUUAAAAGGACAUCUGUGUAUGAGUGUCUCUCUAAGCUAUGUCAAAUGGAAGAGUUUGCCUUGAUAGCUGCGGGGCAAGAUUGUAUCUGUGUGUGUUUGUGUAGUUUAUGGAUGAAAUUAUUUCAGAGAGAGAAAAAAAUGCAACAAAAACUUCUUAUAUGGAUGGGGGAACCCCAAUGCACUUUCUCCUGAGCGCGUGCUCUCUCUCUCUCUCUUUUCAUCUUAUCUUAUUUUGAUACUUAAUGUCCAUGUUAGUUCAGAGUGCAGAACGGAUUAAGGCAAUGUAAUCUGCUGUGCUCCGGAGCGUUUUGAGUAGCCUGGCAUGCAGUGACUGCAAAAACCUGAAAGCCUCAUAAGGCCGGCUCCUAACUUAAAAUUGCAUUCUAUUAAGAUUUUUAGUACCGUCUUGUUGAUAAGAGGUAUUAUAAAAGAGCAGAGUCCUCUAUCAUCAUCUUUGUUUACAGUCUAGCAAUUUUAACAAUUUGGAGAGAGCUUGUUCUUGCAAGACUUCCAGAGUCGCCUUGUAUUUAUCAGAGGGCAGUUUCAUAAUAAGAAAAUAAACAGAGGGGAAAACAUUCACGGACGGAUAAUUGCUUUGUUUCGUGGUAAUGUAUGACCUUCUUUUCUUUCUUUUUUUGGAGAAAUAUGGCUUGUCUGCACUGCCCCCCUCCAUUGGAUAUCUGACCUAGUUUUAAGUCAGAACAAAAUGCUGUUUUUAAAAUAGCUGCUGUUAACCUCAAUCCUAAUACUUUUUUUUACUGUCAUAAUCUCAUUGAAAUAAGGAAAAUUACACUAGAACAAGUAGAUUUUAGAUUGCAGCUGCGAAGAUGGGAAAUUGCCAUACUCAGGGUUGGGAAGAUUGUUCCACCUAGCUUAGUAUUGUUGACUGUGAUUGGCCUUCCAUUAUUUCAGGUGUGUGUGUUUCUUUCUCGGCCCUAGCUGGUGAUGCUAAGAAUUGGACCUGGCAGCUUCUGCAUUUGAAACAGAGAAGGGGCACCCUUCUCAAACAUUCCCUUCCGGGGAACCUUUAGGAAGUCUCAGGCCAAUGAUGGGCGACCCCAGAGGCCAAAGCAACAAUUCAGAUUUCACCUUCAUAUGGUAGUUUCCGCACACACUGAUACCUCCUUCUGUUUCCUUCAUCAAGGCAGCCUACAGACAUUCCAGUUGUGCAAAACAUUUGAGCAGAGGGUGUGAAUUAAGACUUCUUCUUUGGCGAUCACUUGUAGCCGAGUAAGAUUGUCUUCCAUAAACACGGUUUUAGCAGGGGGUCCGUAAGUGACUGUGGAGGUCAAUUCUGGAUCCACACGUCCUUCCACAGUGGGGACAUAGGUUUCCGGGUGGGAGUUGAUCACGGUGAGCGUAUGCCAAACAUACCUUCCUCUUAGCCCAUUUCUCCCUUUUGUCCUAAGUUUGAGCAUCUUCAAAGUCCAUGGCACCUUUGGUAAAGACUGUUCUCCAAUUGGAGCGCUCACAGGCCAGUGUUUCCCAGUUGUCGGUGUUUAUACUACAUUUUUUUUAGGUUUGCCUUGAGACAGUCUUUAAACCUCUUUUGUUGACCACCAGCAUUAUGCUUUCCAUUUUGAAGUUGGGAAUAGAGUAGUUGCUUUGGAAGACGAUAAUCAGGCAUCUGCACAACGUGACCAGUCCAACAAAGUUGAUGUUGAAGAAUCAUUGCUUCAACACUGGGGAUCUUUGCUUCUUCCAGUACACUGGCAUUCGUUGCCUAUCUUCCCAAGUGAUGUAUAAAAAUUUUCGGACAAGGGAAGCAGGGGCAGACUGGUAAUAUGGGGCCCUGAGCAAGGAAAUUUCUUACUUUUCACAAAAAUUUCUUUUGGUACAGUUUACCCAUAUAUUUACUCGUAUUUUACCUGUAUAAAUAUAGGUGGUAUUAUUAUUAUUAAUUUAAUAUUUUGUACCCCCUUGGCUUGGUGCCCUAUAUGGGGGAACCGCCUGCAAUACCCUAAAUCUGGCAAUGUAGUGAAGGGUGUGGGUGUGGGUGAGGGGGAUGUGGGGUGGGAGGUGAGGAGAGUCCUAAGUGCCAUAUAGCGAGGCUUUCAUUAUUCGCUUUCCUGGAAGCUCUUUGGGAACUGAAGAAUGGUAAACGAAUAUAUACUCCUUUAAAAAAAGAAGUCGUUUAUUAUCCUAGACUUACUUCCAUCCCUCCCUUAGUAUUUUUCUUCUAAACGGAGGUAUUUAAGAGUGUUCCAGCAUUGUGAGACCCCCACUAUCAGGUGCUUAUGUAAUAUGUUGCAUUCUAUCCUCUGGAUGCUGUAAGUGAAGUGAAUAUCUGCAGCAUUUCAUAUCGAGGUCUAAUUAUUCCUAUGAAGCAGAAGAGAUUUGCAAAACUGACUUCUUUUGUAUUCCCUUAUGAAGAGGCUUGCAAUGUGUGUGCCCCCCGCCAUGAUUGAUCAGAAAAGCUCAUAAUUGGGGAGGCGGGGGGUGAUUUUUGUCAGAUGGAUUUAGCUUCAUAGUUUUUGCGGGGUGCCGUUUUGAGUUCUAUUAAAAGUUACCUAAAAUUAUUGUUAAAGGGGGCCAGGUGGCAAGUGAUUGGGGGGGGGGAUCUGCCUCAGAACCCCUAGAUCUGCUGCCAGUCACAUUUCAGAUUUUGAGAGUGCUGGGGAUGGCAGCAACAAAAUGAGCUUCUGGCACACACACUAGUCAAUGGUUAGCUGACAGGUAACGUUAAAGUCUGUACCACUUUGCAGAGCACCCAUUUCCCUAAUCUGGUGUCCUUGAAAUGAUGUUCUACAACACCCAUCAUCCCUGACCCUGGGCCAUGCUGGCUGAGGUGGUUGGCUAGAAAGUGGGGAAGGCCACUCAGAUUCCUAUUGUGAAUAAAAUAUAGAUACAUAGUUCGAAAGCAUAUGCCUUUGUUUUUCAGCUGCUAGAAUUGCUCCAAAACAUCAAAACUAUUCUAUUUGUUACAUUGCCAUCUCUGGGAGAUGCAUUCCAGUGUGAGCUGCUGUGAUGUAAAGAGAGCGCUUAUAAAAGCUUGUUACACAACAAGUUUUUGAGAUAUAAUAGGGAAUAAGAACGCUUCUCUUUCUGUUAAGGCUAUUGUAGGCUUCUUGCUCUUAGCUUCUUCAGGCAUGUAUUUUGCAGAAAUUGUAGCUCCAGGUAACACUUUGUAAACACAUCUGUUCAAUUAGCCGAAUAACAUUAAACACAAAGGGAAGCUUCCCUCGUUGGCAUUGUGAGCGAAUCUGUUCCUUAGGCCUUUUUUUGGAAAAGUAGAUCAUUGUUGCUUUUAACUUGAAACUAAUGCAUACUGUCUCUUUCCCUAAAACCAGAAACCCACAUGCAGAAAUCCAGAAUUUGGACUUCAUAACUGAGCGUGGCAGUGUACUGGCAUUUUUACCUGGUGAGGUUUGUUUUUACUUUGGGAUGGAGGAGAAAGUGUUUGUUAAUACAUGAGGAAAUGUCACCAACUCUUUGUCGUUUGGGCUGCGGUUUCUUUGUGUAGAGUUAGGCAGAUAACCUUACACAUGGCCAGACUAUUGGUUCUUUAUGGCCCAGUUGCCUGGCAGUGGUUUUCCAAAGACUUGGGCAGAGGUACAGUGGUACCUCAGGUUACAUACGCUUCAGGUUACACACUCUGCUAACCCAGAAAUAGUGCUUCAGGUUAAGAACUUUGCUUCAGGAUGUGAACAGAAAUCGUGCUCCGGCGGCACGGCAGUAGCAGGAGGCCCCAUUAGCUAAAGUGGUGCUUCAGGUUAAGAACAGUUUCAGGUUAAGAACGGACCUCUGGAACGAAUUAAGUACUUAACCUGAGGUACCACUGUAUUUCAAAUUUCCUGCUACCUGAUCUUCUCCCACUCUUUUAGAUUUAAACUAGAGAUGCCGGGGAUUAUUAAACUUGGGACCUUAUCUAGGCACUCCUACAUAUGGGCUCUCCCUUUGAACUCCCGGUUUCAAACAGGGGCCUAGCCAGAUGAGCUAAAGUGGAUUAUGUGCUCUCAUUCUUUGGCUCCCUCAUCGGGAACAAAACGGAACAGCUUCAUCAAGGUUGGCCUUUGCCAUUGGCCAGGAGUAUGAAGCCUGUGAAUUGGUCAGGCCUGGUGCACAUACUAGCUUUCGGCAGUUACUUGGUCAAGUGAGACAACCUUCCUGCUUAAUUUGAGGCUCUAGAAACCGAACACACCCUCCCAAGAUAGGACAACCAUCACUCAGCCUCUCAGCCGAGUCUGGAACAUCCUGGGCAGUAAAUGUUAACAACUUAGGUGAAGGUCACAGGGAAUGCAACGGGACACAGCGUGAUAGCAGGGGUGUGAAAUGAGACUGUAAGCCACAAUCUGAGCACUUGGCUGGAGAAUCAAAAAGUGUGAACGCAAACCAGAUAGGAGACGUUUGUUCGGGGUGAAAGCCGCUUGCAGUUGAAUAAACAAUCUUCCAGAUGACUUUAAAUGAUUUUGUACUUCUUUAGCUCCGAGUAAACAUGCAGCACACUAUUUAUCGGUUAUUUUUCACCCUCCAGGUUUGGCAGAAAUAAAUCGCAUGCAUGAGCUUCUCACGAUCAUGGCUCACAAGAGGUGAGUCUUAAAUCUGUUUAUGGUGAGAGGCGCUGUGGUGCUAUUCCUGUCGAAUAAGGUCAUUCUCUCUCCCCGCCCCCCAAUAUAUUUGCCUUUAGCUGCAGUAAGCUACAUGGAUAGGGCAAAAUUAAAUGAAGGCCACUUGCACUCCCUACAUUUAACACAUAUUUAAAGCCUGUGACGACUCCAAGGAGUGCUGGAAACUCUAGUUUACCCCUCACAGAAAUAUAAGUCCCAGCACCAUUAACAAACUACAGUUCCCAGUUCUGGGGGGGGGGUGUGUGGAUGUGGUUUAAGUGCAUGGUAUUUGCACAGCCACAUUUGAUGAAGAUAAGAGUUUGGUGUAAUAGCACAGAAAGCUUGAGAGAGCCUAUUUGGGGCAGCAGAAGGGUGAAAGAGAAACUGUUACCCUACAUGUUCUCUUUUACAACUGUGGGCCCCUUGUUUGUUGAAUCCUGACAAGACAGAAGUACUGUUCUUGGGGGACAGGAGGCGGGCAGGUGUGGAGGAUUCCCUGGUCCUGAAUGGGGUAACUGUGCCUCUGAAGGACCAGGUGCGCAGCCUGGGAGUCAUUUUGGACUCGCAGCUGUCCAUGAAGGCACAGGUUAAAUCUGUGUCCAGGGCAGAGUGGCUGGGGAAGCCCAGCCAGAUGGGCGGGGUACAAAUAAUAAAUUAUUAUUAUUAUUAUUAUUAUUAUUAUUAUUAUUAUUAUUCACAGUAGGCGCGCAAAUUGCACCCACUUUACUUGUGACGCAGCUUUAUGUGCUUGGUGGCUGGCCGAUAGCACACAAAUUAAAUGCAUGUAAGGCAGCGAGCUUAAAAGCUCUUUCCGCACCUACUCUCCACCUGCCUUACCUUGUGUGGCCAUCCGAGAUCUUGCAAAGGCCUCCAGAGCCUGUUUCCCAGAGCCCAGUAAGCAAGGCAGAGACCUUGUAAAUUCUGGAGAGGUCUUGCAUGGCUCUGGAGGCCUUUGUGAGAUCUCAGACGGCCCCAUGAGAUCUUGCACAGGCUCCGGAAGGUAAGAUUGCUUGUGCAGGGUUGGUUCCAGGGGAGUGACUAUAUGCGAUUUCGGCUUUACAUGCUAUCCCCCACCCCCAAUAACCCGUGCACAAGAUCCAGUUUUAUUUACUGCCUUCUUGCAAAACAUCAGGGUGAUGUGUAGCAACAUAAAAAACUGCAAAAGCAACACAGAGCAAUCAUUAAACCAACUUAAGAAAAUGUUAAACAACUGCUUGGGCCCUUUUGUGGGAAUAAAAAGUCUUUGAGAGAUGCCUGGAAGUCAAAAGCAAGGAUGCCUGCCAAAUCUCUGCUGGAAAUUUCCAUACCAUGGGACCUGCAGUGCCAGUGUCUGGUUGUGCCCUUCUAUUGCUACUGGGGCCACUUCCAGAAUGUCACUAUUUUGCCAGUGGCUUUCAGUUGUACGUGGUCAAAUUUAGCUUGCACAAUUAAAGUGGGGUUGGUGUUCUUGUGCAACAAACUUGUCUCCGCCUCGCAGGACUUUUUGCACUAAGGCAGGUGGCAGCAAAGUGCGCUGGGAUAAUGGUUCUUGAAGUGGUAUAAUAUCAAUGCAAACAAAUCACAGCGAUAGCUCGGUAAACAGCGGGCAUCCGAUUACCUCCCGGCAAACUUUGUGAAAAUAUAUAGAGAUGAAUGCUCAAUAAGCAGGUGGUUUGGAAGAGCCGCAAGUUUCUCACAUGUGUUUCCUUAGGUUGCAAGUAUAUCCGCUGCAUUCCAGCGUCACCUUAGAAGAACAGAAUAAUGUGUUCUUGGCUCCAGUUCCUGGUUACCGAAAGGUGAGAUUUUUGAACAAUGGCUUCAGUAGUAUUCACUCAUAAAUCUCUUUUUACAUGCAUCUCAAGGCUUAUUUACAAACAUGCUAAGAUGCCCAGUUUUUUUUUUUAAAAAAUAAAGUAGCUAUUGCAGACCAUCCACAUGCAACCCAUAUAGUCUUCUCAUCUAAAUAGCUUGGGGCUAGGAUACCUAAAACAUUAUCUAUUCCGAUAGACCUACCUGGACAGGAGGUCAGUUUCUGAGCCCCUUCUCCAGGUGCCUUAUCCAAAUAAGAAGCACUGGAUGGCUGCUGGAGAAGAGGACUUCUUGGUGGUGGCUCCUGGUUAGAAAAUGUGCUUGCCUGGUGCCCACAUUAUUAUGGUUCUUUGGGUGCCUGGUGAACACAUUUUUAUUUUCUCCCAGGGUUUGAAAUUAAUCUUUUGGCGCUGUUUAUGAUUUUGCUUUUGCUGAUGGUGUCUUUGUCUCUCUCUAUAUCUGUCAUGGAUGCUUUAGCUGAGAUUCUUGUAUUGAAAAGGGGUUGGACUAGUUAACCUUUGGGGGAUCCCUUCCACCUCUAAAGUUCUAUGAUUCUACUUGGUCAUAUAUGCUGUAUUUAAAUAACAGUAAUAAUUUUUGUUGUGAUUAUUUGCUUUCUUGUUUUUUUUAAGGCAUUUUUAUAUUAAGGCUAGUAAAUUGUAUUGUUGUUGGGCAGCCUUUAAAUGCCGUUAAUUAAAUAAAUCAUGUAAAUCGUUAAAUUAAUAAUUUAUUAUUUCCUCUUUUUUAAAACCUUCAUGUAGAUCAUUCUGUCUACAAACAUUGCAGAGAGCUCUGUAACAGUUCCAGAUGUCAAAUAUGGUAAGCAUGUUUUGAUGCAUUAUGGUCAUAGGAAUAAAAAUAAAUAUUUGUAUGUUCUGCUUUUCUUUUCUUCUAGCAUUAUUGAUAAAUCAGCAUUUAAAACCCUUUGAGCUGCUUGCUUCAGAGUAACUUCUGAGCAUAAGGUCCCUGGGUUCCUGUUUUACUAUGUAAGGCAGAAUUGCUAAAGUAUUUUUCUCCCUGUCUCGGAGCUCUCUCAAAGGCACAUUUAAAACUAGGAUGGAGUGUUCUCUGUGCCAAAAAUUCAAAUUCUGCCCCAAGGAAAAGUUUUAUUUUGUUCAGAGAGAAAGUCAGGAAGAGGGAGUUAUUUAUGGCUUUUGGCAAUAACUACUCACAUUAAAUUAGGUAUAUUAUUUUAAUUUACUGUGAUUCAUUCAAUUUGCAUAAAAUCAAAUGCACUUGCUUCGGGUGCUAGUUUGGUAAGCAUCAGAAAGGUAAAGAUGGGGGGAGGUUGUAGGACAGAGAAGUGGGGAGUAGCGUUUAUUGUAUUCAUGCAGUGGUUAGGAUGUGUUGAGUAGAUGUAAGGAAGCUCCUCACAUAUACAGAAGCCUGGCUUUUUGAGUCUUUUGCAGACAAGUUGCUUGCAUUGUUUUACCAUAGGGGCUAGAAACUUGAGUUUUUAAAAGUAGAGAUUGACAGCUCUUGGCAAGCCAAAUAUUAUAAUGUAGCAUGGAGUAUAAUGGUCACAAGGCAGAGGCCAUUAGCCAUACCAAACUUGUGCAGAAACCAGUGAAACUUACAACACUAUUUUUAUAGUAUCAGCGUUCUGCAGCACUUUGAUUCUUCCAGCUUCUGGGUUGUACACAAAUUGCUCACACCAAAGAAUGCUAAGCCAACCCAAGCUGGGUUCUUCAGUGCUUUUGCUUUCUGUGAGAUUAAAGUGUGGUUUGUUUGUUUUUUAACUUUGGUAGCUUCAGCACUAGUUGUUUAGUCUGGAACUGCCAUCCUUGGUUCGCUCGCUUUUCUUUAAAUAGGGAAGUCAGGCAAUAUUGUUGGCAACCCAGUACAUUCUAGUGUGUUCUAUAUUGUGUCUGUGUUUCUCUUUCACAUCUGAUUUGCGGAGAUUUUGUCCUCUUCAAAUGGAAUUGUCGCUCCAGCCUGUCAGAUGAAGACUGCCAAACUUUUCAGCGCUACUGUACUGUUCAGUUGAAGGUUCCUCCCUUUGCCGUCUUCCCAUGUCAUUGCUUCCUGCCUAGUGGAGAUAUGGCAUCGUUGACUCAUUUUAUUGACUAUGAGUAUGCAUGCCUUAAUUAUAGGUUUACUUGAAUUACAUUUUCUUUUCUUUUUGAAGGAAAGCGAAGAAAACUUAACCAGGAAUUGAAGAGCACACAGGCUGCUGAGAAAAGAGCAGACUAAUUAAGUUGCAAUUUAGUGCUUUAGUACCCUAAUAAUAAUAAUAAUUAAUUAAUUUAUACUCCGCCUAUUUGGCUAAGUAUCCCCAGCCACUCUGGGCGGCUUCCAACCGAAUAUUAAAAACAACACAGUGCCAGACAUUAAAAACUUCCCUAAACAGGGCCGCCUUCAGUUGUCUUUUAAAAGUAAAGUAGUUGUUUAUUUCCUUGACAUCUGCUGGGAGGGCGUUCCACAGGGCAGGCACCACUACCAAGAAGGCCCUCUGCCUGGUUCCCUGUAACCUCACUUCUCGCAGCGAGGGAACCGCCAUAAGGCUCUGGACCUCAGUGUCUGGGCUGGAUGAUGGGGAUGGAGACGCUCCUUUUCCCUUAGAAAAGAAAGCAAGGGGAAGAAGCCUUGAAGAGGAACCUUCUGACUAAAUUUGCAGGGGAUCUUAUGUUGAAUAAGAAGCAUCACGAGUAAACAUUACAACAAGCAUCUUCACCACGGGGAAGGCAUUGCCUGAUGACAUAGCAUCAUAUGAAGUGUUGUGUGAUCUUUUAAAAGUCUGCUUUCAGCCAGUUGCAGAAAAAUACGAUCACACCAGCACGAAAGGGCUCUAACGUAGGAGAAGCCUUUGUGUUGAGGACGUGCAACCUUGCUCAAGAGCCGUAGGCAUGAACUGGCCUAAUCUGAUAGGAGCAUUGCUUUUUAAAAGCCAACUCUUUCAAAUGCUGUAUUGCAGUGACGAAUUUGUGUGUGUGUGUGUGUGUGUGUGUGUGUGUGUAUGUCGCUAGAGAGGAAACCUGCUUUGAGGCCCAUAAAGUGUGAGCUGACUCUUGGCAGCAACGUGAAGCAUCUAAACAAUUAUGCGGAGUGACACAAACGCAAGAUCAAGACCUUCCGAUUGGCACUAGCAGCUUCUCGACAAAAGGGAGCUCCCUGUCCCUGCUAGGAGAGAAGGAGGCUUGUUUUCACAUCCCACUCUCCAUCCUACCCCCCACCUCCUCGCAGGCACUUCCUUGAUUUUGCCUGGUGGUUUGGUAUUGCUGUUUUGUGACCUUUGCGCUGGCAGCAGCCCCAAGCUUAGCUGACAAUAUUCUCAUGACCUCUGGUGGUAGCAGCAGCAGCAGCCAUGAGGUAAGGAGGAGAAUGUCUGUGCCCUUGUCUUAAUCCAUUCACAGUUGCUUGAUUUUUUAAAAGGAGGACAGGCUUUUUCAGUGGGUAGUCAGAAUCUUCUGCCUGCUGAAAAGCGUAUGUUUUAGAAAUGAUAGCUCCCUCCAUUUUUAAUCUGGUCUUCAGUUUAGCGGCGAAAAAAGGUAUAACUUCUGCAAUGGAGAUUACCUCUUAAAAAUGCAAGCAAAACCAAACACCAAUAUCUUUUUUUGGGGGGGUGUGUGUGUGUGUGUGUGUGUAAAGUUUGCAUCAGAUUCAGACUGCUGCUACAUAUUUUAAUUAAUCACAUGUUUAUCCCACUCUUACGAUUCUUCAGCCGGGAUGUAAGAAGUCAUCAUUUUCUGUUCCGCCCUGCAUUUAUCCCAUGCAACACUGCUUCAGUUCCGCUUCAGUUCAUCUUCUGCAAAAAGCGCAUUACUCAUUCUCCGCUGUGGCGAAAUUACGUUCUUCCACUUCGUUCACUUGAGUGCAAAGGAAGCACAAUGCAAAUAAGGGGAAAUCUAAUUAAUUAAAUACUGUUUGCAGACUGAAAGCAACAGCAGUGAAUGCAGAUUGUAUUCAGUGGAGUGAUUUUCAUUCUGGACGUGGGACGAAUAAGCGAACAUUGGCAAUUUCUGCUCCUGUUUCUGUUGGAAUUCUCCAUCUUUACUCUUCAGUGAGGCAUAUGUGCUUCUUAUUCUCUGUCUCCUCUUACAAUCCUCCCACAACAGCCCCGUGAGAUGAAUUAGAGAGUUACCCACAUCUUUUUGCGUGUUCAUUCUAAGUCAAGGGUUGGCACAUUUUUUCAGCCGGGGGCCGGUCCACUGUCCCUCAGACCUUGUGGGGGACUGGACUAUAUUUUGGGGGGGAAAUGAAUGAGGGAUAAUGAGCAGCGUGUAAGAGGGCUCCAGAGAGGGACUUCUUUAAAUGGCAGCCGCUUGAGAGGGACGCUCAGCCAACAGCGGCUCCUGUGUCUUGCGAGCGGCAGGGGCUGGAGGCGGCUGUGGCGAUCACACAGGGCCCCCGGACGUUUGACGGUCUAUUGACCCUGUGCCACCACUGUGAUUGCUUUCUUUGCUGCCACCAACCCAUUUCUCCUCACGGGUACAUACGGAGUCCAGUCAGUUGUUAACGUUAACAAAUAAUCAAGUUUAUUUUUAGGCAUGAACAAGCUUAUGGUUUCAGUUAUUUUUUCUUGGCAGUUUCUUAAUCUUAGUUCCUUAACUGUCCUAUUCGUUCCUAACAACUUCAAACUGAUUAUCCCAACUAUCUAGCUAUCUGACUCCACCUAACAAUUCCUCUCACAACACAACUCAACCAACCAACCAACCAACCAACCAACCCACAGACUAUUCCUCCCUCCUCCUCCUUCAACUCCCAACUCUCAACUCUCAACUAACUGUCACACAACUCCCCCUCUAACCCUAUCUCCUCCUAUCAGUUUCCACUGGCCAAUCACAUCACACUCAUUUUAACCCUUUCCUUAUGACCCACCUAGGAGGCAAACGCCACAGUGGCAGGAUGAUGAGUGGCACGCAAAAGGGCUCCGGAGAGGGGCUGCUUUAAAUGGCGGCCGCUCAAGAGGGGCGCUCAGCCAACAGCGGCUCCUGUGUCUUGCGAGCGGCAGGGGCUGGUGGCGGCGGGGGGACGAUGAGCAACGCAUGAAAGGGCUCCGUAGAGGGGCUGGCACCAACAAAGCCCAUCCCCCUUCCUCCUCUAGGCAGGGCGGGGAGAAGCCAGGAGGAGGGAGGGAGUAGACGCCGCUGCAUAUGUUUGUGGGGGAAAUGGCGCAACCCGAACAAUCAGAAUCAGAUGCACGCCUAUCCGCGUGGUGAUUCCCGGACCGUUUGCGGGCUGGAUCCAGAAGGCAAUUGGGCCAGAUGUGGCCCCCGGGCCUUGGUUUGCCGACCCAAGUUCUAAGUCAUGGUUUGGCAUAGCAUUGCUUGCAUUCUGGGCCAGUGACUGGCGUGAGCUUCAUGUCUGCGUGGGAUUUGAACUUGGGUCCCGUCCCCCCCCCCCCCCAGUUACCAUCAAACUUUCUAAUCCAGGGAUUAGGCACCUGUGGACCUCCAUAAGUUGUUGGACUCUCACUCCCUUCAUCCCCAGCCAGUCUGGCCCCAAUGAUCGGGGAUGUUGGGGGCUGCAGACUCCUAGAACCAUAUAAUUUUAGAAUUCUAGAGUUGGAAGGGACUCCAAGGGUCAUUCUAGUCCAACGCCCUGCAAUGCAGGAAUCUCAGCUAGAUCAUACAUGUCAGAUGACCAUCCAAGCUCUGCUUAAAAACCUCCAAAGAAGGAGAGUCCACCACAUCUUGUGGGAGUCUGUUCCACUGCUGAACAGCUCUUGCCUUCAUAAAGUUCUCUCUGAUGCUUAGUCGGAAUCUCUUUUCAUGUAACUUGAAUCAUUUUGGGUCUUAUCCUUUGGAGCAGGAGAAAACAAGCUUGCACUGUCUUCCAUGUGACAGCCGUUAGAUAUUUGAAGAUGCUUAUCAUACCGUAUUGGCCCGAAUAUAAGCCACACUUUCCCCCCAAAUUUCGACCAUGAAAAGUUAUGACUGCCUCCAGUUGAGCCAAGUUGAACAGUUUCUUGUAAUGCAACAUGGCGUUUCAGAUCAUCACUCCCCUGUUUUGCAUAGUCUUUUCCUCUCUUUUGUGUGUGUGUUAUCUUACAUUAAACCAACAUUUGCAUUGCAGAAGCACAGUUUUAUUUCCUAAACUUUGUUCGUUCUUGUUUAUUUAUUUAUUUAUUUAUUUUUGUAGUCAUUGAUUUCUGUUUGACCAAAAAUCUUGUCUGUGAUGAAGAGACCAACUAUCAAAGCUUGAGGCUGUGCUGGGCUUCUAAAAGCAGCAGUAAUCAGAGGAGAGGUAAGUUGUUCUCAGGUUAUAAAAUGCUGCAGCAAGGAUGGUGCUGAUGUAAAGUUAUUAUUAUAUUAUUAUUCAUUUCGUUUCUAUACCGCUUUAUAUUUUAAAGACAAAAUCUGAAAGUGGUUUGCAACACAUUAAACCAUCAAGUAAAACAAUCCAGAAUACAGUGGUACCUCAGGUUACAUACGCUUCAGGUUACAUACACUUCAGGUUACAGACUCCGCUAACCCAGAAAUAGUGCUUCAGGUUAAGAACUUUGCUUCAGGAUGAGAACAGAAAUCGUGCUCCGGUGGCGCGGCAGCAGCGGUAGGCCCCAUUAGCUAAAGUCCUUCAGGUUAAGAACAGUUUCAGGUUAAGUACGGACCUCCGGAACGAAUUAGUACUUAACCCGAGGUACCACUGUAAAACAAAUCCUAGCUUCAAGGAGGAUGCAGAACUACAGGCCGGGGUGCAAAGAGACUUGUUCUAUAAUGAAAUUUGCAGGGGUGGUAGAAAUGUUAGUCAUGGGGCAGAUUUGUCUGAUGGGUUUGGAAGGGCUGUAUUCCCUUUUCUUUUUUUGCCCUUCCAAAGGCUGCAAAAUUCAGGAAAGAUCCCCAAAGGCCCCUAGUGUCUCCCUAUUGCUGGUGCCUCUGUGGAUGAUUGAUUCUUUAGUCCAUUUUUGAGCAUAAGGCUUAAAUGAAAGCAAGCAGGCGGCAUUUGCGAGAUACGGCAAGCGCUCCUCUCAGGAGUAGCCACUGUUAAGGAGGUUUUAAGCUCAAACGUAACCAGUCAAAUCAGCUUAUGCCUUUUCUGUGAAGGUCGUGCUGGACGUGUUUCUAAAGGAUACUGCUACAGGCUAGUGUACAAGGACUUCUGGGAAAAUUGUAUACCUGAGACCACCUUGCCUGAGAUGAUGGUAAGAAUCACACACAAUAUAGGUAUACCUGCCAAUUUCGGUUUCUUUCAGUUCCUCGUUUUUCCAAAUCUUAAAUUCCGUUCUCCACAUUUCCGCAACAGUUUGUGAAUUUCUUCCCACGAGAAUCUGGCAGCAAUUUGCUGCACAUCUUUCCCAAUAAACACGUUUUUGCAUGCAGUUUUGACUAAUAAACACAUUUUUGCAAACCGUUUCCUCCAAUAUAGUGCAUUUUGGUAUUUGCAUGCUUAUACACACUUUACUCAAAUAUAAUGCAUUUUUGUACACAUUGUUUGGAGAAGCGCUAAUUUUGAGGGAUAGCUGUGUUUUGCUAUGCAUAUUGGGUGAACUGGGUGCUGUCCAAUUAAAAUGCAAGCAAAACCAAUUUUCUAGACAUGCCCCUUUGAGUAUGUGCCCUGGGUCUCACAAGUGGGCUUCCUGACAAAACAAUUCCUCACUUAGCUUGAGAAGGUUUCAAUCUUCUGAGGAGGCACCGAACCCUAAUGUGGGACCGUGUAGAUGUCCAAGGAGCCACAGUUACAGGUGAGCAACCUGUCUCUCCUGCUUGCUAUGUCUGUCAGGAGAUUGAUGGCUUGGUUUGUACAUCGCUUCAAACUGUAGUUAAGCUAAACUAUGGUUCAAAUCUAGAUCUGACAUCAUGGGCACUUCACUUUUUCUCUGCUGCUUCUGCUGCUACUUCCGGGAAACAAGUCAUGGUCUGGCUUAAUGUAUUGUCCAAACCAGAACUUACAUGUGUUUUCUCUCCAAGCAAACCACAAAUAAGUAGGCAAGGUUUGUUCUUGUUUUGAUUAUGCAUUCUGUGUUAUCUUUUUUUUAUGUGGUGAACUGCCCUGAGAUCUACAGAUGAAGGGCCAGUAUAAAAAUUUAAUAAAUAUACCGUAUUUUUCGCUCCAUAAGAUGCACUUUUUUCCUCCUAAAAAGUAAGGGGAAAUGUGCGUGCGUCUUAUGGAGCGAAUGGCGCUGUGCUGCUCCCCCUCCCGCUUCUCUGAAGGGGCGCUGCGCAGCUCUCCCUCUCUGCGCAGAGCCUGUCCUGGAAGCUUCUGUUCCUUCUCCAGGAAGGGGCGCUGCAUAGUUCUCCCUCUCAGACAGGGAGAACUGCACAGCACCCCUUCAGCAAGGCGCCUGUACUGGCUUCUGCCUUAGCCGUGCGCAGCCUCUUCGGGCAGGGGGAGCCUUCAUCCCGCUGCCCUGAAGAGGCUUGGCGCGGUUAUCCCAGAAGCCAGAACAGCCACACGGUAUCCCAGAAGCCAGAUCCCUCUUGCUGUUCUGGCUUCUGGGAUUCAGAAUAAUUUUUUCUUGUUUUCCUCCUCCCAAAACUAGGUGUGCCUUAUGGUCUGGUGCGUCUUUUGGAGCGAAAAAUACGGUAUACAAAACAAAAGGUGCUUUCAUGGCUUACUGUUUAUUGGUUACUUGGAGAAAACGGACCAUAAGGCCAGGUUUCUGCCGUAACACUAAGCCAGGCCACGACUUAUUCCUUGCAGCGUGGCAGGAGCAGAAGAGUAGCAAAGCACCCACAGCCUUAGCAUGCGCUUGCAUGCUGCGCAUUCACAUUUAAUCAUGGCUUCAAGUGAUGUGUGAACCCGGCCACUGUCAGGAGAUUAUUACUGUGCCUCCUCCCACCCACCCCAUAUGAUUUGCUCAGCCCAGAAAGUAAAGGCGAACAUCUUUCCAGCCGCCCGCGAAGAGAUUUGCAACACAGGAUCGCAUUUGUUGUCACUGUGCUCUUAUUCUUCCUUUCAGCGGCGCCCACUGGAAAGUACCGUGCUGAAGGUGAAGCUGCUUGACAUGGGCGAACCGAGGGCCUUGCUAGCAACUGCUCUGUCUCCUCCCAGUAUAAGCGAUAUUGAGCGCACCGUUCUGCAUCUCAAGGAGGUUGGGCCCUUCUAUUUUGUUUUGUUUUUUUUAAUAAUAAUUUUUAUUAAGUUUUCCAUUUUAACAAUCCAAUCAAAUCACUUUAAAUAUUCCAAAUUAUACAAAUAUAUAUCAUAAAGUCCAAAUAUUUUGCCAAAUUAUUAUUUUUUUGUUGGGGGUUGCCAUGCUUCAAGUUCAGUGGGGUCCAAUCAUCUCAUAUUUCUACUGCUUUGAGUGUCCACUAGUCCCAUCUUUAAAUCUUCUUGUUAUUAUCCUUCUUCUUUCAUAGCCUCUGAGUUGUUUCCACAGGCGAGCUGAAAUGAGCAAUAUUAUGCUUCUGUGUGAGCUUUGUAUGACUCUCCCUAUUUUUUCUCUUUUUCUUUUUUUUGCAGCUGGUAAGUCUUUUAUUUGCAGUAUGUCCUCACAUGCUGGUAUUUAUGCCGAAUCCAUCCAAAAGUCCUUCUCGGUUGGCAGACGCCAUCUUUUCUCAGUUCUGAUGAAAUAGAAUCUAGGCGUUUGCUCAUGGGCCCUUCUAUUUUGAUAUAUCAAACCUCAGAAACAGGGAACGCUUCCCCAGGAGGCAUCCGCUAUCCCUCAGCCACGCCCUUCUCUGGACCCAAGUGUUUUUGCCUGGCUUCAGUGGGCAAGAUUAACCUAAUGUGCCCCUCCAGCAGAAGCUCUCUGCAAGGACUUCCCUUGCGCAGCAGGGCAUCUUCUCCUCUCCCCACGUGCCUGUCAGGAUUCACAGAAUGCUGUGUGAGAUAGUAAGUCUGCAGGCUUGAGUUUGCUAGCUGGUGCAACUGGCUGAUGCAGUCAGCCUGCAAUACUUUCUAUGGAAGUGCUGGGUCAGAACGACUCAGCGGUAAUGUGCUGACAGUUGAUUGGCUGUCAUCGGUUUAAAAGGGAAACCUGUCCAGCAGUAAGUGGGUGGUGUAGAAGAGUGUGGUCAGAGAGACAGAGAUAGAAAGGUCUUCCUAUUUGCCUUAAGGUUCAGCUAGGUACUCUGUUGGACUGUAUGAGCUGCUCGUGCAUUAUAGGCUGUAGAUUAUUGUAUAUAUUUUUGUGUGUGUGUGUGUGUGUGUGUGUGUGUAUAUAUAUUUAUAGUAAAGGUAAAGGGAUCCCUGACCAUUAGGUCCAGUCGUGACCAACUCUGGGGUUGCAGCGCUCAUCUCGCUUUAUUGGCCGAGGGAGCCGGCGUACAACUUCUGGGUCAUGUGGCCAGCAUGACUAAGCCGCUUCUGGCGAACCAGAGCAGCGCACGGAAACGCCAUUUACCUUCCAGCCGGAGCGGUACCUAUUUAUCUACUUGCACUUUGACGUGCUUUCAAACUGCUAGGUUGGCAGGAGCAGGGACAGAGCAACGGGAGCUUACCCCGUCACGGGGAUUCGAACUGCCGACCUUCUGAUCAGUUUUACCCACAGCGCCACCUGCGUCACAAUAAUAUAUAUAUAGCUCACAAUAAAUAUACUGCACUGCACCAAAGAACCUAGAACUCUGAGCAUUUCUGCUAAAGCGCCGCGGAGAAUUCGUGACAGUGCCCCCUGGAAUUGGCUCUGUGGUGGGGGUUGGAAUAACCCCCGGAGCAGCAUGUGGGGGAAGGAUUGUUCCAGUGGAAAGGUCAUAACACCAUGAUGUUGAAUGGCACCCCAUGUCUCCAUGAACCGAACGCUUCUUGCUUGUUUGGAUUUAGGAUCAAGGGUGUCAAUAUGUAGAAUGUAGUCUGCUGUACAAGGUGAAAUUUAUAUUAGCUGCUGUGCCCACUUUUGCCUCUGGCAUGUGGCCCCCAGAAGGCAAUAUGGCCCUCAGUCUGAGAACACUUUCCCACCCGUGUGCUAAUCAGUCGAAAUAACUAUCUUUUUUUUUAUUGUACAGUGGUAUCUUGGGUUACAUACGCUUCAGGUUACAUACGCUUCAGGUUACAGACUCCGCUAACCCAGAAAUAUUACCUCGGGUUAAGAACUUUGCUUCAGGAUGAGAACAGAAAUCAUGCUCUGGUGGCGCAGCGGCAGCGGGAGGCCCCAUUAGCUAAAGUGGUGCUUCAGGUUAAGAACAGUUUCAGGUUACAAACGGACCUCCGGAACAAAUUAAGUAUUUAACCCGAGGUACCACUGUACAUGCUCAAAUAGUACAGUGGUACCUCGGUUUAAGAACAGCCCUGUUUACGAACGAUUCGGUUUACGAACUCCGCAAAACCAGAAGUAGUGUCCAGGUUUGCGAACUUUACCUCGGUCUAAGAACGGAAUCCGAAUGAUAGAAGGGCACCGGCGGCGGGAGGCCACAUUAGGGAAAGCGCACCUCAGUUUAAGAACAGUUCCGGUUUAAGAACGGACUUCUGGAACAGACUAAGUUUGUAAACCGAGGUACCACUGUAUUGUUUUUAACAUUGACAACUUUUGCAGGCAUAAGGAAGAAGAACAUGGUGAGCAGAGCACUUUUAUUUUCUUUUGUUUCUAACUGUUACUGAAUUUUACAGUAUUGUUGCAUUAUUUUUUAGAUUUUUAAAAAUUGUUGUUGUUGUUAUUAAUUUAUUGAAUUUAUAUGCCACCCUAUACCCAGAGGUCUCAGGGCGGUUCACAUAAAAAGAUAACAGUAAUGGUAGUUCUUUUUAAAAAAGUACGCUGUGUGCCACUCGGAGACCUCUGGGAGGAGGGAGGAACACAACCAACAUGCACCACACCAUUGCAAAAUGGAUGAAGCACUCAAUAAGUAUUGAAGUUAUCAGAAGACGAGGCCAACAUGUCCUGGAAGAGGUGAUGUUCCCUCUUAGUUCAUCAGUUGUAUGUGGGUUUUGACGGAUACAAUAGCGCAGGCCUGACAUUAAUAAGCAUUUGCAGGUUUGGAAUAUAUAUUUUAGGGGAUUCUUAAUUUUAGCCUUGAGCUUCGUGAUUGUUGGCAAAUCAGUUUCCCAUUAACAUCCAUCUUUGCUUGCGUUUUGCUAUAGAUAGGAGCGCUUGCUGUCCAUUCAGAAGCAAAAAACCCUUACGAUGGUGAGCUGACCUUCCUAGGCAGGGUGUUGGCACAGCUACCCGUGAACCUGCACCUUGGCAAACUAAUGGUUCUUGGCCAUGUCUUUGGGUGCCUGGAAGAAUGCAUUAUAAUAGGUAAGGUGGACAACAGAGUGAGUAUAGUUAAUGCCUUAAGCUGGAAGUUGCAUACCUAGGUUACUAAAGGUUUUCCUGGCAACCUCAAUAUUCAUGGUGCUUUAAAAAUCAUGGUGCUUUUUAAAAAUUUUAAGCAAGGUAGUUGUCAAAAGGAGCUUACAGAAGGGUUUCCUAAACUUGGGUCACCAGCUGUUUUUGGUGUUCGUUAUUGUAUUUUAGUGUUCUGUUGGAAGCCGCUCAGAGUGGCUGAGGAAACCCAGCCAGAUGGGUGAGGUAUAAGUAAAUAAUAAUAAUAAUUACUCCCAUCAUCCCUACCUAGCAGGAUCAGUGGUAAGGGAUGACGUGGAAUUUAAAUUUGGAUCCUAGACCUCUUUUUGUGAAGGAGAGGUGGGGUACACUUUUUAGAAUUAAACCCAUUUCUUUCUCUUUCUUUCAGCUGCUGCCCUCUCUUUGAACAACUUCUUUGUAAUACCUUUUAGGCAGCAUCUUGAUGGAUACAGGUAUUUUCCCAUGGGCUGUCAUUUGAUUUUUUUAAAAAAAGAAAAUUUCAGUGGGUCAGUUAGCCAGUGAAAUCUACAUAAGCUUGCAUAUACAUACAAAAAUAGUUGGAAGAAAACGGCACACUUGCUUUGUUUUCAGAUGAUGUAUGUUAGUAUUGCAUGAGGUGGAUGAAUCCCUGCUGUUCGAAGGUUGGUGGCCAGGGGAACAGAAUGUCAAUUAUAUGAACUGGGGGGUGUGUGUGCUAGGAAAUUGGUCUGUUUGGACCUGUUACGCCCCAAAAACAGAUGAAGUCGCACCAAAGUUAUAUUUCGAUCCGCCAUCUUUUGUGUCUUCACCUAUUUUCCAUUUUGGCUGAAGAAGAACAUUUAAAACUUGGCGUUCAUACUGGUGUUCCUUUGGUGUUUCAGAGGUAGUAGCCAAAAAUGUAUUUAAAAAAGUAACGGUGUUGUAAAACUGUAAAAGGUGACGACUGCUCUUUAACUUUAUAACAGUUUGCGGUGAAUUGUUUACAGGAAUAAACGGCAUUUUUCUGGGAAUAGCAAGAGUGACUGUAUUGCGCUUCUGGAUGCUUUUAAGGUAACUGUUUUCCCCCACUACCCGCAAAUUAUGUUCCCAUUUGCUACUAACAACUGGUGUCACCAUUGGGGGGGGGAAGCAAACAUUUUGGUACCAUCUCUACACUGUGCAGUGGGACCGCCACUUAGUGGGGGGGGGGGGCUUGCUUCCUUUUUUUUUUUUUUUUUUAAAUUGAUAUUUAUUAAAUUUUCAAAAAAUAACAAAUAACAACAAAAAUUCCCAAAAAAGUUUGAACAUACAAAAAAGAAAAAAAACCAAAAACAAAAAUAAUACAGAAAUAAUAAAGAAGAAAAAACCCAGCCGCAAAAAAGAAAAAAAAGAAAAACAGAAAAACAGAAAUAUAAAAUCCUUUACGAUCUCCAUUAACUUCCUUUCUAGACUUCCUCCUCCUCCCCUCUCUUGUUUCUUAGUGUUUAAUUUUUACAGCAAAUCCUUUCUGUUUUUUCAUAACAAUCUAUCAUUGCGUUUCCUUGUUCUAUUUUCCCUCUUGUCAUAUAAAAACUUUAAAACUCAAAGCUUAUAUUCCAUAUUUAGCAAAUUCUUACAUCAUUACCUUUUACAAACCAUUUACCAAUUCUUACUUAAGUCAUAUAAUUUAAUUCAACAUCCUUCAAACCUUUAUAAACAUUCCCAAUAUUAAAAAUAAGAAAAAGAAAAUAAUAAGUCAGAUUCAAUCCAGUCAACUUCCAGCCUCCCCUCCCCUGGUCCCGGGAUUGUCAGUCCUUUUAACCUCAAUAAUCCGGCUCCUUAACCUGGUUGUCUCGUGUCCGAGGCCCUCAAGUCUCUUUCUUGCCCCUUUCGCCACUCUUGUUGAUAUUUCCCUUUCAGUCGUGGAUACUCCAGCAAAAAGAUGCUUUUGACUCUUUGCAGCAAGUCCAUCCCAAACCCAUUACCCAAGCCAGACAGCAGAUAAUACCACUUCCAAUUUCCAGAAAACUUGGAGACUUCGACUUCUCCAAUCCUCUGAUGGCCCAUCCCUAGACUCGGAAAGUCCAAAUAACCAUAUAGAGGGGUGUCAAUCCAUCCCCCCAUUUCCAAAUCUGACCGCAUUUCAUCUUUCCGAAUCAGGUUUGUCCCAAGUUCAUUUAUCAAGUUCAAAGGCUGAUCUUGCCCAUCCAUAAGUCCCUCCAUCUCUGAAGCCUCCGUCGCUACAGCAGGUUCAUAUACUUGUAUAGACUUUAACUGAAUUUCAUUUGUUUGCUGCUGUGCUCUGGUGACUUCCGUCAUCAUCAAGGUCGACUCCUGACGCAUCUGGUCCAGCUGGGCACUUAAUUUUGCAAAACCUUCCAGGAACACUUGUUCAAGCCUUUGUACAAGCAUUGUCCUUCAAGGUCAGUGACAAUUCUUUCCCACGAGAAUGGUCCUUCUCUUUUACACUCUCUGCAUUGCAAUUUCACUCAGUUCCACUAGAUGGAAAACCCUUUUUUUUUAUUUUUUUAUUUUUUAAGAGGGGGAAAACAACAGUAACAAUCUUUCUUUUUCCAGAAACACUUUAUCCAAAAUUCCCCCUUUCAAAUUCAAGAGGCAACAGUAGAAUCAAAAUGUUACCCUUCUUUUAACUAUCUGUCGAGCUGGAUAAACUUCAAAACGUCAGUUCUGACAGCCCGCUCCUGGUUCAGGGAGGUGGAAAAUUACUUUAUUUUAAACUCACUUCCGCAGGGUUGAAAAGAUCAAAACAACCCCCUUCUUCUCCUGCAAUCAAAAGGGGGUUCUAGAAAUCUUAGAUGUUGAAUUUUAGUUCUCUCAGAAUUUAGUUUUCAGGCUUUAGUAUAAUUUGUCUUUGCUUUCUUCACGUAACAAAAGAACGGAAGGCGACUUCCUGUUUAGACCUUUCCGUUCCGAGUCCCAAUUAAAUUCAAUUUCAAGUUCAAGUCCAAUGUUAUUUAUUUAUUCACCAAUCUUAAAAGUAGUUCAGCUCUUCCAGGAUCAGGUACUCACGGAUAGAUGUUUUAGAUGCCAAAUUGUCCAGGAAAAAGGCAGCGCUCUCCGAAAACGGCAGUGCGGCUUUGCUGCACGGAGGAAGCAGUCGACUCACAGCACCACGCACCUCCCACUCCGGAGCCCGUUACCGGGCUCCUGUACAAGGGGAGAGAGCGCUCUCGGUGCCCGCUGAGUCCCACGCCCACAGGCUUCUUCCGCCUGUGGUUUUUGAGGGUCCCCGCUGCGCCGUAGCGGCAGGACCCAAGCCUCCGUGCAGCGGGUUCCCUUCAGUUCGAAGGGAAUUCCGCCAUUUUCCGGAGGCGCCACCCCGGAAGUUCCGGGGGGGGCUUGCUUCCAGGGGUCUACACACAAAGGCGAAAUCAGGAACCUCUGGAACGGUUUCCCGCCCCCCAUAAGGCAGAGGGCUACUUACUGGAAUCUAGGAAGGCCCCUUCCCAGUAAGUGAGUAGGCGCCUUUCUUACUGGCCUCUGGGAUGUUCCCAGAGCCCUCUCACCUCCUUCCCAGAUGCUGGGGUACGGAAGGCAAUGCCUUGCUUUUCAGGCUUUGGGAAGGUUGUGCAAGGGCUCUGGGAUGCUCUCAGAGCUCUCCUGUCCCUUUUCCAAAGCCCAGUAAGUGAGGAAAACAUGCUGGGUGGGAAAGAAAAUGGAGAGUGGUGGGUUUAUUGUUCAUUUAAAGGUAAAGGGACCCCGACCGUUAGGUCCAGGCGUGGACGACUCUGGGGUUGCGGCGCUCAUCUCGCUUUAUUGGCCGAGGGAGCCGGCGUACAGCUUCCGGGUCAUGUGGCCAGCAUGACUAAGCCGCUUCUGGCGAACCAGAGCAGCACACGGAAACGCCGUUUACCUUCCCGCCGGAGUGGUACCUAUUUAUCUACUUGCACUGGUGUGCUUUCAAACUGCUAGGUUGUCAGGAGCAGGGACCGAGCAACGGGAGCUUACCCCGUCACGGGGAUUCGAACCUCCAACCUUCUGAUCGGCAAGCCCUAGGCUCUGUGGUUUAGACCACAGCACCACCCAUUUACCACCUGCCAUUUCAAAUAGGCAUGGCUCCUCCCCCCAAAGAAUCGUGGAGACUGUAAAUGGAUCCAGAUGUUGAGUGUGGUUAGGAGACACACACCCCAAUUCCCCUCGCAGAACUACAAUUCCCAGAGCGGAUUAACACUCAGUCCCUCUUCCUAGGGAAUUCCCAGCACCCAGGAUUCCUUUGGGGAAGUUGGGGGCUUAAUGUGUGUGGUGUAUACAAAGCCCAGGUCUCGCUCUUGGUGCAUGUGGAGUAUUUUGUGUCCAGGCUGUGUUGAAGUGCAAAUUACCAAAUUAUUGUUGUGUUGGUUUUUUGUUUGAACCUAUUCCUUUUUCCCCCUCUUGCUUUAGGAAUGGCAGGAAAGCAAGAAGAAAGGAAAACUGAGACACCCUAAGGUUAGUUUCACUUGUCAUUCAGGUGUUUAGGCAUCAGUCUGGACUAUUUAAUUGCUGGGCACCCAGACUUAGCUUUAUCUCCGUCCUUUCCUUUCGAGUAGUACCAGGCCUGGCUUUCAGAGCUGUGGUUGGUUUAUUUAUUGAGCUUUUAGGUCCACAUUCAGGGUCCCAGGAAGGAGUUUAAAACCAGAGCCAUUGCCAUACACAACCGAUAAGAACAUGAAUAAAACACUAACACUAUGUAAGUAACAGAAAGUUAAAAUAAAACAACACCUUAAAAAGCUCGUAGCAACCAGAAAUUAUGCUAAGACCUUGAACAAUCAUACUCCUUAUGGCUAGAUCCUAACACCAGACUGAUCCUUUGACUUUACAAUACAUUAUUUUCCUCGUACAUUCUUUUGCUCUCUGUGCCUUUUCUAAAGAAGGUUGUUUAUGAUGUAACAUUGUUUUCUUCCUGCAUUCAUUCUGCACUCUCUUCUGUUUUUCCUUUGCAGUUAUGUCAUUUUGUCUUGUGAUAUCUGUUGUAAUGGAAAAUUCAGUUCAACAUCAAUCAGAUUCCCCCAAACACCUGGGUGAACAGCAGGCAUGGCCAAAUCUGUCAAUUCUGGUUUCUCUCUCCCCCCUCUCAUUUUCCAAAACUCAGCUCUCCUUAUUUCUCCAUAUAGCCACACCAGUUUGCAUUAAAAAUAAAUAAAAUAAAGCCAUCCAAAGUCAUCAAAAGCAUUUUAGUGUGCCUUUCUAAUAACACACACUUUUGAAAUGCGUUUCUGAAACUGAACCGAAUUUCUACUCCAUCCCUACUGAACAUAUACAUUUCCCCCGAUUAUAUAGGAGCCACCGCUACCUCCAUACGAAAAAGCAUUAUUAUAUCGAAGAAAUUGCUUAGCAAACAUGUGUAUAAUUAGGAGAGAUUUGUCCUAAAAUGCUGAUGAAUUUGCAUGAGGACUUGGGGGAGGGAAUAAAUCAAAAUGAUGUGGCGAUGUGGAGGAUUGGAAAAACGAGAAACCAAAAAUUCAUAUUUAUUAUUUAGUUCAUAAAAUUGAAUACCAAGAACCUCAAAGUGGUUCACAAAUAGAUAAAACAAAGUCAAUAAAAAUCCACAACCUUACAACUGUUAAAAUACUACAACAGAUUCAAAUUGCCUCAACUUUCUAAGCAUCUGGUUAGGUUUUUGUUCAGGGGCCAAAAAAAGUACAGUGAAAGUGGCUGCUUGAUCUCAGUAGGCAGGGACAAAUUGACAUAUCCACCCGUCCCUAACGGGAACAUCCUGGAAGUUUGGGUGCUGACGUGAGCUCAUAGAAUCAUGGAAUAGUAGAGUUGCAAGGGACCCUGGGGGUCAUGGCUCCAACUCCCUGCAAGGAAGGAAUCUUUUUUUGCCCAACACGGGGCUCGAAUCCACGACCCAUAGAUGAAGAGUCUCAUGCUCUACCAACUGAGCCAUCCCAGAUUACCUCCACGGGAUGCUUUAUGAGCAGAGAGGGGUGUAAGGGGUUGAAGAAACUUUCCAUGGCCCCCUUGGACUGGAAUUAACUACCCACCAGUUGCCUCCUUUUUGCUGAAGGUGGUGGAGAGCGAAGUGGUUUUGCAUGCUUUUUAGCCUCUUAGCUUCCUGGCUUUCUCCCGCAGGAUGAGCUCGACUGGGGUCGUUCCAACUACAUUCACAUUAAGAGAAUUAGAGAGGUGAGUUGGAUGUGCGUCUUUCUUUUCUUUCCCCCAAUAAUACAAAGUACCUGGGCAAGAAGAGGCCUGCUGGAUCAGACCAAAGGUCCAUCUAGCCCAACAAUCUGGCUGAUCAGAUGCCUGCAGGAAGCCCACAAGCAAGACAUGAGCCCAACAGCUGUAUCUGUGCAUGUGUGUGUAAGUUCCUUCGUACAUAAUCCACAUGAAAACCAUCCAAGCACCCUCAUUGUUUGCGGGAUGUUGUUCGCUUACUCAUUUCAAUGCCAGGAGCUCUUAAGCAGCUCCCAUCAGACAAACAUCACAUUUUACAAUUCCAAAGUGAGACCAGGCUAUGGGGUUCCCAUGAUAACCACCUCCUGAUCAGCUUUUUUGCUUCAUUUUUUUUAUUUGUCUCACCAUUACAUUUAUACCUCGGCUUUCCUCCAGAGGGAGCUCAAGGUUUCACACACAGCUAACCCCACUUUUCCUCGUUUUAUCUUUCCAACAACCCUUUGAGGUAGGUUGUGCUGAGAGAGCCAUCACUUGGACCCAAGAGUCUCCCCAGUCCUAGCCCAACGCUAUUUUUUGUUUUUGUUCUAACUAUUUGUGCUUUCAUGUUGCAUUUUUAUCUUGCGAACUGCACUGAGAUCUUUGGAUGAAGGGUGGUAUAUAAAUUUUAUUGGUUGUUGUUGCUGCGUGUCAAGACCCCGAGGCCUCCCCCUUAUGUUGAAGAAUAACACCAGGACACAGUAUUUUAGGUUAAAUGGGCAAAUUUAGGCCACAACUUCAUUGGUUACAGAAUGUGAGUGGUAGUGGCUUAGGCCAGUGAUGGCCAAACUUGUCCCUCCAGCUGUUUUUGGACUACAAUUCCCAUCAUCCCUGACCACUGGUCCUGCUAGCUAGGGGUGAUGGGAGUUGUAGUCCAAAAACAGCUGGAGGGCCAAGUUUGGCCAUCACUGGCUUUAGGCAUUAGAAUUGAACUUACUAUAUCUGACUCCUACAUGCCAUGCUGGGAGUCUAGUAAGGGUCAACCACCAAUAGGGGGAGCCCUGCUGAUGUACAUCAACUAAAGCUCUCCCAGGGUCCCCAAUGGGGUCGUGGCAUGGUCCUAGCCCUACCUGGGCUUUGGACAAAGAUCCACAGCCCCGGAUCCCUUUAAUGCAGCUGUUCUUAACCUGUGGGUCCCCAGGUGUUGUUGGACUACAACUCCCAUCAUCCCUGAGUUCUGGCCUUGCUAGCUAGGGGUGAUGGGAGUUGUAGUCCAACAACAUCUGGGGACUCACAGGUUGAGAACUGCUGCUUUAACGGAAUACCCUUUAAAAUGGAGAGGCAGGUGAUGGCCACACCUCCCCUCCCCCAAACCAGGCUGUACCAAUGCCCAACCACCAAACCUUACAAAAGUUGUGACGAUUGCUACGAGGUAGGUGAAAACCAAAUGGACAGUGCCAAUUUGCCAAGUGAAAAAAUUCCUACCAGGCCCCCUCAACAGGCGAGGGCAUUUUCAGUAAGGAAGAUAAUGUAAUGGAAAGUUUAAUUUCAGUGCUUUUCCCCCCUGGAAGUACUUAAGGGUAUGCACCACUGGCACCUUUCCCACCCCCAAAUGUUAAAAGUAUGGCACUUCCUGUAACAACUCCAUGGUGAGUACCUUCACCUUUUUUUCUUAAAAAAAACAAAACCAAAAAAAAAACCUAAGCCUGCUAUAACAUUUCCUGCCUUGCCAUUCCCUGCUCCCCACAGUGUUCUGCUUUUAAAAAAAGCGUGAUCAGAUGCAGUUCAUUUCAUGUAGGCCCACAGAAGCCAAUGCGUAACUUAGCAAAAACUGUUCAGAUUUCCUGCUGCAAACAACGGACAAAGGCCGCUAAUGAGUGUGCUUGAAUCGCGGUGCUCAGUUACUAAGGUUACCCCGCACUUAACGGAAAUUGUUUAUCCCCGCUUGAACGUAAUGGGCUGCACCCUGAAAGAGGAAAUAAUGGGGAACCUUCAUUGGCAGGGACAUGCCUUUCCUCCGCUCUGAGUUUAAUUGGGAACAUUGCUCCAAGCAAACAAGCCCUUUGAUCCAACACACAGGAACGCAGUGGAACUUCUCAGUGCAGCUUUGCAGAGAAAAGUCGCAGCAUUUAAUGUGGGACUCGGAGCGUACCCUCUCACGAUGAAUUGUUCUUGUGGCUAAGCAGUUUUGUGUCUUGGCCUGCCGCAGUUUUUAGACCAACGUGCUACUCCAAAAUUGCCAAUAAUUUGUAACAAGAUAUUUUAAAAUAAUUUCACUGCUCCCAAUGCUGGCAGCAGCAGGAACGCAACUCUCCUGUUGGUGGGAAAGGCACUGUUUUUAACACCAAGAUGACUUUAACACCAAGAUGACGUUUCCGAGCACAAUUCAAAGUGUUGGUGCUGACCUUUAAAGCCCUAAAUGGCCUCGGCCCAGUAUACCUGAAGGAGCGUCUCCACCCCCAUCGUUCAGCUCGGACACUGAGGUCCAACGCCGAGGGCCGUCUGGCGGUUCCCUCAUUGCGAGAAGCAAAGCUACAGGGAACCAGGCAGAGGGCCUUCUCGGUAGUGGCGCCCGCCCUGUGGAACACCCUCCCAUCAGAAGUCAAAGCGAUAAACAACUACCUGACAUUCAGAAGACAUCUUAAGGCUGUUCAGGGAAGUUUUUAAUAUGUGACAUUUUAGUGUAUUUUUGGUCUCUGUGGAAGCCGCCCAGAGUGGCUGGGGAAACCCAGCCAGAUGGGCGGGGUACAAAUAAUAAAUUAUUAUUAUUAUUAUUGGGUGCGGCAUUUUUCUGGGACAAGCAAUAAGCAUGGCGGCUGAGAGAGGAGUUGUGUUGCUGCUGGCAAGUGCGACACUGACGUGAAGCUCAAAAUAAAAGCUGUAUGAAGCUGUUGCAACCGCUGCUGCUUAAGGCAAGAAGCUAAUUCCAGUUCAGUUCCUCCCUUGAGAAGCGCAUGGCCUGCAAACAGGUCUGCAAUAGUUGUGGGCCAUUUUGGUGCCAUCCUAUUAAAGACAUAUGUUCCUAGCAAAGGGCUUCUCCCUCCUUCAGCUUCUUGGAUUCCCUCGUUCAUACGAUGCUGCUAUCCUUCCAUCUUACAGCAAACUCAAAUCGUGAACACCAAUAAAAAUGGUGCCAGAAAAAUAAGGCCACUGAGAAGUGAGAGAGGCAUCGGCAUGUUUGGGGAAACCCUAAGGCUUGUAGAAGCAAAAACAUAAUAUAAUAUUUUAAAAAAUCCUUAAGGUCCACCCCCAUCCCAAAAACACUUUGGGGUCCAGUGAGGGACAGCAUGUUUGGAAGCCACAGAGUACCAUUUGAGAAAGAAAAAUGGCAAACUGGUCAAGGUGGUGGGAAUGGCCUUUAAAUUGGGUUGUGGCUGACCGGAACUUUGUUUUUAGGAUGUGGAGAUAAACUACAAUGUUUUUCCCCCUACCAAUAUUAAUUUAGCUUUUGGCCUAGGCCCUUGGUGCCUAUGGCAUAAAUAGAUAAGAAAUCCUCUUCUAGUGUUGUGCUGUUACAAUCAUUGUAUUACGUUUGGCGUAUAUUUUAUACUUGCAUUUUCUGUGAGCUGUUUAUAAAUAUUUUUUAAAAAAUAAAAUAGUGAGGUGUGGGUUUGUUUGUUUGUUUUUGCAGGGUACAGAAGAGAGGGAGAUGUUUUGCCUUAAUGAAAUUUCCUUUUGAUGGUCUUGGGAUGUAUUGUGCUUAAUAUCCAGAUGUAAUUUUUUUAGGUGGCUGAGUUGUAUGAGGAGCUGAAAAAGAGAAUGGGUGUGUUCAACAUGGAGGUCAACCCUCACCCCCCUGCUAUGGAUCAAGACCAUGUGUAUAAGCAACGAUUCAUUUUGCAGGUGAGAUGUCUGGAUGUACAAGAGAUGUUUUUCUAGAUAUACAUACGUAAUAUACAUACGUAAAAUAAAACUUUUUUAAAAAAUUGCACAACAAAACUCAACCAUUUCCACAUAAAUCACAACAAAAUCGAAAAUAAAGAUACAAAAAACCACCAGCAACAACCCUGUGCCAACAAACCCUUCCAAAGCACCCCAGCCCAAGAUUCUGUUUAGCAGCCUCAGCUUUUGUAGCUGGAGUCAAUCAGGCCAAUUGGAAAAAUGCCUGCAAGGCAGGCAGCAGGUCUUCCAGGACUCUUCAGCAGCUUCAGCUUUUGUAGCUGGAGUCAGUCAGAGCCCCACACACCUGAGUCCCAAUGAAAAUCUGUGAGACUUAAAAAUAAAUGCUUGGUUCCAAAGUGGAACCUCUUUUACUCUUACUGCAAAUUGCAUUUACGCAACUACAAACACAUUUGCAAGCCCCACGAAACCAGAGAGUUUGGCUCACGUGUCAUUGCAGUGUGACGAAUGGCUUACUGCAAGAGAACUGCCACCUCUCCUGAGGCAGUUAACUUUUCCUUCUUCCUUAGGUUGUAAUGGCUGGGGCUUUUUAUCCGAAUUAUUUUACUUUGGCGGAACAUGAUGAAGAAAUUGCCGUCCGGGAGAUGUCAGGCAAAGAUCCCAAAACAACUAUAAUGGUACAGCUUAACUAAGUUUUGACUCUGCCUUGUGAAGCCAUGUUGAAGUGUCCUGUCCCUCUUCCCCGAUACUGUUGUUUUAAUAAUCACAUUUCUCAUAUAUAUAUAUAUAUAUAUAUAUAUAUAUAUCUAUCACACAGCAUUGUUGUUUUUGACCUAUCUGAAGGCAUACAUUUUUCCUAACAGUUGAAGAACAUUCCCCCGUAUGGCUUCCUCUACCAUAAGCAACUGCAGUCCCUGUUCAGACAGUGUGGCCAAGUGAAAUCCAUUUCCUAUCAUGGGACCAAGUAAGGGAACUUCCAUUUUUAACAUGGGCAUAAGUCAUUCUCGAAACAAAAAAAUAAAAUAAAAAAAUAAAAAAAAUUCCUUCCAGUAGCACCUUAAAGACCAACUAAGUUAAUUAUUGGUAAGAGCUUUCGUGUGCAUGCACACUUCUUCAGAUAUGAAAGCUCAUACCAAUAACUAACUUAGUUGGUUUCCAAGGGGCUACUGGAAGGAAUUUUUAUAUUUUAUUAUUUUAUUUUAUUUAUUUUGUUUCGGCUCGGCUAUGGCAGACCAACACAGCUACCUACCUGUAACUAUAAUUCAUUCUGGUUUUGCUAAUCAUGGGCAGGGCAGAACGGUUUCUCUUUUGUGCAUUUUUAAUAUUCUACCCUGGGAUAAAUAUUUCAAAAGGGCUGUAUAUAAAUGCCUAGCGUAAAAAGAUUGCCUACACGUUUUCAAAGGUAUCUUCGCAGUCAUAAGGGUUUGAAAUGUUCUGGGUUUGUGUGCCUGUCAUAUAUAACUGAAAGUACUUGGCAUUUAUUCUGAAUGAUUUCUGUACGAUUUUACACACAUUUUACUUGCCAAGCAAAGCGAAAUUAUAUUAAUUUAACCAAAAUAUAUUUUGAAUCUCUAAGUCACAUUACAACUUUCUGGCAGCCCUCAUUUUUGGAAUUUGAACGCUGAAAAAUUCAACACGCCCUACCGCCUUGUAUUUUCUUCGUUCUAACCUAAAGAACAUACUUUAUUUUUACUUUGCAUUUUCUCCCUGUAGAGCCUUUGUAGAAUUUUCCCGGAAUCCAACCGAAUGCUUUAAAACACUUUCUGCCGUAUAUAUGGCCCUUAAGAUGUCACAGCUGCGGACUCCAUUGGAGCUGAAUAUACAUUCCCCGGAGGAGAUUGAAGGGAAAAUGGAAGGAGGACCAAACAUGCUCGCGCGGAGUUCACAGUAUGCUGCAGAUUCAUUAGUUUUCAAAUUAAUGCAAAUUCUCAUGCGUCUGAUUUGCAUAAAUUUAUUCUGUUGGCAAAUAAACAGGGACGGGAGCAGUGAGUUAAAGCCGCGCUGCACGGUGUGAAUUCUGCUCAUUCUUUGGGUUCAGAAACUUCGUGAGACAAAACAAACAUAAUCCCGAAAUCUGAACAAUAAAGAAAAGAGCAAGUUGUUCUGGGUGCCUGAAGUGUCAAGGAAGUAGGGGAGAGUGGUUUACAUUUUCUAGACCAUGCUCUGUUUCUUUUUUAAAAAUGUAUUAGUUUUUUAAAACUUAGAUUUACAAAAUAUUGAAGAGAAACCUAUGAAAAUGAAAGAUGCGUAAUAAUUCAUGUCUAUGUAAACAGCACUUGCAAAUUUCCGCAAGUUGUGAUGCUAACCUAGCCAGGCUUUGCAAACCAGCUGUUUCGAACUUGGUUUCAAGCUCUGGUUUAGAACUAACCAUGGUUGACAUUUAAAAUCAGCCUAGAUGCAACACUGCACCAUGGUUAGCUCUGAAAAUUGAACAGGGGCAUUAUUAUUAGGUGAUUGGGCAAGUGUAUGAACAACAUUUUCAAUGUAUUUAAAAAGCAUCAAUCAGCUUUGUUCAACUCCAGUAGAUGCUCCAGCCUUAAAAAGCCAAGUGUUUUGCUCGAGGGGAGCAUGUGCUUUUGUUACGUUGAGGGCUAAUCUGGCCUCGCCCAUGAGAGGAGAAGAGAUCGUUUGAGGUUUGCUGGUUACUUAAACCAGUGAUGGGGAACCUGUGGCUCUGCAGAUGUUGUUGGACUACAGCUCCCAUCAGCCCAGCCAGCAUGACCUGUGGAGAGGGAUGAUGGGAGUUGUAGUCUUCCGUUCUGGCUAGGCCAGUUGCUAUAAACAUUUUAAUUGAGGAAUCAGUCUUCAGAAGGUAGCAGUGAGUGAUUUCUGUUCUGUUUGCUUUGUGCUUCGCAUUUCUUUUUAGAGUGAAUGUGGACUUUCAGAAGCACACCGUGUCUCCCAUGGAGAAGUUCAGUAGCCCUUUGGAAAAACUGCAGACCAUCAGCAGCCUUGAUUUAUCUAUCAAUGUCACAGAGGUACAAAUGUCACAAAACUAUACUGCAGCAGUUAGUGCACAUUCAGAGUCUAGAUCAUAUUAUUGCUGCCAGAACCACUCCCAUGUCCUCUUUGCACUUCUCAUUCCCCGAAAUCAUUGGUUGAGGUCUCCUCAUUUCUGCAUCAGCUGGCAACUGUAAGCGCUCAUGAAAGCAUUUCAGUGUGCAGCUGUCCUAAUACACACAUUUUUUUGCGAGCUGUUUUAUGCUCCUCGUUAUGGAAUGGGCAAGGCAGCAGGGAGCUCAGUGCAAGCUUAGCAUCAUGAGCAUGGGAUUAGCUGUGCCCGCACUGUGCCAAGCUACCCAUUGCCUUGCCAGUCAUGUGCGGUUGUUGGAAAGCCAGGCAAGGAACGCUGCCCUGUCAGCUGCUGCUGCUGCUGGGCAGGUUUACAUUAAAAAGUGGACUCAGCCAAAUUUCUUCACGCAUCCCUACCUUUAAAAGCCAUUAAUAGUGGCUUCCCAUUUCUCACAUAAUGAGAAGCUGCAGUUACCGUAUUUUUCGCCCUAUAGGACGCACUUUUUCCCCUCCAAAAAUGAAGGGGAAAUGUGUGUGCGUCCUAUGGGGCGAAUGCAGGCUUUCGCUGAAGCCUGGAGAGCGAGAGGGGUUGUGUGCACCGACCUCUCUUGCUCUCCAGGCUUCAGGAAGCUAUCCGCAAGCCUUGGGAGCCCGCGGGAGUUCCCGCCGGGCUCCCAAGGCUUGCGGACAGCAGCCUGCAGCCCAAAACCCGGGGAGCGCAGCGGAGCGCGCCCCGGGCUUCAGGCAGCUCUCCACAAGCCUUGGGAGCCCGGCGCGACUUCCCGAUGGGCUCCCCAGGCUUGCGGAUAGCAGCCUGUUCUGGGGGCUGGGGUCGGGGGAAGCUCAGGCUUUCCCCGCCCCAGCCCUGCGCCUGGGGGGGAAAUAUUUUUUUUUCUUUAUUCCCCCCCCCAAAAAAACCUAGGUGCAUCCUAUGGGCCGGUGCGCCCUAUGGGGCGAAAAAUAUGGUAACUGUUGCCUCUUUGCUGGCUUUCCUGUUUCUGCAAAGGGAGUAGCAACACAGCUGGCUGGAUAUCCUGGAUGAUUAAGUAAGACUUUGACCACACAGUCAAUAUCUGUCUUAUCAUCUAUCUGUUUAUUUAUCUAUUCCCUUCCCUCUCUUCAGGUGGUAGAAGUUGGGCACUUUUGGGGUUACAGAAUUGACGAGAAAAAUAUGGCUGUGCUCAACAACGUGUCUGCUGAGAUCAACCAGUUACACCUGACCCCUCUGCUAGUCCGUCCCUAUCCCGAUUUGGUGUGCUUGGCACCCUUUACUGAGUGGGAAGACGAGAGAUACUACAGAGCCCAAGUCUUAUAUGUAUCCGGAGAGAAUGCAGAGGUACAUAUUUUUUAAAAGCAUGCUUGUGUUUGCAGCUUAAUUCAAACCCAAGGAAGCACACACAGCUCUGAAUCAACUCUGAGGGUUCUAGAAAAUGGGGGAAGGGCAGGAUUGGCAAAUGCUGGGAGAGAGCGAUUGGAGGGGUUAGAAAAGGCUAAAAUAUAUUAAAUAGUAGGGCAGACUCUUUCAUGUUGGCAAAUUGGGCUGACUUUGCAUGGCCGUUUUAAGAAAUUGCAUCCUUGGGAAUCUAGUAAGCUUCCUUAAGCUGCAGUAGUCAACAUGGGGCUGUCCAGUUGUUGUUGGACUCCAACUCCCAUCAGCCCCAGCCAUCAUGGCCCGGUGGUCAGGGAUGUGGAGGGCACGGGGUUGGCUUUCCUUGUCAUACGGAGUUGGACCACUGUUCUGUCUUCAGAGUUUCAGGCAUGAGUGCUUCCUAUGUCUGCCUAGAGAAGUUAGGGAUUGAACCCUGAAUAAUAAUAAUAAUAAUAAUAAUAAUAUAAAAAUAAAUUUUUAUUUAUAUCCCGCCCUCCCCAGCUAAAGCCGGGCUCAGAGCAGCUAACAACAGUAAAAUAAUACAACAUUCUAAAAUCAUUUCAUUAAAAAAUUAAUUCAAAUCAGAAUAAUGGCAACCAUUGGGCUAGAGUUCUGUGAGGACUGCCAAAGGAGGGGGUCAGGCUGUGCCCUGGCCAAAGGCCUGGUGGAACAGCUCUGUCUUGCAGGCCCUGCGGAAGAUGUCAAGUCCCACAGGGCCCUAGUCUCUUGUGACAGAGCGUUCCACCAGAUCGGAGCCACAGCCGAAAAAGCCCUGGUUCUUGUUGAAUCUUUCGCCUGCAAAGGUUGCGCUGUCUCACCAAGUUCUUCUCCACGGUCCUUUGUCUGCCCUGGUGACAACUGCACUUGUUCAGCGAGCCACUGGUGUGCCAGGUGCUCACAAUAUGCAGAUUGGCACCUCACCUCUGCUCUGUGCUCCCUGACCAGUUCAAAACAUUCCCGCCAUUGUUUCAUAGUGGGGGGAAAUGGCGCCCAGCCUCGUUGUUGCACACAAAUCACUUUGCCCUUGGAUCAGCUGCUGCUGCAGCUGCAUGAGAAGCUAUUCAAGGCAGCUUCCCCACGGUCAUUUUAAGCAAAGGGGUCACCGGCUCAAAUGGCUGCCUUAGCCAUAAAAGUUCACGCGAUGCAAUAACGGGCCUAAUUUUUGCACCAGGAGGCUGCUCUGAAUUUGUAAGCCAAUUUUCUUCUGUGCUUUGGAAAUAACUGUCAGUCCUUCUAUUCAUUACUGUUGUUUUACCGUCCAGGUUUUCUAUGUAGAUUAUGGCAACAGAUCAAAAGUGGCUUUGGGACACUUGCGAGAGAUUCCAAGCCAUCUCCGUGAGCUUCCGUUCCAGGUAACGUUCCUUUUUGUUCCAAGAAUCACGGAACCGUGCUAUGUGUUUUGGAGGGAGAAGUGUGUGUGUUAAAUAACUAUUAUUAUUGCUAUUAUUGUUAUUAAUCAGUUCAAACUUUUCCAGGGCCCAAAGUGCAUAUAUUCGUGUUUGGCGGUUUUUUUGUUUUGUUUUGGUGUAGGCUCUGGAAUUCAAGCUGCGCAGAAUGCGGCCUUCUGCCCAGUCCCUUGUAUGUGGAGAGCAGUGGAGUCACGCUGCAAGCCAGAGCUUUGCUUCCUUGGUCAGCGGCUGUGCUCUGCUGGUGAAGGUCUUCUCGAUCGUGCACAGCAUCCUGCUUGUCGAUGUUCUUCGGUACUCUGGGAUUUUGGACAUUGUGAACGUCCGCGAUAUACUCAUUCAGGAAGGCCACGCCGAACUGGCGGAAGACUCCUAUGAAUCCAAAGUGCGUUCUCUUGUUCCUUCUCGAGUACAGGAAGUCUUGGCAUUUUAGGGUUUUUUGAAGCUGUGAGAGCAGGGGGGAGAGGAUCGAAGGCAAGGCUUAACCUCUGUCGUUCUGUGAGUUCUGAUGUCGGCGGAGCCGCAGGGGAAUGGUUUUCCCGGACAGCUCUGCACAGGGCUCAGGCUGGAGAGCAGAACUGGGAUGUCGCUUCAGCACUAGCAGUCCCUCAGACCAAGCCAUAAUAAUAAUAAUAAUAAUAAUUAAUAAUAGUAAUAAUUUAUUAUUUAUACCCCACCCAUCUGGCUGAGUUUGCCCAGCCACUCUGGGCGGCUUUCAAUCGAGUGUUAAAAACAAUACAGCAUUAAAUAUUAAAAACUUCCCUAAACAGGGCUGCCUUCAGAUGUCUUUUAAAGAUAAGAUAGCUGCUUAUUUCCUUCACAUCUGAAGGGAGGCCGUUCCACAGGGCGGGCGCCACUACCGAGAAGGCCCUCUGUCUGGUUCCCUGUAACCUGGCUUCUCACAAUGAGGGAACCGCCAGAAGGCCCUCGGUGCUGGAUCGCAGUGUCCGGGCUGAACGAUGGGGGUGGAGACGCGCCUUCAGGUAUACAGGACCGAGGCUGUUUAGGGCUUUAAAGGUCAGCACCAACACUUUGAAUUGUGCUCAGAAACGUACUGGGAGCCAAUGCAGAUCUCUCAGGACUGGUGUUAUGUGGUCCCGGCGGCCACUCGAGUCACCAGUCUAGCUGCCGCAUUAAAUACAAGUUGCACCUUGAAGCAGAUAGAUGGUGAGCAUGGCGGCCCCUUGCAACUCUGAUUUUGUUAUUCUGUCCUAGCAACUGGCUCCACCUUCGCUGAAAGGAGCCCCACCCUCCUUUUAGCACUUAUUGACUCCAGUUCAGCAGGGGAUGUUAUGAUUGUGUAACAGCUUCUGAACUGGAGUCCACUGCCUCAGGCCAUGGGUUGACAGGGACUGCAGACACAUCUUGUGGUGCUUCUGGGACUGGUUCUGAGGGCUAUCCACUCAGUGUUAUACCCUGAAGAAGGGAAGUCUGGCCUCAGGCUCAACUCCCAGCAAAGCAAAGCUUAAGUCAGGCACCCCCAACCUGCGGCCCUCCAGAUGUUUUGGCCUACAACUCCCAUGAUCCCUAGCUAACAGAACCAGUGGUCAGGGAUGAAGGGAACUGUAGUCCAAAACAUCUGAAGGGCCGAAGGUUGGGGAUGCAUGGCUUAAGUAUAGUUCUUAUGAAAGCCUAUGAGAUGGCUAUGAAAGCUGCUAAGAAAUCUUACUUUGCAGCUUCCAUUGCAUCCGCUAGCUCUCGCACAACUUUUUAGAAUAAUUAGGUCAAUAACGUCCUUAGGAGGACAACCAAAUUUAAGCACAAAUUCAACCCACAGCUGUGAGGGUCGAGCUUUUUUGCGGAGAAAGUCCUGUUGCUCCGCCGUGACCUCCCUGCCAAUUUAGAUACAGUGACUGAACUGGAGGCCCCUCGACUGACUUCAGGUCCAGUGCUGGACCAUUUUGAUCAGAUACUCCCUGCUGAUGUGGAUAGAUUCCUCCAAGUUGGUAGGCCCACCACCUGCCUCCUUGAUCCGUGCCCAUCUUGGCUGAUUAGAGAGUGUCCAGAUGUUGCGCGGACCCCCCUGGUUGAAAUUAUCAAUUUGUCCCUUGACACAGGGACAUUCCCAGGGGAACUGAAGGAAGCAGUAGUGUGUCCACUCUUAAAGAAAACUUCAUUAGAUCCCUUAGACCUAUCCAAUUACCGCCCAGUUUCAAAUCUUCCAUAUCUGGGUAAGGUAAUUGAGAGAGCGGUUGCUGAACAGCUUGGUAGGUUUCUGGAGGAAACAGCGGCUUUAGAUCCAUUUCAGUCCAGUUUCCGUCCUGGUUUUGGGACCGAAACGGCUCUGGUUGCCCUCACAGAUGAUCUCCGUAGACAACUGGAUCGAGGCGGGUCAGGACUGCUCAUCCUUUUAGAUUUGUCAGCAGCCUUUGACAUGGUCGAUCAUGAUCUUCUGAACCACCGCCUUGCAGACGUGGGGAUACAGGGCAUAGCCCGUAACUGGCUGUGCUCUUUUAUCUCUGGUCGGGGACAGAGGGUGGCACUGGGGAGGGAAAUAUCGUCGCGCCAUUCCUUGGUGUGUGGAGUGCCGCAGGGCGCAAUUCUCUCCUCGAUGCUUUUUAUGCGCCCCCUUGGCCAGAUUAUCCGGAGCUUUGGGCUGGGCUGUUACCAAUAUGCUGAUGACACUCAGCUCUAUCUGCUGAUGGAUGGCCACACCGACUCAGCCCCGAACACACUGACCAGAUGCUUGGAAGCUGUGGCUGGAUGGUUUCGUGGGAGCCGAUUGAAACUAAAUCCUUCAAAGACAGAGGUCCUAUGGCUGGGUCGGGAUGGCAUGGGGAUGAGGGACCAACUCCCUUCUCUUGCGGGGGCCCAGUUAGUGCCAUUGCCUUCCGUUAAGAGUUUGGGUGUAAUCCUUGACUCCUCCCUUUCCAUGGAGGCGCAAGUUACAGCAACAGCCAAGGCGACAUUUUUUCCACCUUCGCCGCAUCAAGCAGUUGGUCUCUUACCUUUCCCGCCCCGACCUGGCCACAGUGAUCCAUGUGACGGUCAUCUCCAGGCUUGACUACUGUAAUUCGCUCUACACGGGGCUGCCCUUGAAGCUGACCCAGAAACUCCAGAGGGUGCAGAGUGCUGCAGCGAGGCUCCUCACAGGGUCUCUGCCAUGGGAGCAUAUUCGCCCAGUGCUUUUCAAACUGCACUGGCUCCCGGUAGAGUACAGGGUCAGAUUUAAGGUGCUGCUUUUGACCUUUAAAGCCCUUCACGGCCUAAGACCCUCGUACCUACGGGACUGCCUCUCCCGGUAUGCCCCAUGGAGAGCCUCAAGGUCCAUAAAUAGCAACACCCUAGUGGUCCCGGGCCCUAAGGAAGUUAGAUUAGCCUCAACCAGAGCCAGGGCCUUUUCAACUCUGGCUCCGGCCUGGUGGAACGCUCUGUCUCAUGAGACCAGGGCCCUGCAGGAUCUGAUUUCUUUCUGCAGGGCCUGUAAGACAGAGUUGCUCCGCCUGGCCUUUGGCUUGGAGCCAAUUUGAUUCCCUCCCUCCCUUUCUUUCUUUUUUCCUUUCCUUCUCCUCCUGCGAUGAGGCUACAUUUUAAUAUUUUAAUGUUUCCACAUUUUAAUGUUGUAUUUUAAUUUUGUUUUUAAGUUGUAAUCAUUCAAUUUGUUUUUAUUAUUGCUUGUAAGCCGCUCUGAGCCCGGCCUUGGCUGGGGAGGGCGGGGUAUAAAUAAAAAAUAUUAUUAUGCCCUGUGUAGCAUAACUAACCAGGGACGCAGGUGGCGCUGUGGGUUAAAUCACAGAGCCUAGGACUUGCCGAUCAGACAGUCGGCAGUUUGAAUCCCUGUGACAGGGUGAGCUCCCGUUGCUCAGUCCCUGCUCCUGCCAACCUAGCAGUUUGAAAGCACGUCAAAGUGCAAGUAGAUAAAUAGGUACCGCUCUGGUGGGAAGGUAAACGGCAUUUCCGUGCGCUGCUCUGGUUUGCCAGAAGCGGCUUAGUCAUGCUGGCCACAUGACCCAGAAGCUGUACGCCGGCUCCCUCGGCCAGUAAAGCGAGAUGAGCACCGCAACCCCAGAGUCGGUCACGACUGGACCUAAUGGUCAGGGGUCCCUUUACCUUUACCUUUUUAGUAUAACUAAGUCUCUUUCCUCCCUCUGCCCCCUCCCAAUCACUCUCAAAAUGUUUUCUUUUGAAUUUCCCUUAGCUCAGCCACGAAAAUCUUAAAGAGCUGUUUUCAAAGCCAGAAGAAAGGAAGAGGGAUGCUUCUCUCCAGAGGAGCUCAAGUGAAGAGGAGAAUCGCUUGAUUGAAAUGCUCUUGGAGAACGCCUCUGCCAAUAGGUUUAGUGCGCCAAACUGCAAGGUAAGCUUUAAAGGCACGGUCAUUACUUUCCCUUGCUUUCAGAGUGGCGUGCUGUGGGUGCCCUGAAGGACGUAACACAGCCUUUCCAUCCAAGUAUCUAUUAAUACCAGGUUUCUUCAUCACUGAAACCACGUGGCUGGUGAAGGUUACUUUGGGGGUGGGAGAUCGCUCCAUCUCUACAGAAACGUGUGAGAGCAGCUGAGCGAAAUAACAAAACACAUAAUUUUCAUGCAAACUUGCAAUUUUGUGCAAGCCGUUUUUAUGCUUUGGGUUUUCCAGAGCUCGAAGAGGCUCAUUGACAGUACUGCCAAACCAUGGUUUAGUGUGUAUGAGAAGGAACUGGAGCAAGUUUCACGCUCCCCGCAAAGCGGAUUUUGUUUCAGUGACAUCUUGUAUGCCAUCCACACUUGACAAAGUGUGGUUAGUCUUCACUGUUUGCUUGUUGAAACCAAGCGAACGUCAGGUCAUAGUUUUAAGAAGCUGGAUAGAUUCAAUAAACCUUAGUUAAAUUUAACUACGUUUAAGGAAUGGAUGGCACACUUAACUGUGGUUAAUCCCAAGCAGAGUCUUUCAGUCUUUUGGUGGCUGUGCUGGAAGAAGAGGGUGUGUGAGCCCCAGACUCACAGUGGCUCAUCCUUGCACCGCUAAUCCGUGGUUUCAUGUUACUCAUGAACUGAUUUUAAGGGGUUGGGGUGAGGGGGUUAUUUUGAUGCCUCCAUAUCUACCCUUCCUUCCCCAAAACAUGAGCCACACUUUACUACCAUAAGAAGAAAAUCCAAAAUGGACUAAUUUGGGUGUUUUAUGUUCUGCUUUAAUUUUUUUCCUCCUAAGGCAAGGCUUAUUGGCCCAUACAACCCCUACUGCCUGAAAUUCAGCAGCAUGACCAGAAUCUCCAGAUUUAGGUAGGAUGGCAUGUUAUUGUGCUUUGUUCAAGGUCACUCCAUGACAUUCUGGCUGAACUGGACUUCUCAUUGAUGUCCUUCCAGGUCAUGUCCAAAAUUGUGUCCCCCUGGCUCUCAUAAUUUUUAUUAGGGCUGCCUCCAAAUUUGAAGAACGUAUAAUCAAUUAAUUGAAGUUAAUUUCAAUGGAUUAAUUUGCCAAAUCUGCAUAAGCCUGACCUUCAUUGAAGUAGUACAGUGGUGCCUCGCAAGACGAAAUUAAUCCGUUCUGCGAGUUUCUUCGUCUUGCGAAGCAUGGAUGCACCCUGGUACUGUAUUAUAAUGGGAUAGCGGGCAAAGCACAAAGCGGGUCGCUCCCCAGCAGGAGGAGUUUCCCCAGCCUGGAGGAUCUGUUGCCGGGAAGAGGCAAAGACACCCCCUCCCACCUCCCCACGAAAACAGCCCCCCUUCCUCUGUCGCCAAGCCUUGCCGCGUCUUCGCUCCGCCAAACUGCGUCCCACAUCAAAGCCCCAGCCCGCUCCUCUCCCUCUCUCUCCACAAGGUGCCAAAGGAAGUUCGAGCCCAGGAACCGAGGGCGGACGCACGAAGCGCCCGGCGCGGACUCUCCCUUGCUCCCCCCGUUACCUUGCGGCACGCCGCCGGGCUCCCCACAGUCUCGGCAGCUGCUCCCGGCUUCUUCCCACCCCCGCAAAGGCGCCUUCGCGGCGGCCCAAGCGCAGUGGAUGCCUCCUCCUCCUCCUCCUUUGUCCUGCCUCCUCCUGCCUUCGCGCAGUUAGGGCAAAAUGGAGCAGCCACGUGGGGAGGGGGAGAGAGAGAGAGAGGCGGCGGCGCAGAGACCCAGCCAGAUCCGCUGGAUCCCAGCCCACCUGCCUCCUCUGUGCCCUCUCCAGAAGAGGAUCCCUCUGGAAAAGGUAGGUCGCUCCCUCGCUCGCUCCCUGCCAGCCCAGUUCCCGCUUCAAAAGGAAACAAACUCACAAGACGUUUCGUCUUGCGAAGCAAGCCCAUAGGGAAAUUCGUCUUACGAAGCACCUCAAAAACCGCAAAACCCUUUCGUCUUGCGAGUUUUUCGUCUUGCGAGGCAUUCGUCUUGCGGGGCACCACUGUAUUUCUGGAGAAAAAGGCAUACCUGCUUUGGUAUUUAGGUUAUUUAAUUCUGCAUUCCUGCCCUAAUAAGCCCCGCCCCAGCAGUUUUGCAAAAAAAACCAAACAAAAAAUGAUUAUUAAGUAACAAAAUAAGGUAAAACUAAAACUUUAAAAUCCAACAAAGCAGAGUUAAAAGCUUCAAUAAUUCAUUAAAAUCCAUGCAUAAUAAGAACAUUUGCAGUGCUCACCUAAAACGGCAUCGGGGAUGGGGCUAGUCUCACCUUCCUUUGGCAGAAAAUCCCCAAACUGGUGUCCAUUCUGACAUGUAUUCGUCAUAACCAGAGCCAAUUCAGUUUUUCUGCAGUUUGGCUUCUUCCAGCUGUGACAUUAUCAUCUCACCUUCCACUUACAGCCAGAAUUUUACACAUUUUUUUGGUCGUACUAUUGCCAUGUUCCAUUAUGUGAUUUCACACCAGUGAUUUCAUGUGUUCCGUAUUUGGAUUUCCUGAUGUAGUUCUUCGUUGCGGUUAAUUAAGACCCAGAGCCCAAUUGUACCUGAUUUCACAAUAUUUAAGUAUUUAAAUGUUAACAGUGGACAGCCAUUUUCUGCAUCUCACUGACCCUCCCCCCAAACACCCCUCCCCACUCAAGCACCUAAUCCCAUUUAGACAACUGCAGUGCGUUAAGGGCUCAUGAGAUUAAAUUAUUAUUUACUUGGUCCCAACCUGAGUAGCAGUUUACAGGUCUGAGCUUGUAAUUUACAUGCAUUUUUUCAAGGUGUGCAGUUAUUUUGUGCUUCUGGAUUUUUGCUUCUUCACAGGGUGGGUGGGUUUGUGUGUAAGUGAAUAAACUCCGGUCUAAGAACACACUCCCUCUAUUUUUCUAAGUAAACCAACUAAGUAGGAAGUGCAAAGGUUUUCCUGAGGGUUUUCUCAUACCUUGACACUUCCCUCUCCCAAAACAAAUAGAUUACCUGCCCCCUGCAAGGUUCUAAACAUCUGCUGAGCUUAAUGACAACAGCCAGGAACCGUUAAACAAAGCACAAAGCAACAUGUCAGAAAAUACGACAUUGAGCACGUAUAAUCUGCUAACUUUUUAAAAAAACAACAGUAGCAACACGCUGUUCUGAACACAUGGGCAGAAGGAAUUACCAUAUCUGCUUAGUGUGAAAUUCUCUUAACAUUGUAGCUGCAAAGAAGCCUUUGUCACACAUUCCUACCAGCUAAAGUUACUACGAUAGGGCCAACGAAGAUGAUCUCUUCCGUCUAGGCAGAUGCACACGGUGGUCUUUCAGACAAUAAUUACUAUUAUUUAUAAAAUUUCUAUUCCAUCCAUCUUCCCAAAGAUGCUCAGGGAGCAGCAAACGCCAACAUGUUUAAAAAAGACAAUUAAAAUGGACAUAAAACAUGUUUAAAAUAACUGAAAAUAUUUUUUUAAAAAUCAUCUCAUCCAGCCUAUUUCAAGGUUGGCAUGCCCAGUAUCUUUCAGCCAUCGAAUGCCUGGGAAACAGGAAUGUUUUUAAGUUUCCCCUAAAAAUGAAUAAUGAAGGAAAUGGGUGCAUCUCACCAGGGAAGGUAUCCCACAAACGGAGAAAUGCCACCAAGAAGGUCCUGUUAUGGGGAAACAACAGCUAGACAGCCUUAAGUGAUGGCAACACCAUAUUGCAGCCCUAAGCUGUUAAGAUACUGGCGUAACAUUAAAUAUCCCUAGCAUUUUGCCACCAGCUGGAGGUUCCAAACACUCCUAUAGGAUAGCCGCAGGAAGAACGCAUUGUGGUAAUCUAAUCAUAGGUCACCCAGGCACAUAUAGCUGUGCUCAGAUGUGCUUUUUCUAGCAAGGGAUGGUGCACAGAUGCCACAGUAGGAACUGUCUUGAAGAGAAGCCCUUUUCUCCAUGGGGAAGACUGAAGAAUGACGCCCCCUGGCAGCAGUAGUUCUAUGUAAAUGCUUGUACAUAAAAGAUGAUGAUGAUUUACAACACAUACAAAAGUAGCUUUAAAGCAGGCAUAGGCAAACUCGGCCCUCCAGAUGUUUUGGGACUACAACUCCCAUCAUCCCUAGCUAACAGGACCAGUGGUCAGGGAUGAUGGGAAUUGUAGUCUCAAAACAUCUGGAAGGCUGAGUUUGCCUAUGCCUGCUUCAGAGAGGGGGGGGGGAGAGAAAAACGAAAGCAAUAAAACCCCAAAGGAUAUAGUACAUUGCCAUAACAAUCAGUAUCAAUUGACGAUUGCAAUUUUCGACCUACUAUAUUUGGUAUAAAUGAGUUUCAAAUUGCAUUAUACUUGUCCAUGCAAAAGAAGAGAAAAGAAAAGAUGUUUGAUAGAACCCUUUUAGUAGGAAAGGUGUUGAAGAGAAUAAUUUCGCUAAUUAGUCAGUGGCAAUUUCACGACAUUGGAUUUCUUCUGCUUCAUAUUAGGAAUUCUGUGCAAGGCUGGUAUUUAAACGAACUGAAUUGCUUUUCUCUCUCCCUCUCCCGCCCCUCUAGAGCAGUCUUAGUGGAGAAGGAGAGUGUGAACUCUGUGGUGGUGGUUGAUGCCCCUGAAGACUCGUUUCAACAGAUGCUGGUUGCUGCCUCUGUGACAGUAAAUGCAACAGGUACGUGGUGUACCAUAGAGCAUUGAUAAAGAGCUGAUCGAUCACUUGUGCCUGUACAGUGGUGCCUCGCAAGACGAAAAGAAUCCGUUCCGUGAGUCUCUUCGUCUUGCGUUUUUUUCGUCUUGCGAAGCAAGCCCAUUAGCGGUUUAGCGGAUCAGCUGAUAAGCGGCUUAGUGGCUUAACGGAUCAGCUGUUAAGCGGCUUAGCGGAUCAGCUGAUAAGCGGCUUAGUGGCUUAACAGAUCAGCUGUUAAGCGGCUUAGCGGAUCAGCUGAUAAGCGGUUUAGUGAUCAGCUGUUAAGCGGCUUAGCGGCUUGGGAAAAAGGGGGGAAAAUGGAAAAAAACCCCGCAGGAACUCGCAAGACAUUUUCGUCUUGCGGAGCAAGCCCAUAGGAAAUUCGUUUUGCGAAGCACCUCCAAAACGGAAAACCCUUUCGUCUAGCGGGUUUUCCGUCUUGCGAGGCAUUCGUCUUGCGGGGCACCACUGUACUGUAGUUCUGUUACCACUGGAUCUUACAUUUGCAAAAUUAUUGCAUUCUUUAAAAUGACCAAAUAGUAUUAUCAUUACUGCUGUUGUUUUCUGAUAACAGGAUCCACAAUGUUGCUCAGGGAGACAUCUCUGAUGCCUCAUAUUCCAGGACUUCCAGCACUGCUGGCCAUGCUGUUUGCUCCUGUGAUAGAUCUCAGGUAUGUGCACAUUCCUAAACAAGAGCAUCGCAGUCAACUUAAACGCUUGUGCUGCUUCCUUUAUAGUUCCCUGAUAGAAUGUGUAACACUCUUUCCAAAGGCUUCAUGUUGUGUGACAUAAAAUGCAGUCCCCCACACUGAUAGUAAACAUUGAUCUUUUUUUCAAAUCCAGGGCUAUGCUUACUGCCAGGCCUGUGCAUAUUUAAAGUAAUUAAUUUCAAAUGUUGCCGAAUUUAAAAGCUUGUAACCUGCCAGAUUUGAAGUUCAGAAGGUGAUACUGAAAAUUUGCUAUCCCUGAGAAUCAUAUUUCUGUAAAGAAAGAGGUGAAAAGAGUCUGUGGGUAGGGUUUGCCCAAAUCACAGAAGCUCAGGCGCAAAGGGAUCAGGAGGGACAGGAUUUCAAGAAAUCUGAUCACAGUAAUCCCUAGAGCAUGGCUUACUGUGAAUGAACAUGCUGCUGAAUCGUUCUUGUCUAGGUCCUCCUUUCCUUGAGUUCCGGGCAAUAAACCACGAGUGUGCUUACUGUGAAGGGAUGUGGGUGGCGCUGUGGGUUAAACCACAGAGCCUAGGGCUUGCCAAUCAGACGGUCGGCGGUUCAAAUCCCUGUGAUGGGGUGAGCUCCCGUUGCUAGGUCCCUGCUCCUGCCAACCUAGCAGUUUGAAAGCAUGUCAAAGUGCAAGUAGAUAAAUAGAUACCGCUCUGGCGGGAAGGUAAACGGCGUUUCCGUGCGCUGCUCUGGUUUGCCAGAAGCGGCUUAGUCAUGCUGGCCAAAUGACCUGGAAGCUGUCCGCCAGCUCCCUCGGCCAAUAAAUUGAGAUGAGCGCCGCAACCCCAGAGUCGGUCAUGACUGGACCUAAUGGUCAGGGGUCCUUUUACCUUUACCUGUGCUUAAUGUGAGGUCUGAACCAGCACUCAUGGUUUGUCUCUCUCCAGACAAACCAUAGUGGUAAGCCAAGGUUUGCUCCUGGCCUAUGGAUCAUGGUCCAUUUGGGAAAAACAACCAAGCUUGUUGCUCUCGGAGUGAAAUGGCUGCAAUUCAGCAUGCCUAGAACACUGCUCAUUCAUGCUUUAUGGUUUACAGUUAGAUACAGACAGGGUCAUUGUGUGCAGGUGAGCAGUAUUCAGUUAUGAUGUCAGAUCAAGUUUCUGUUUCUGCUUAUUUUAAUAUACCGCUCCUCAUCUGAGGAUCACAGGCCAGUUUACUGUUUAAAUGACUCAGUCAUUAAAAAGCUUGUUGCUCUCAUUAGGGUUGAUGAAAGCAGGAACAGAUACAUUGGUGUCCUUUGUGGCUUGGGAUGGAACUACUCGCUGGGAGUCCCCAUCCUCUCCGACCACGACAUGGAGUUUAUGUUUGAUGUGAAAAUUGAUGCAGAUGACAUAACCCAGGUAAAUUCCGCACCAGUUCAUCCCAUUCAUGCUGCCCCCCCCCCCCGGUUUCUUGGAAGUGAACCCAACUGCCUUGGCUGGUUUAUGUGCGAUGAGAUUGAUCCACAUCUUGGGAAAUCAUCCUGUAUUUGGGUAGACGAUUAAGCAAACCAAUUCUUUUAACAGAUCUGGUUUAAAAGUGUUUCAGUUUGAAUCAGAAAAGUAGUUUCAUCAAAAGCUCAACUACAGUGGUACCUCGGGUUACAUACACUUCAGGUUACAUACGCUUCAGGUUACAUACGCUUCAGGUUACACACUCCGCUAACCCAGAAAUAGUACCUUGGGUUAAGAACUUUGCUUUAGGAUGAGAACAGAAAUUGUGCUCUGUCGGCGCGUCGGCAGUGGGAGGCCCCAUUAGCUAAAGUGGUGCUUCAGGUUAAGAACAGUUUCAGGUUAAGAACGGACCUCUGGAACGAAUUAAGUACUUAACCCGAGGUACCACUAUAUUCAACCAGUCGCCAUCUCUGCUGCUUUCAAAAUUGACCAUCUUUUAUUCACAGAUAAACAUUAUAAGGAUCGCCAUUAACAAGCUGGUCUCAGAUGGUCCAAACGGCCUGAUGCAUUUUGGUCAAGAGAGAAUUGCCCAGUUGCAGGAUGCCACUCGCCAGAAGCUUUUAGGGUAAAUUACCACCUUUUUUUGCCAUAAGAAGUUGCAUUCACCUUUAUAUUACACAGCAGGGGAGAGAGAGUGUAUUGCAAAUCUAAAGAAGCGCUAACUCAGCUUUCCCUAGCCUGGUGCCUUCCAGAUGUUUAGAACUCCCACCAGCCCCAUCCAGCAUGGCCAUGGAUCAGGGAUGAUGGGAGCUGUGGUUUCAAACAUCUGGUGGGCACCAGGUUAGAGAAGGCCAGGCACAAAUGUAACAAUCCUGGAGAAGCGAAAGAACCUAAAUGUAUCAUUAUGUAUUCGGGGCACUCGUGCAUCUGCAGUUUUAAGUUAAUUGUAUUUACCAUAUGUCAUCACUACUUAACGGGAAACUCUGCCUUUGAAAAACAUGUCUAGACAGAAUGAAUUAAAACGUAUCACUGCCGUACUUUGCACAGCUCAGGGAGACAGGAGAUGGCAGGCGGGGAGUCUGUAGUAAUCGAGUUGUCACACACGACAAAACAUUCCCAAAAUAGCUGGGAUUAGAUCUGCAUAGACAAAUUCGGGUGCAUGCACGUGUAUGCACUCGGCUGAUGCAAACAUUGGCACUGGGAGAUCAACUUAAAUUAUGAUGUUUUAAAUGCUUGCCUUGUCAAAAUACUCUUAAUAAAUUAGCUCAGCCAGGGCUCGAAUUAGAAAGGGGCAGGGGGAGCUGCUGGCCUUCUUAGCUUGUCCUCCUAAUGAAGGUUAGAAGGGGGGCAGGAUUUGGCUACAGUUGGGGAAUGUUGGAAGUGGGCUUUCUGGCUUUCAUUAAGGACCCCUUUAACGCCUCCCCUUCCAAUAAUUAGGGCACCAGAUUCUGUGUGACGCUGAUUUUUCCCCCUGAGCGGUUUCCCAACAAAGUAAGGUUGGCAACUGGUGGGCCCCGGAAUCUCCAUCCAGCCCUCCGUGUAGCCUCUGCCUGCCCCCCUGCUGGGGACCUCAGCUACUACCCCUCCCCUUGCAAGGCAAAAACACCAUUAGAGGCUUGUUGAGCUUCAUUCACACCGUACAUAUAAAGCAGUCUUACACCACUUUAGUAGUUUUGACUUUCCCCACAAACAAUCUUGGGAACAGUAGUUUUGUACUGUAGAACUACAGUUCCCAGGAUUCUGUUGGUGUGCCGCGCUGGGCUUUGUAACCAACUUGGGAAAACGCCAGGCAGCUGCGUUCUUCCCCCUCAAGCACCUCUCGGGGUGAUCCAUCACUCCUCUGUCCCGAUACGCUUCUGUGACACAUAUCCGAAGAUAUGUGUACACAGUACUGUAGCAGAGUCCAAGCAGAAACUAGGCAUAGAGGUGUGGAGUCUAAGCUAAUUUAUUAUGUACACGAUCAGGUGUUACAGAACAAAGGAAACAUGUCUCCUCUCCACUUCUUCUCCGAGAGAGAACAGCAAAUGGAAAAGUACAACAAUAAUGGAACAGUGUAACUGAACUUCCGUUCCCAUGAUUCCAGUAGUAUGGAAUGUCAACACAGACAUGUGAUGAAGACAAUUGCACAUCAGCAGUGGAGAGAAUGAAAUCCCAACAGAUUCUCCAUGACUGUUCAAGUGGUAUAAGACUGCUUUAAAUGUCUGUGCUGCUAAUAUGAUUUUUCUUUACUCACAAUGAGUUUCUUUCUCCCUGCUCUCUCAGCCUGAUUUGUAAAUCAAAACCUCGUGAAGUUGUUCCUCCCAAAUUCUAUCCGAAGCCAUAUGAAUGGAGUCAGGUAAGGUUUGCUUCCCAAAUUUAGACCUCAAUAACACCAGUCCCAAGCCUUCUAGCCUCAGGUAUGGUGACUCUCCACGGUCUCUAGCAGAUCACAUACUACCUGACUGUUUUACUGAAGAUGCCAGAGUUUGAAUCUGGGGUGUUCUGGUUGGAGAUACUUGACGAAUUUGUUUCAGUGAAUUUCAGUAUGACCUGCCCUUAUCUACAGCACCUAGACUGUGGCGUGGAUUGGAGCACAUUUAUCCUUUGUAUCCCACUCUUCUCUGAAUUUUGAGACAUAGUGACCAGCAUAAAAAUGUCCCCCAAAAUGAAGCCAAACACUUCCUGAAAAAAAUAUGUAAACCAAACUGCAGCCAUCAUUCAAAAUUCACACACUUCCCCAGAUUUUGCGAUGCAGUUUUCUAGUCAAGAAAUGCUUGUGUUCAAAAAUGAACAUACUAAUCAAAAUAAUAUACGGAAAUGCCCAUUCCUACCCCCAUGUCAUUGUGUUAGUUUGUAGUUGUGGCUGUACCAUCCUGCCAAGUGCUAGAGAUAAUUUUAACAUUCUAUACAGCAUCUACCUACCUACCUCCCAUCCAUCCAUCCAUCCAUCCAUCCAUCCUCUGUGAGUUGCCAUAUUUUUCGCUCUAAAGGACGCACCGGACCUUGUUUUAGAGGGGGAGAACAAGAAAGAAAAAUUCUCCCCCUCUCUGCUCACCCCUUCCACGAAGCGGCAGGAGAAAUGGAGCCCCUUCCAUUUCUCCUCCCGCUUGGCUGAAGGGGCGCUGCGCAGCUCUCCCUCUCUGCUGAAGCCAGGAGAGUCGCGCUGCGCUCCGAAGGCUUCAUGCGGCUACUCCUGAAGCCUGGAGAGCGCACCGACCCCUCUCGCUCUCCAGGCUUCAGAGAAAGCAAUGCGAAGCCUCCGGAGCGCGGAGGGAGCACUCCCUCUGAGCUUCGGAGGCUUCGCGUUGCUAUCGCUAAAGCCAAGGAGCCUGAAUUCGCUCCAUAGGACGCACACACAUUUCCCCUUAAUUUUUGGAGGGGAAAAAGUGUGUCCUAUAGAGUGAAAAAUACGGUAUAAACUCUGCCCAGGAGAAAAUGUUCCUGGAACAGACACCCCCCCCCUUCAACCUCACCAGAAAACCUUCCCUUCCAUUCAAAGCAUUAAACCUUCACUUUAAAAGAACAAACAAUAAAAUGUUCAUUACUUGCAUGUACUAAGUUACGUUGUUUGGACAUUGUUCCCAUGUUUUUCUUUCUCAUUUAGCCACGGUCAAACAUUGUCAUUGACCAGUCUGAACCACAAGAUGCACGAGCGAGGACUGAUUCCUUGUACCAGCUGCAUAAGUUGAUUUUGUUAAAUGCCUAAGGCUUCAGCACUCAUCGUCCUUCGCUGGAAGAAAGUCCCAUUAGACUUGGUGCAAUCUGCUUCCAAAUAAGUGUGUUUAGGAUCAGAAUGUUGUUGUUGUUUUAAAAAAAAACCUAUUGUUCUGUUACAGAAAAAUAUAAAAGAUGUGUUUAAAAAUGUGACCUUACCAGUUUAACUGUUUGUCUUGUUUUCCUAACAAACAAGAAGCCCCUAGAAAAUGACACAGGUAUGUGCAGUACAGUAUUUGAAAUUGGAAGAACUUUAGUGCUGCUCACUUACUAACCACAUGAGGCACUAAGAGCUGCUUAUCCCUAACAUUAGACUACCUGGCUUCACCCCUCCAACCUAUAUGCAUUCAGUAAAGUUCUGAAUGCCAGGGUUUGUAGGGGGACGGUACACCCUUAGGCUUUUUCAUACACCCGAGAGCCCUGAUCACCCUUGGCUCCUGGCAUUGGGAGAGGGGAGGGUUCGGUGUCAGGAACGGCUUCCCAGGCAGAGUGAAGCUGCUGUGCCAUCUUCCUGGCAGGUGGAUCAAUGUUGCUUACUGUGAGAGGGGCAAGAUGACAAGGGGUCUGGUGCAGUGCAGACGCACAGGCAGAGCUAAUCUGGUGCUCCUGCUUGCAUGUUUGCACCCUGCCAACCUCCCUUGCCACCUGCCCUCCCAGUAAGCAGCAGUGACCCAUCUGUCACUGGGGAGCUAAUGUAAUGACUCUGCCCCCCAAGCAAGCUGUUUCUGCCUGAUGUACAGAAGUUGACGGGAUGGAGCCAGGCAGCUGUAGGAAGAGUGGGAGCACAGUGGGAUGUUGCCAUGGUGGGCAGUGCCAGGAAGAGGAGUCCUCCACCAUCUCCAUUUAACCCUGCCCAUGAUGUUUCUCUUCCUGAGUUCAAAGCAGGGCUGGGGAACCUUUGGCCUUCCAGAUGUUGUUGAUCUACAGCUCCCAUCAUCCAUGACAAUUGGUCUUACUGGUUCUGGAGGGACAAAAUUUCCCUAUCCGUGCUUUAAAGAUGCAUACAAGUUGUUAUGGCUAAGAUUCUUGGAAUUGAUAGUUUUGACAGCAGGGCUUAGCUGCGACAGAUUCUUUAAAGAGUGUGAGGUGCAUAUAAUUAAGCUGCUUCAGUUUAGCUCGUAGUUAACAUUCACAGCAGCCAAAUAGGAAGAUAACGUUUUUGGUUUUGCCUUUGGAUUAAAGUGCAUUUCAAGUUUUAAGUGUUCCAUUUAACAUUUGCUUUCUGUUAUUAGCUAUAUCUGCAAUUGCUAGUUUGCUUUGAAAAAAAUAAAGCCAAUGAGUUUU